AGUUGGAGCAUUCCCAGCCUUGCCUCGGGUGUAGGGAUUGCAAGGGAAAAGCAAAACUACACGGCUAACACUCUGUGUAGUUUUGUUUUUUUGGUUCUUUUGAGGCUCAGCUGUUCUCACAUUUGGAUUUUCUGAAAUAUUUCUGGAUAAGGAGAUUUUGCCUGAAGAUAUAAAACUUCUGGGCUUAGUCCCAUUGAUUCUAGGCAUCCUUGUGAAUACAAGGUGCCUAUCACCAUGUCAACACAGGCGCCAACGUUCAUACAGCCGCUGCAAAGCGUUGUGGCACUUGAGGGUAGUGCUGCAACGUUUGAGGCUCAAGUUAGUGGUACUCCAGUUCCUGAGGUGAGCUGGUUUCGUGAUGGCCAGGUUCUUUCUGCUGCCGCUCUGCCCGGCUCACAGAUCUCGUUCAGCGACGGCCGCGCUGUACUGACGAUCUCUGCCGUGACAGCCGCGCACAGUGGAAGAUUUUCCGUACGAGCCACCAAUGGUGCUGGACAAGCCACUAGCACUGCCGAACUACUUGUUACAGUGGAAACCGCGCCCCCCAACUUCAUUCAGAGACUACAGAGUAUGAUCGUGAGACAAGGAAGCCAAGUGAGACUGGAUGUUCGCGUGACAGGAAUCCCUACACCUGUGGUGAAGUUCUAUAGGGAGGGAGCUGAGAUUCAGAGCUCCACUGACUUUCAGAUUGUUCAAGAAGGAGACCUCUACAGUUUGCUGAUUGCUGAAGCCUUCCCUGAAGAUUCCGGAACAUACUCCGUUAAUGCCACAAACAGCAGUGGACGUGCCACAUCUACAGCUGAAUUGCUUGUUCAAGGUGAAGAAGAAGCUGUACCUGCCAAGAAGACAAAGACAGUUGUGUCAACUGCUCAGAUUUCCCGCCAGACAAGGGUUGAGAAGAGGAUGGAGGGCCAUUUUCAGGCCGCCACUAAAUCAACGAUGGAAAUGCAUGUGGAAGGAGCUGCACUUGCUCACCAGCUGCCACACAAAACCCCUCCACGUGUGCCCCCAAAACCAACUUCCAAAUCCCCGCCAUCUUUAGUUUCCAAAGUUUCAGCCACACGCCAUCAGUCGCCCUCUCCUGUGAGGCACGUGAAGGGGCCAACUCCAACUCCCGUCAGGUCUGUAUCUCCUUCGCCCACAAGAUUGUCAGUUUCUCCUAUUAGACCUGUCAAGUCCCCAGUCAUGACCCGUAAGCAGGUCACCCUCGGCCCAGACGUUCUCCCACCAUGGAAGCAAGAGGACUAUACAGAGGCCAGUUUUACCCGCAUGAUGACCGCUGGUGCCAUCCAAGUCCAGACCGCUGCAGCUCACGUACAGAUGGAGCAGCGUUGGGAAGGCUCUUUUGGGAUGCAGCAACAAGUGGCUGGAGGUGUUGGAGUGUCUGUCAAAGAGGGUGAGGGUGGGAAAAAGGCGGAGGCAGUGGCCACAGUGCUAGCUGCUGUUGACCAAGCACGCAUUCGAAUGCCUGUGCAUGAAGAGGGUGGUCAUGUUGAAGAGAGGACCAUACAGCAUGACUUAAUACAGCAGUCUGCAACUGUACAGUCUACAAAGCAGCAAGUCACCUCUGAGAUGGUGAAAACUGAGGCUGUGCAAAUGCCUACAAUCCAAAUCCCUUCCGCUGAAAAGAAUGCCGAGUUUGCUCAGAUUGAAAGAAGUAAAGAAACCAUCACCCAUGUGGACACUGAACUUGCGCCUUCCCCAAUUCCACAUUUCACUGUUUCAAAAGUUACUGUUCCUAAACCUGAACAUAGCUAUGAGAUUGAAAGAAGUAAAGAAACCCUUUCCCAUGUGGACAUUGCUCUUGCGCCUUCCCCAAUUCCGCAUUUCACGGUUUCAAAAGUUACUGUUCCUAAACCAGACCAUAGCUAUGAGGUUUCAAUAGCAGGCUCUGCUAUUGCUACACUGCAGAAAGAGUUAUCCUCUACUUCUGCUGGUCAAAAGAUCAUCAGGCCCGUCAAGCCUCCUUCUCAUAAGACUGUGGAGAUGAGAGAAAUGCCUGAGCCAGUCCCAUCUCCCUUUAAAGAAACCACAGAAAGAUAUCAGACAUAUUUGGGAACCCAGUUACAGAAAGAUACAGGCACUUCUUUUACAGGGGGUAUGGAGCAGAAGUAUGAACAAUGGGAGCAACAGGUCACUGAGACGGGAAUCGUACCUUCUCCUGCAGAAGAAGCUGUGGUGCCACCCACCCUUGUGGCUGGCUUGAAGAAUAUGAAUGUCAUGGAGGGAGAAUCUGUGACACUGGAGUGCCAGAUAUCUGGUCACCCUGCCCCAGGCAUCAUGUGGUUCAGGGAGGACUACAGAAUCGAGAGCUCCAUUGACUUCCAGAUUACCUAUGAGAAUGGAUACGCCCGUCUGGUAAUCCGUGAGGCUUUUGCUGAGGACAGUGGACGUUUCACCUGCACAGCCACCAGUGAGGCUGGAACAAUCAGCACCUCCUGCUACCUGCUUGUCCAAGUAUCUGAAGAUAUUGAGAGCAGAGAGGCAAUUACCACAACGGAUGUCUCUCAACAAAUUCAAAUAACUCAGGAGAAACACAUUGCCAUUGAAUCCAAAGCCGAAGCCAUAUCAGAAGUAAGCGGCAUCACAGAAACUGUGGAAUCUGGAGCAGAGGUGGCUCCCUUUUUUGUGACGAAGCCCACUGUGCAGAAGCUAGUGGAAGGUGGGAGGGUUGUCUUUGAGUGCCAGAUUGGGGGCAGUCCCAAACCCCAUAUAUACUGGAAGAAGGCAGGAGUGCCACUUACCACUGGAUAUAGGUACAAAGUGAUUUACAAAAAGGAAACUGGGGAGUGCAGGCUGGAGAUCUCCAUGACCUUUGCUGAUGAUGCUGGAGAGUACUCAAUCAUUGUCAGGAAUAGGCUGGGAGAGGCCUCUGCCUCUGCUCACCUUCUAGGAGAAGAGGAAUAUGAAGCCUACAUGAAGAAAUAUGAGAUGACUUUUAAGACUGAAGUAACCACAAUGGUGGAGGAGCCAAAAGUGGCUGAUAUCCCUCCUGUGGUUGUGAGCGAAUAUGGGAAAGAGCAGAUCCGCACCACUCAGCAGAUGAAGAUGAUAAGGACCUUUGUCUCAGAGCAGGAAUUCCAGAUCUCUGCUUUUGAGGAGAGGUUAAUCCACGAGAUUGAAAUCCGCCUUCUUAAGAUAACGUAUCAGGAACUGGUGACUGAAGAUGGGGAAGAGAUGAUCAUGACAGAACAGGAGGCUGUGGAACCCACUUUUGACACUCCUGUGAAGAGCUACAGGAUCUUGGAAGGCAUGGGAGUCACCUUCCACUGCAAAGUGGCAGGAACCCCACUGCCCAAGAUUGCAUGGUACAAAGAUGGCAAGCGCAUCAGGCAUGGUGGUCGAUAUCAGAUGGAGUUUCUCCAGGAUGGGAGGGCCAGUCUGCGUAUCCCAGUGGUGCUGCCAGAGGAUGAAGGUGUCUACACUGCCUUGGCUUGUAACAUGAAGGCAAGUUCUGUCAGCUCAGGGAAGCUGUACGCGGAGCCCACUGCACCAGUCGGAGCUCAGCCCUACAUACCACAACCUGAAGCAGUCCAGAGAAUCCGUUCCACAUCGCCACGCUCCCUGAGCCGCUCUCCUGGACGUUCUCCUGGUCGCUCUCCCUCACGUAGACUGGACGAGACAGAUGAAGCCCAGCUGGAGAGACUGUAUAAGCCUGUAUUUGUCAUGAAGCCCUCCUCCUUCAAGUGUGCUGAGGGGCAAACUGCCAGAUUUGACUUAAAAGUGGUUGGCAGACCCAUGCCUGAAACCUUCUGGUUCCACAAUGGACAACAAGUGGUCAAUGAUUACACUCACAAGAUAGUGGUAAAGGAAGAUGGAACUCAGUCACUGAUUGUGGUCCCAGCCAUGCCCACUGACUCUGGGGAAUGGACCGUUGUGGCCCAGAACAGAGCUGGAAAGACUUCCAUUUCCAUGACUCUCACAGUAGAUGCUAAGGAGAACUUGGUGAGACCCCAGUUUAUUGAGAAACUGAGGAACAUUAGUGUCAAGGAAGGCACUCUGGUAGAGCUGGCCGUCAAAGCAAUAGGAAACCCACUUCCUGAUAUUGUGUGGCUGAAAAACAGUGAUAUCAUCUCCCCACAGAAGUAUCCUAACAUCAGAAUUGAAGGCACCAAAGGGGAAGCAAAUUUCAAGAUCGCCUCUAGUGUAGGCUCUGAUAGUGCCUGGUACACAGCCACAGCCAUCAACAAGGCUGGACGAGACACCACCCGCUGCAGGGUCAACAUAGAAAUGGAGUCUGCUGAACCAGAGCCUGAGAGAAGACUUGUCAUCCCCAAGGGAACCUACAAAGCCAAGGAAAUUGCAGCUCCAGAGUUGGAGCCCUUACAUCUCCGUUAUGGUCAGGAGCAGUGGGAAGAAGGGGACUUGUAUGACAAAGAAAAGCAGCAGAAGCCACACUUCAAGAAGAAGUUGACCUCAGUCAGGCUGAAGCAUUUUGGUGCUGUGCAUUUUGAAUGUAGGCUUACUCCUAUUGGUGACCCCACCAUGGUAGUGGAGUGGCUGCAUGAUGGGAAACCUCUGGCAGCAGCUAACAGGCUGCGAAUGAUCAAUGAGUUUGGCUACUGCAGUCUUGACUAUGAAGUGGCUUACAAUAGGGAUAGUGGUGUAAUCACCUGCAGAGCAACAAAUAAGUUUGGAGUUGAUCAGACCUCUGCUACCCUGAUUGUGAAGGAUGAGAAGAGCCUUGUGGAAGAGUCUCAACUACCAGAAGGUAGGAAGGGAAUGCAAAGGAUUGAAGAGAUGGAACGCAUUGCCCAUGAAGGGGCUCUUGCAGGAGUCACAACUGAAGAGACAUAUGAGAAGACUAAGCCUGACAUUGUUCUUCUCCCUGAGCCGGCGAGGGUAUUAGAAGGGCAGACUGCCAGGUUCCGCUGCAGAGUGACUGGAUACCCUGUGCCUAAGGUGAACUGGUACCUCAAUGGGCAACUCAUCAGGAAAAGCAAGAGGUUCAGGCUCCGCUAUGAUGGUAUUUACUACCUUGAGAUUACUGAUUGCAAAUCUUAUGAUUCAGGAGAUGUGAAAGUAAUGGCAGAGAGCCCUCAAGGUGUGGCUGAACACUGUGUGAAACUGGAGAUUCAGCAGAGGGAGGACUUUAGGUCUGUUCUUCGUCGUGCCCCUGAGCCAAAGGCUCCAGAAUCUGGUACUGAGCAUGGAAGGGUUCACUUUGAGGUUGUCAAGGUUGAGAAACCCCCUGAGGCUGCUCAGGCCAAAGAAAUUGUGAAACUAAGAAAGACUGAAAGAGUCGUCCAUGAGAAACCAACAGAGGAGACAGAGGAGCUGAGAAGCAAAUUUAAGCGUAGGACAGAGGAAGGCUACUAUGAAGCCAUCACUGCUGUAGAGCUCAAGUCUCGUAGGAAGGAUGAAUCCUAUGAGGAUAUGCUAAGGAAAAGGAAAGAGGAACUUCUUCAUUGGACCAAAGAGGUGUCUGAGGAGGAAAAGAAAAAGGAAGAGGAAAGAGGCAAAGUGACCAUUCCCAUAAUCAAACCAGAAAGAAUCGAACUCUCUCCUAGCAUGGAAGCUCCAAAGAUUCUGGAACGCAUACAGAGCCAGACAGUUUCCCUAACCGAAGAGGUCCACUUUAGAGUUAGAGUGGUUGGGAAACCCGAUCCAGAGUGCCAGUGGUUCAAGAACGGAGUUCUGCUGGAGAAGUCAGAGCGUAUUUAUUGGUACUGGCCCGAAGACAAUGUAUGUGAAUUAGUGAUCAAACAUGUUUCAGCAGAAGAUUCCGCUAGCAUUAUGGUCAAGGCUAUCAACAUUGCGGGAGAGACUUCAAGUCAUGCUUUCUUGCUUGUACAAGCCAAGCAAGUUGUUACAUUUACCCAAGAAUUGGAAGAUGUCCAUGCCAAAGAGAAAGAUACAAUGACAACCUUUGAGUGUGAAACUAGUGAACCAUUUGUCAAAGUGAAAUGGAUGAAGAACAACAUGGAAAUUUUCUCUGGAGACAAAUAUCGAAUGCAUUCAGACAGAAAGGUGCAUUUCCUGUCUGUGUUGAUCAUUGACAUGGGAGAUGCUGCAGAGUACAGUUGUGUUGUUGCUGAGGAUGACCACAUCAGAACCACUGCCAAAUUAAUUGUUGAGGGUGCCCCACUGGAUAUGGAAAAGAAACUGGAGAAUAUAGAAGUACCUGAGACAUACUCCGGUGAAUUUGAAUGUGUUGUGUCUCGUGAGGAUGUUGAGGGUACUUGGUACUUUGGGGACAAGGAAAUUACCCCCAGCAGCAAGUAUGUCAUGUCCUCUCGCCGUGGACGCCACACACUCACUGUCAAAGAUGUCAAGAAGGAGGACCAAGGAAAAUACACAUUUAUUGUUGGUGAACUCAAGACAACAGCCUCCUUAGUUAUGAAAUUACGCCCGGUGACACUGCUGCAAGGACUCAGUGACCUUACAGUCUGUGAAGGGGACAUUGCUCAACUGGAAGUCAAAUUCUCGCAGGAGCACGUUGAGGGCUCCUGGAUGAAGAAUGGACAAGCUAUCUCUGCCACUGACCGUAUCCAUGUUGUGAUUGACAAGCUCAAUCACAAGCUACUCAUUGAAAAUGCCAACAGGGAUGAUGCUGGAAUGUAUUCUUUUGUUGUUCCUGCUCAGGCCAUAUCCACCUCUGGGAAGCUAACUGUUCAGACUAUUGGCAUCUUGACCCCACUAAAGGAUGUGUCUUCAGUGGAGGGCACCAAAACUGUGCUGGAGGCUAAAAUCUCUGCUCCUGAUAUUAGCUCAGUAAAAUGGUAUCACAAUGACAAGUUGGUGGUACCCAGUGAAAGAGUCCAGUUGAUCACUAAAGGAUCCAAGCAACGUCUGGUCUUCAGCAGGACCUUUGCUUCAGACCAGGGGCAGUACAAACUGGUUGUUGGCAGAGCUGAUUCCAGCUGCAAACUGACUGUUGAAAGAAUCAGCAUUGUGAAGCAUAUGGAAGACCAGGUUUGCACUGAAACCCAGAAUGUCACCUUUACGGUUGAUUUGUCCCACUCUGGUAUUGAUGUUCUCUGGACCUUUAAGAAUCAGCAUCUGAAAGCUGGUCCCAAGCACAAGAUUGAGGCAAAGGGCAAACGCUAUACCCUGACUGUCAUUGAUACCAUGAAGGAUGAGGAGGGACAAUACACAUUUGCUGCUGGUGAACAGACAUCCAGUGCUAAACUUACUGUAUCAGGUGGUGCGAUUAACAGACCUCUCCAGGAUGUGACAGUAGCAGAGUCCCAGACUGCAGAGUUUGAGUGUGAAGUGGCCAAUCCAAAUACUGAGGGGAAAUGGUUGAAGGAUGGCCGCCCUGUGGAUUUUGGUGACAACAUAAGGAGUGAGAAAGAUGGACGGAUAAGACGCCUAGUAAUUGUCAUCACCAGACCUCAGGAUGUUGGUGAAUACACGUACCAAGUGGCGAACUCCAAGACUACAGCCAACCUGAGAGUUGAAGCUGUGAAGGUGCGUAAGACACUUAGGAAUCAGACAGUUACUGAGACCCAGGAAGCAGAUUUCAGUCUUGAGCUCACCCACAAGAAUGUGAAAGGCUUCCAGUGGAUCAAGAAUGGUAUUGAGAUCCAGCCCAGUGACAAGUUUGAAAUAAUAGUAGAUGGCAUGGUUCACACCCUGAAGAUCAAGAACUGUAACACACAGGAUGAGUCUGUCUAUGGAUUCAAACUGGGAAAACUGUCUGCUAAUGCCAGACUUAACGUUGAGACUAUUAAGAUUGUGAAGAAACCCAAGGAUGUGACCUCCCUUUUGGAUGCAACUGCAUCUUUUGAGCUGAGCUUGUCUCAUGACAACAUCCCAGUGAAGUGGAUGUUAAAUAAUGUUGAGCUGAAGCCCAGUGAGAACUACAAGAUACUGUCAGAGAGGAAGGCUCACAAGCUAGUCAUCCAGAAUGUGAACACCCGCCAUGCUGGAGAAUACACAGCUGUUGUUGGACAUUUGCAAUGCAGUGCAACACUAUAUGUUGAAGCUUUGCGUGUCACAAAAACAAUGAAGAACAUUGAAGUCCCUGAGACCCAGGUUGCCACCUUUGAAUGUGAGGUCUCUCACUUCAAUGUGCCGUCCACCUGGCUUAAGAAUGGAGUGGAGAUCGAGAUGAGCGAGAAGUUCAGGAUCGUAGUACAGGGCAAGCUGCACCAGCUCAAAAUAAUGAAUACCAGCAGAGACGACUCUGCAGAGUACACUUUUGUAUGUGGAAAUGACAGAGUUUCUGCUACGUUGACAGUCAACGCCAUUCUGAUCACAUCAAUGCUCAAGGACCUCAAAGCUCAAGAGAAGGACACAAUCACCUUCGAGGUGAAUGUAAACUAUGAAGGAAUAACCUACAAGUGGCUGAAGAAUGGUGUGGAGAUCCGGUCAUCAGAAAAAUGCCAGACUCGCACCAAGCAACUCACCCACUCAUUAACUAUUAGGAAUGUACACUUUGGGGAUGGUGGACAGUACUCCUUUGUGGCCGGGUCUGCAAAAACAUCUGCUAACCUUUAUAUUGAAGCACGUGUUGUUGAAUUCAGAAAGCACAUCAAAGACAUAAAAGUAACUGAGAAGAAAAGGGCCGUUUUUGAAUGCGAGGUCUCUGAGCCAAACAUACAUGUGAUGUGGAUGAAAGAUGGACAAGAGCUGGAAAUAACUGAUAGAUACAAAACUACAGCUGAGAAAUAUGUUCACCGCCUGAUGAUCCAAACUGUUCGCAUGUCUGAUGCUGGAGAGUACUCUGUGGUUGCUGGUUCAAGCAUUUCUAAGGCCCAUCUCACUGUGGAGGGCCGUGAUGUCAGGAUUACAGAACCCAGGGAGAGGGAAAUAACUGUCCUUGAGAAGCAGAGAGCAACAAUUGAAUUUGAAGUAAAUGAAGAUGACAUUGAAGCUCGCUGGCUGAGGAAUGGAACUGAGAUUCAGUUGUCAACUGAGAAAAGAUUCAGCUAUGCAGCUAUCAGAAAGGUCCAUCGCUUGACCAUCUCAGAGACCUACCGCAGUGAUGCUGGGAAGUACACAUUUAUUGCUGGCAGGAACAGGAGUGAAGUUACUCUGCUCGUCAAAAUUCCUGAGCCUCCCCAGAUCAUCAAACAAAUGGAGCCCCUAUCUGUGGAGGCUGGCAAGCCUGCCCGUUUCUCUGUGGAAGUGAAAGGCAUCCCACAGCCACAGAUAUUCUGGUACAAAGACUCCCAGGCCCUGUCCGCUGGAUUCAAGUGUAAAUUCCUACAUCACAGGGAUGUCCACACACUGAUGCUCAUCGAGGUCUUCCCAGAGGAUGCAGCUGUCUACAACUGUGAAGCCAAGAAUGACUAUGGUGUAGCUACCAGCUCUGCUUCCCUGACUGUGGAAGUUCCAGAGGUUAUCUCCCCUGAUACUGGAGCCCCACUGUCUCCCCCUGUGAUUGUGUCUCCAAUUUAUAACACCUCUGCUCAGGAGGGGGAGUCUGCUCGAUUCCAGUGCCGCGUAUCUGGAGAAGAUCUUAAAAUCACCUGGUAUUGCAGAGACAAGGAGAUCCAGAAGUCAGACGUAUUUAGGAUGUCUCAGUUCGACGAUAACUUCCUGCUGGAAAUUAUAAGAGUUUACCCAGGGGAUGGGGGGGAGUAUACUUGUGUUGCUAGAAAUUCAGCUGGAAUGGUCUCUUGCUCAGCUGUUCUGACGCUUGAGGGACAUAGACAAAUUGACGACAGUACACCUAAGGCUCAAUGGCAGGCCUCAACCAGUCUGUCUACAAGCAUAUCGAGUGUAAAGAAGGAGCCAAUUGGCCAAAGACCUGCUUUCAUUCAGCCUAUUGCAAGCUGCACAGUGCUUCAUGGAGAAGUUGCCAGAUUCCAUGCUCGCGUGUCUGGCAUGCCAAAGCCAGAGAUCAGCUGGUUUCAUAAUCAGCAGCUUGUAAAGCCAACAAAAAAUGUUGUCUUUCAUUUCGAUGAGAUGACAACAAUUGCCACGCUAAUCAUAGUUGAUGCUUUCCCUGAGCAUGCUGGACUAUACACUUGCAAAGCAACCAAUAAUGCUGGAGAGGCAGUUUGCACGGCUACCCUUACAGUAACCAAAGAAGGGGUGAAAAUGAAGGAAGAAACUGAGGCCAGAAUUGAGGGGGAAGUCAAAGAAUUUUCUAGCUUGACUGUGACAACUGAAGAAGAAGAACAAGAAUCCUACAGCACUGGCCUACAAUUAGAAGGAAAAAUCAAAACAUCUGAACUCAAGCCAGAGUCUAAACGCUAUUCUAGUACAUUAGAGAAGAAAAAGGAAAAGCCUGUUUUUAUCACCCAGCUCUCACCAGCAGAUAUCUCAGUUGGAGAGACAGCUAAAUUUACUGUCACAGUGUUUGGCUUUCCAAAGCCUAAGGUGCAGUGGUUCCACAAUGGACAGGAGAUUACAUCCUCAUCAGUUUAUAAAUUUUAUCAAGAAGAAAACCAAUAUACACUGACCAUUUCCCAGGUAAAGACAGAAUAUGAAGGGGAGUACUCUUGCACUGUCAGCAACAGGUUUGGUCAGUCAACUAGUUCAGCAUUCUUGCAUGUUAAAGUGCCGGAGACAGCGAAAAAAGAGCAUAGGGUUGAAAAAAUGUUAAAAGUCACUGGCCAGCCUCCUCGUUUCACCACCACAAUAGAACCGAUACAGUGCGUUGAAGGAAGUCAAGUAAAAUUUUUAUACAAAUUGACUGGGCAGCCUCUUCCUUUGGUUCGGUGGUUUAGGGGCAGUUACCAGAUUCAGCCCAGUAAGUACUUCACUGUGGUAAAUAAUCCAGAUGGCUCUGGGUACCUUAACAUGAUGGGUAUCCAGCAGGAAGACAGUGGUCUCUAUACAUGUAGGGCAUCCAAUGCAUCUGGGGAAGCCUCCUGCAGUGCUGAACUGAUUGUGUUCCGUGAUACUGCCUCUGUCUCAAGUCGACAGGACCAAGCGUUUGCUCAGAAGCAAAAAAGUUACAAAGUUUCUAUGACAGAGCAAGUCACUGAAUCCCGCCUGUAUACUGUGAACCUCCCAGGGGAGGCCAGAGGAAACGUCCAGUCAGGACAUCAGAUGGUAUACACUAUUGGGACAGAGGAUAUUCAGACUAUUGCCAGUGAGCAAGUGGAUAACUUGCAGCAGGUGGGAAUAUCUGCUGCUUCCCUGCACAGAGAGCAAGUUCCUCACCAAGCUGCAGUGCUGCAGUCUCAUGAGAUGGAAGAAAGGGUAAUGGUGGGACCUACCCAGCUCCAUCCAGUUGCAGCCUUACCUACAAGACAGCUGCACAUGGCAUCCUUUACUCCUGCGGUCCAGGAGAGUCAUGGUUUCACAGAGCAACACUCAGAAUACAUCCAGACUCCAGAGAUAAUAGAGUUAGAGCUGGCCCAGGAGCAAAAAUCUAAAAUAAUGUCUGCUGUUUCUGAGGAAAUAAUACCUGUAGCCAUUGUGAAAACUGAGUCUUUAAGUGACAGGAAAUCAGAGCAGAUUAAGCCAACUCCUGAGCCAAAACAAGUUGUUUUAAGUCACCAAAUAGAAACCAGGAUACCAAUUAUGAAAGAGAAAUCACAAAUUUUUCCUAAACCUGAAGUGGAAAAAAGCUAUAAAGUCAAAGAAGGAGUGAAGAUAUUAUAUUCUGCCAUAUCAACAGGGGAGCAUGAAAUCUCUGAAGCCCAUUCAGCAGAUUUGUCCUCCCUAGAUUCAGCCUUACAAUCUUCAGUAGUAAUGGAGUUGUCUAAGCCAGUUCAUAUCUCUACCAGUGAGACUAAACAAACUUUAUCAAAAGAACAGAAAUUUGAAAUACACAAAGCAAAGGAAGAGAAAGCACAAAUGCUGAAGGAUAAAUUAGUUAAAUCAUCUCUAACUUCUGAAGAAAAGCAGGUGCUCCAGUCUGAACACACUGAACAAAUUCCAGGUAUAGAGAGUGCUAUAUCUGUGCAAUCACAGAUGGAAGGGGAAAAAAUCAUGCAUUUGCAGGUGAUAAGGGAACAGAAUAUACUUCCUUCUGAGGACAGAUUUACUUGUGAGGCUCCAGCAGCAGAACAGGCAGACACAAGAAAAAGCCCCAUUUUGAUUCAGACGACUACUAUAGAUGAACAGAAAUCUGUCACUUGUGAAGAGAUGCUUCACUUUUCUUCCCAAGACGGCACAUUUUCCAUUCAGCCAACAAAAGAGGCUCCUGUGGCUUUACAUCUCCAAUCUGUUCAUUCAGAAAGUUAUUUACCCAAAGAAGGCAUAUUUACUGUUGAAAAGCCCAACCAGCAGGUAGCUGUGCAGAGACUGGAAAAAGUUCGCAGGCAGGCAGUAAACACAGAGGAGAAAAGAGAACUGACAGCUGAUUACUGUACAGAUCUGGAUGUGUCAGUAACAGGUGUGUACACUGAGCAGGGUACAGAACCCAAACCUCAAACUAUUCUUCAGGCAGUUUCAGAGCCCAUGCUGCUGCCUAAGGAAAUUCCAUUCAGUACUGAGGUUAAAGAGCAGCGUGCAUCGAAGCAGAAAGAGGACCGCUGGAAUGUCAUGCAAUUAAUGACCACAGCAGACAGCCGAACAAUAGAGGAGGGACACACUGAUAGCUUUAAAGCUGUUGACAAGUUUUCUUGUGAAACUAAGGUAGAACCCAAAGUCCCAGCUGAGCCACUCCACAUAGAGGAGAAGGCAAUCUCUACCGAGAGCAGUGUUUCUUUAGAAGCAGCAGAACAAGACUUUGCAGUCCAAAUUCAAGAGGGUCAGUCAGUGAGACAAUCAAUAUUAGUGGAGGAGAAAAAAAUAAUGACUGGUGAAAUGUCUGGUGAAAUGUUAAAAUCUGAGACAACCCAAGUUAGUAUUACAACACAACCCAAAGGGGCUUUCCUAGUCCAUGAAUCACAAGAAAGUAAGACUCUUCCAAAAGAGCUUACAUUUGUUAUUCAGGCACCAAAAUCAUUUGGUUUGGACAUCAGAUACCAGCUUGAGAAUGCAUUGCAGUCUGCUGUAGCACAUGAGCAGCCAGUGCUUCUGGCAGAAGUGGCAGAAUGUUUACAAAUUUUUGAGGUAAAAGAAGUGAAGGUGCACAAAGAACCCAAGUAUGCGAUGUUCACAUAUCUUAUUACGACAAGUGGAGCCCCUAUAGAAAUAACCAUAGCCUUUGAUGGUGAGUAUCCUCAGACUGCUGAUUUAAAGAAUGAGCUCAGAGCAGCUUUUUAUUCUGUAAUCCAUUGUGAACAGCAGGUACUGACUUCAGAACAGCCUGGCACCAUGCAAAUAGAUAGGCCCCAGAGAAUACAGGUUAGCAGUGCACCUUCAAAAGAAAUGCUUUCAUCAACAGUGGAAACCAUUACGUUUGCAGAGAAUGUUGCAGAUUUUACUUCACACAAAGCACAUUCUGCAGCUGUCAAGACUGAAAGUCAGGCUUCCUUUAAAACUGUAAAAGCUCAGGAGCGCACUCUGGUAGAGGUCUCAGAGACCACCCAGGUAAUUAAGAUGACCACAGAAUCAAAAUCAGAGUUCCAGGAGCAGAUGACCACGCAGGGAGUCAAAACUGUGACAGUAAAAGGCAGUGAGAGAGAUGUGGGUGCAACAGCCAUAACCGAUAUGCCAAUACCACCAAUUCCAGGUGACCACUCAGUAGAUGUUCUAAUUCAAAAACAAAGAAGAGAAGAGUUUCUGAAAGAGGAAGUUAUUAAAGCUAAGCCAACAGAAAAACUGAUCCAAGAUUACCCUGUUAUAGAAACAUUUCUUGAAGACAUGACCAUUGAAGAGCAUUGCAAGUUUACUUUCUCUCUAGUUAUAAAACAUGUUAAAAAGGUCAACUGGCUUUUCAAUGGAAAAUUGGUUAAAUCUGGCAAAGAGUUCAAAUGUUCCAAGGAUCAUGAUACUUAUACGCUAGUAAUUGAGAAGGUUAUCAAGGAGAAGCACCAAGGAGAAUAUAUCUGUGAGGCUGUGAAUGAAGCUGGCAAGACUUCAACAUCAUCGAAACUCACAGUUGUCUUAAGAGUGCCACCUGUUUUUAGGCUAAAAAUCCAACCCCUGGAGAUUCAUCUUGGGAGCCGUGCCAGGUUUGAAUGUGAGAUUGCAGACGCACCAAACGUGAAGUUCAAGUGGUACAAGUCUGGGACUGAGAUCAGAGAGAGCGAAAAGUGCAGGAUCAUUAGUCGAUACAACACCACCUCACUGGAGCUCCUGAACCCAACCAAAGCUGACAGUGGUCAGUAUACUUGCAAAGCUACAAAUCAACAUGGCAGUGACAGUUGUUCAGCUUCCCUGACAGUGACUGAGGUUUUCCCGCCAGUCUUUGUUACUAAGCCUGAUCCAAUGACUUUAUAUGUGGGCAAACAAGCAAGAAUUCAGUGUGUACUUUCCGGCUCCUCCCCAAUGAAUGUUGUGUGGCAGAAAGGCAACAUUCCAAUUUCUAAGGAUGCAAACUACAAAAUCACCUCUGAAAAGAACAGGCACACUCUUGAAAUUGUGAAACUUAGCCUUACUGAUCAGGGCGAGUAUCACUGCAGAGCAUCGAACAGUGUUGGAACUGACAUGUGUAGCACAGAACUGAGGGUGAUUGAUAAGCCCAAUUUUGUCAAAACCUUUGAAUCAGUAUCAGUAGCUGUGGGAAGCCUGCUGCGUCUUGAAUGUCAAGUGGAUGAAGACACUGGUGUUACCAUUUCCUGGACCAGAGAUGGCAAGAAAAUGCAUAACACCAUAGAUCACAAACUUUCUUUUGAAGACAAACUUGCCAUUCUUGAAAUUACAAAUUCAAAUCUUAAAGACACUGGGAAAUAUGUUUGCACUGCUACAAAUGAUGCUGGAAGCAGUAGCUGUUCUUCUAUGGUGUCUGUACAAGAGCCCCCAACUUUUGUUAAGAGACUGGAACCAAAGAUCCUCUGGAAACAUGGUGUGACAGCACGUAUGCAGUGCACAGUUAAAGGCUCCCCUGAACUUCACAUCACCUGGUUUAUGAAUGGCCGUGAACUAAUCACUGGAGAGAAGCACAAAAUCAGCUUCAAAGAUGGCCAAACAGUUUUGGAGAUAAAUGGUGUUUCUGUGGCAGACAGUGGAAAUUACACUUGCGAAGUGUUAAAUGAAGCUGGUUGUGAAAGCUGUAGUACUCUGUUAAUGAUAAAAGAACCCCCUUCCUUCAGAAGGGAAUUGAAAAUGGUAGAAGUAGUAAGAGGAACGACAGCCAUACUUGAAUGUGAAGUUUCUGGAACACCUCCAUUUGAAGUCCUCUGGUUUAAAAAUAAGAAAGCAAUUUCCACUGAUAAAAAGUAUAAGAUCACUUCCCAAGAUACCAUUGCCUGCUUGGAGAUCAGUUCAUUUGAAAGUAUUGAUGUUGGGGACUACCAGUGUUCUGUAUCAAAUGAUGUAGGCAAAGUGUCCUGCACAUCAGUAGCUAAAUUGAAAGAGCCUCCAUUUUUUUCGAAGAAGAUUGAAAACAUUUCAGCUGUUUUGGGAAGUACAGUUAGGCUGCAGGGCACUCUUAAAGGAUCAGCCCCAAUCAAGGUCACAUGGAUGAAGGAUUCUGAAACAUUGAGAGAUGAUGAUCCAAAUGUAACAAUGGAAUUUGAGAAUAAUAUUGCUGUUCUAUCAAUAGCCACUGUCAACAUCAUCCAUAGUGGUAAAUACACUUGCCAGGCUGAAAAUGAAGCUGGGAAACAGAAAUGUGAAGCCACUUUAUCUGUUCAAGAACCAGCUCGAAUAAUAGAAAAGACAGCAUCCAUCAGUGUGACUGCAGGAGGUCCAGCAUCUUUAGAGUGCACAGUUGCAGGAAGCCCAGAGCUUAAAGUGAAGUGGUUCCAAGAUGGAAAGGAGAUAACCGACACCCGGAAAUAUAAAAUAACCUUUAAAAAUAAUGUGGCCAUCUUGAAAAUUCUUGCAGCAGAAAAGAGAGACGACUGUGAAUAUAUGGUGGAAGUGGCCAAUCGUGUUGGAAAAGACCAGUGCUCUUGCUCUGUCACUGUGCUAGAUCGAAUUGUACCACCGUCAUUCACAAAACUUCUUAAAAAAGUUGAUGGAAGUGUUGGCUCCAAUGUCAGUAUGGAAUGCAGAGUCACUGGGUCUCAGCCUGUGACUAUUUCUUGGUACAAGGAUGAUGCAGAAAUCACAGCUGGCCCAAAAUACAAAAUGGAAUUCACCGAAAGCACAGUGUCCUUGGGAAUUAAUAAUUUACAAAAGUCUGAUGCUGGAACAUAUACCUGUCGUGCAAAAAAUGCAGCAGGAAGUGGAGAGACCAGUGGAAAUCUGUCUGUAAAAGAGCCUCCAGCCUUCACAGUUACGCCUGACUCUCAAAAUGUUAUACCAGGAACAAAAGUGACUUUAAAGAGUGCUUUCACCGGAACAGCCCCAUUUACCAUUAAGUGGUUCAAAGGGGACAAGGAAAUAUCCACCGGAGGAACAUGUUUUAUCAAAAAAGAUGCAUCCACAAGUUUGUUGGAACUUCACUCAGUGAAACCCAAAGAUUCUGAUAAUUACACUUGCCAAGUUACCAAUGACGCUGGGAAGGUGACGUGCAGCGCUGUCUUGUUUGUAAAAGAACCUCCAAAGUUUGUGAAGAAGCUUGAGUCUUCAAAAAUUUCACAGAAGGGAAGUCCUGUGUUUUUGGAAUGCAAUGUAACUGGCAGCCCUACAAUCAAAAUUAAGUGGUUCAAGAAUGAGACUGAAAUUCAUUCUGGUAAUAAGUACAAAAUGGAUUUCACAGACUCUGUAGCUACUUUGGAGAUUUCAGCAAGCGUUGUUGAUGAUAGUGGGGAAUACAUUUGUGAGGCAUCAAGUGAAGCAGGCAUUGACCGGUGCAAAAGUUUGGUUUCAAUCAAAGAACCGCCAAACUUCACAAAAGUUAUUGAAUCCAAGGAAGUUGUGAAAGGAUCUGAUGUUGUUUUGGAGGGGAAUAUUUCUGGCUCACCUCAAUUUGAAAUUUCAUGGUUUAAGGAUUCUAUGCCAAUCAGUAAUGACAGAAAACACCAGAUGAGUUUUCAGAAUGAUACAGUUUACCUCAAGAUUCUGAAAUGUGAAGCAGGAGAUUUUGGAAAAUACCAGUGCAUAGUAGCAAAUGAAGUUGGAAAAUCUUCCUCUGAUUGUGAAAUGACAAUGAAAGAACCGCCAUCAUUUGUUCAGAAGAUAGAGAAUGCAAGUUGCCUCGUUGGCAAGGAAAUAACAAUGGUUUGCAUACUAAAAGGAUCACUACCAAUUACUGUCUCAUGGAUAAAAGAUGACUAUGAGGUUAAAGACGAUGAAAAUAUAAGAAUGUCCUAUGAGGACAGAACUGCCAGACUGCAUAUAACAAACAUUCAGAUAAAACAUAGUGGAAAGUACACUUGUCAGGCAAAGAACGAAGCUGGAAGUCAGAAAUGCUCUGCUUCAUUGGAAGUUAAAGAACCAGCAAACAUUAUUGAAAAAGCCAAGUCAAUUAGUGUUACUGCUGGGGAUCCUGCCACACUGGAAUGCAGGUUCUCAGGAACCAAAGUUUUGAAAACCAAGUGGCUGAAAGAUGGAAAGGAGCUCAUAUCAGGCCAGAAAUAUAAAGUGCACAGCACCAACAAGAGCUCCACUUUAAGGAUUCUAGCUACAGAUAAGAGUGACAGUGGAGAAUACUCUUUUGAGGUCUCCAAUGAUGUUGGUAGCAGCACAUGUGAAGCUGUUAUUACUGUUCUAGAUCAAAUAAUCAAACCAACUUUCACAAGGAAAUUGAAACAGAUGGACAGCGUUAAAGGAUCAUUUGCCCACCUAGAGUGUCUUAUUUCUGGCUCCCUGCCCAUAACUGUGCGCUGGUACAAAGACGAUAAGGAGAUAGUGGCAGACGAAAAACACAAAUGCUCGUUUUUUGAAAAUACGGCAUUUUUGGAAAUCACCAAUCUUUCUAGUUCGGACAGUGGCAGCUAUACCUGCAUUGCUGAAAACAAAGCAGGAAGUGACCAGUGCUCUGGUGCAUUACUUGUGAAAGAACCACCAACAAUAUUAGAAAGGCCAGAAUCAAUGGAUGUCUUGCCUGGAUCAAGAGUAAAAUUAAGUGUACUGAUAAGUGGUACUCCACCACUGAAUAUCAAGUGGUUUAAAGACAACAAGGAGAUUGUAUCCAGCACUGACUGCUUGAUUCAGAAGGAUAACAUUUCAAGUUCACUGGAACUCUUUUUUGCCAAGGCCUCAGACUCUGGAGAUUACUCCUGUGAGAUCACUAAUGAUGUUGGCUCUGAGGCCUGCAGAACAAGGCUAUUUGUGAAAGAACCUCCAAAAUUCAUUCGGAAGCCUGAGAAAGUAGCAGUGGUGAAACAAGGACAAAAUAAGAAAUUUGAAUGCCAGGUUGUUGGAACUCCUGAAAUUGAUAUCUAUUGGUUCAGAGAUGGGAAUGAAAUCAGUCCCAGUGACAAAUACAAGAUUUCCUUUGCUAAUUCCAUGGCGAGCUUGGAAGUACUUGGUGCUGAUACUAAAGAUACUGGAGUGUAUUACUGUGAGGCACGCAAUGAUGCUGGUAGUGAGAGCUGCAGCAUGGAAUUGAAAGUGAAAGAGCCCCCAGCCUUUGUAAAGGAAUUGACACCCCUUGAAGUUGUAAAUGGUUCUGAUGCACUAUUUGAAUGCCAAGUUACUGGUACUGCUCCAUUUGAAAUAACUUGGCUCAAGGAUGCAAAAGAAAUCAAGUCCAGUAAAAGACACAAAGUUUCAUGGAAUAAUGAUAUUUUAAGUCUACAAAUAUUGAAAUGUGAGGAUUUAGAUGUUGGCGAAUAUCAGUGCACUGUUGCAAAUGAGGUUGGAAGUUGCUUUUGCAGGACUAUGCUCCGUAUGAAAGAACCACCAUCGUUUGUAAAGAAGAUCCAAAAUGUUGCCACUGUGUUGGGAAAAGCGGCUGAAUUUCAAUGUGUUGUGAAGGGGUCGCCACCCCUUACUGUUCAAUGGCAGAAAGAUGAAGAAUGGAUCAUGGAGGAUGCUAAAAUUGAAAGGACUUUUGAUGGCAAUGUGGCUUCUUUGAGAAUUGCAGUCUCUGAGGCCUGUCAUACUGGGAGGUAUACCUGUCAGGUCAUGAAUGAGGCUGGACAGGAGAAGAGCUUUGCAACUCUGCUGGUGCAAGAGCCAGCUCAAAUUAUUGAGAAGUCUGAAAAAAUAAAUGUAACUGCUGGUGAUCCAGUCAAUAUGGAGGUCAAAGUGUCAGGCACUCCUGAACUCAAAGUCAAGUGGCUAAGAAAUGGAAAAGAGCUUGUGUCCAGCAGACAGCACAAACUCAGCUUUGUGAAUCAUUUGAGUUGUCUUAAGAUUCAGUCUGCACAAAUGAAUGAUGGUGGGGACUACACUUUUGAGGUUACCAAUGAUAUUGGAGUCUCCAGUUGCAAGAUUACAUUAGUUGUCGUAGAACAAAUUAUUGCUCCAUCCUUCCUCAAACCAUUGAUUGAAAUGCGGGAGGUUCUGGGAUCUUUUGUACGACUUGAAAGCAAAGUUUCUGGUUCUCUUCCAAUGUCUGUGGAAUGGAAAAAAGAUGGAAAUGUCAUUACUGGAAAAACAAAGCCUAAGCUUAUACAGGAAGAAAACUCUGUAGCAUUGGAGAUUGAGCAUUUGGAAAAAACGGAUGCUGGGACAUACACUUGUAAACUAUCAAACAAAGCAGGAAGUUGUGAGUGCAGUGCUGCACUGAUGGUAAAAGAGCCUCCAAGCUUUGUGUCCGAACCAGAAUCCCAGGCUGUUCUCCCUAAUUCAACUGCACGUUUUAAAUGCACUUUAAAAGGAACACCCCCUUUUAUUGUGAAGUGGUUCAAAGAAGAUACAGAAUUGGUAACCGGACCAUCAUGUUUUACUGGAAUGGAAGGAUCAUCAUGCUUUUUAGAUCUUUAUUCUUGUGGAACUUCUCAAAGUGGAAUUUAUUUUUGCCAAGUUAGCAAUGAUGCUGGUACUGCAAGAUGUACUGCCAAUUUAUUGGUUAAAGAACCUCCUGAAUUUGUGCUGAAACUGCCGCCCACAAAGUUUGUGAAGCGGUCUGAGCCACUACGGCUUGAGUGCAAAGUAACUGGAACACCUCCACUUCAAAUGUCUUGGUACAAAAAUGACAAUAAGCUCAUGGAAGGUGACAACUACAGGAUGUCAUUUGUUGACUCACUGGCAGUUCUUGAUGUUCGCACCACAAGAUGUGAAGACAGUGGUGUCUACACCUGUGAAGCUCAAAAUGAUGCUGGAAGAAUCAGCUGUAGUACCACACUCGCAGUCAAAGAACCACCAUCUUUCAUCAAAGCACCUGAAACUGUGGAGGGACUGAGAGGCAAGGACAUCAGUAUUAAUUGCGAGUUAUCUGGUACCCCACCAUUUGAGAUAACUUGGUACAAAGACAACAAGCCUCUAAAGGAAAGCAGAAAGUACAAGUUUGUGCAGGAGGGUGGCUCUGCUACUCUUCAUAUUCUCAGUUUGGAUGCCACUGAUCCUAGUGAAUACCAGUGCAAAGCAUCAAACCAAGUAGGAAGUGAUUCACGCUCUAGCACAGUUAAACUCAGAGAGCCACCUGCCUUUGUGAAGAAACUGGACAAUUUGACAGCAAUUUCUGGUGAAGAAGUAACUUUGACUGCAACUGUCAAAGGCUCCCAACCAAUUUCUGUGUCUUGGGUGCAAGACAAAGAUCAUGUCCUCAGAGAUGGUGAUAAUCGAAAAAUUACCUUUGAGAACAACCAGGUCACUUUGAGAAUCUUUAAAGCUGAUGCAACAUCCCCUGGCAAAUACACUUGCCAACUUAAAAAUGAUGCUGGUGUGGUGGAGUCCAUUGCUCAUUUAACUAUCCUAGAGCCUGCUUCAAUUGUGGAUAAACCUGAGUCCUUCAGUGUCACUGCAGGUGAUACUGCUGCGUUUGAAUGCACAGUAGCUGGAACACCAGAGCUGAAGCCAAAAUGGUUCAAAGAUGGCGUAGAGUUGUCUUCUGGCCAAAAGUACAAGAUUACUUUCUCUAAAAUGAUUUCCAGCCUAAAGGUUCUGUCAGCAGAGAAACGUGACACUGGCGAAUACACUUUUGAGAUUAAAAAUGAGGUUGGCAAAGACGUCUGUAAAAUGAACCUCACUGUCCAAGAUAAAAUCAUACCUCCCACGUUUACACGGAAAUUGAAGGACACUCAGGCAAUUGUAGGUAAACCUGUUGAGAUGGAUUGCAAAGUUUCAGGUUCUGCUCCUUUCACUAUCUCGUGGUAUCAUGAUGGACAAGAGAUCAGAAGUGGACCAAACCAUGAAAUUUCAUUUACUGACAACACCUGCACCUUGAAAGUACCCACUCUAAAGCUUACAGACUCUGGGACAUACAAAUGCAAAGCUGUAAAUGAAGCUGGAGGCAAUGAGACCAGUGCUUCUUUAAUGGUGAAAGAACCUCCAUCUUUCAUCACACAACUGCAACCUGUGAAAGCUCUACCUGGUACAAAUGUUGUUUUUUCUGCAACGGUCAAGGGAAGUGCUCCACUUAAACUGAAAUGGUUCAGAGGCAGUACAGAAAUAAUUUCUGGACGAGGCUGUGAAAUUUCCUUACAGGGUAGUACUGCAUCUCUGGAACUGUACAAUAUUAACAAAUCUCAUGCUGGAGAGUACACGUGCCAGAUCAUUAAUGAUGCUGGAAAGGAAAAUUGUCCUGUCAACUUAUUUGUGAAAGAACCUGCACACUUUGUGAAGGAACUGAGAGAUUAUGCUGUUGAAAAAGGAAAAUUAUUGUUGCUUGAAUGCACAUAUUCUGGAAGCCCAGAAAUACUUGUGAAAUGGCUCAAGGAUGGCCAUGAGCUGUUUUCUUCUUAUAAAUAUAAUAUCACAACCACAGAGAAUUCCUGCAUAUUGGAGUGUCUUAACAGUGACAAAGAUGAUUGUGGAAAAUACUCUUGUGAAGUUUCCAAUGCAGCUGGAAGUGAUACCUGUCAUGCUCAAGUAUCCAUUUUAGAACCACCGCACUUUAUUGAAAGCUUGGAACAAAUGGAAGUAACAGCAGGGGAUUCACUUUGUCUUAAAUGUCUAAUUGGAGGCACUCCAGAAAUAAAAGUGUCUUGGUUUAAGGCUGACGGUAAACUACGAUCCAGUGGUACAUGCAAAAUGGAAUACAUCAAAGGCACAGCCUGUUUGAAAUUAAGCAAAGUUACCAAAACCGAUGCUGGCGAAUACACGUGUAAAGCUGAGAACAGCAUAGGAUCAGCCUCCACAAGCUGUCGCAUAAUGGUGCAAGAUGCCAAAACACCACCAUCUUUCACAAAGAAAAUAACAAGUCUCCAGCAAACCCGAGGCCAACCUGUUAUAUUUGAGUGCCGUGUUGCAGGGUCCUCACCUGUGGAAGUUUCUUGGCUUAAAGAUGGCAAAUCUUUGAAAUAUGAUGAUGAAUAUUCAAUGUCUUUUGAUGACAACACUGCUGUUCUAAAAAUUGCCAGAGGUGAAAUGAGACACUCAGGGGAAUACACUUGUGUAGCUACCAACAGUGUUGGGACAGCUUCGUGUCAAGCCAAGCUCACACUCCAAGAGCCAAAAUAUCCUCCUGUUUUUGAUAAAAAGCUGGCACCCUUUGAGGUUUCAGUGGGAGACAGUGUGGAACUUGAAUGCCACAUGACUGGAACUUUACCGAUAAAAGUUGCAUGGUCUAAAGAUCACAAGGAUAUUCGCUCAGCCGGAAAUUAUAAAAUCUCCUGUGUGGAUAAUACCCCACGUCUGACCAUUUUGAAAGCCGAUAAAGCGGACUCUGGCCAGUAUUCUUGCCAUGCUAGCAAUGAAGUUGGGAAGGACUCGUGUACCACUGAAGUUUCUGUGAAAGAGCGCAAAGUCCCACCCACAUUCACCAAAAAGCCUUCUGAAACCAUUGAAGACUCAGAGGGGAAGUUGGUGAAGCUUGAGGCACGCCUCUCUGGAUCCCAGCCGAUGAGUGUCAGCUGGUUCAAAGAUAACAGUGAAGUCUAUAGUUCUGACAAUUAUGAAACAUCCUUCAAGAGUAAUCUGGCUGUGCUGGUCAUCAAGACGGCCAACCUCUCAGACCGCGGAAUGUACACUUGCAAGGCUUCCAACGAAGCUGGGGCUACCUCCUGUCACGCAUCAGUAGUCAUCACAGAGCGCAAGGCAGCUCCAGUCUUUGAUGAUCCUCUCAAACCAGUGACGGUAAACGAAGGCGAGAAGCUACACCUGUCCUGCCAUGUUCGUGGAUCUCCACCGCUGAAGAUCCAGUGGAUGAAGGACAGGAAGGACAUUAAAUCUUCUGCUCAGACCAGGAUUACCUUUAUGGAUGGCACUGCUACUUUGGAAAUCUCCUCUGCUUCUAAAACAGAUGCUGGUGACUAUCUUUGCAAAGCUACCAAUGACACUGGAAGUGAAUUCUGCAAAUCCAGAGUGACUAUCAAAGAAAAGGGGAGAGGGGCACCAGCAGCCACUGAUGCAGCCCUAGCAGCUGCCAAACCUGCUAUGAAACUGGACAACCUGUUCUUUGUUGAAGAGCCCAAGAAUGUCCAGGUGUCAGAGAAGAGCACCGCAACUUUCAUUGCCAAAGUUGGGGGCGAUCCCAUUCCCAAUGUGAAAUGGAUGAAGGGCAAGUGGAGGCAGAUGACUCAUGGUGGCCGAAUCACAAUUGAGCAGAAGGGGCAGGAUGCUAAAAUGGAGAUUAGAGACGUGACUAAAACUGACUCUGGGCAAUAUAGAUGUAUUGCAUCAAAUAAGCAUGGAGAAAUUGAAUGUAACACUGACUUGAAUGUAAGUGAAAAGAAAGAAGUUGGGGCACUUGAGGGAGACCUCAGAGCUAAACUAAAAAAGACUCCAUCCAAACAGAAGAGCCCAGAACAAGAACAAGAAAUUGACAUUGUGGAGUUACUGAGGAACGUGGAUCCUAAAGAGUAUGAGAAAUAUGCACGCAUGUAUGGAAUCACAGAUUUCCGUGGACUUCUUCAAGCUAUUGAGUUCCUGAAGAAGGAGAAAGCAGAUGAAACUGGAAGACCGGAACUGGGAGAACAUGGGAGAAGAGAAUCUGAUGAGGAUUUGGACAAACUUGUAUCUGACUUGCAAAAGAGGAUGGAACAGACUGAGCCUAUCACUCUGGUUAAAGACAUCACAGAUCAAACUACUGUCACAAACAAGGAGGCGGUAUUUGAAUGUGAAAUCAAGAUCAACUACCCUGAAAUCAGUUUGUCCUGGUACAAGGGAACACAGAAGCUUGAUGACAAUGACAAGUAUGAAAUCAGAAUUGUUGGUGAUCGUCACCUGCUGAAGAUUAAGCGCUGUCAGCGUGGAGACCAGGGAAAUUACCGUGUCGUCUGUGGCCCGCACAUUUCCAGUGCCAAACUGACAGUUGUUGACACUGAGGCUGAAGAGCAGCUGAAGCCUGCUGCUCCAAGGAUGCCUGUUGAUGAAACUGUCCCCAGAACUACUAUCGGAAUGAGAGAGGAAGUGCCAACUGAAGUUCCUGAAGCUUUCAAGAAAUCUGAACAAGAGCUGACUUUCCCAGCUGUGCCUGAAGGAGCAACACCAACCAAAGUGCCUGAAGACAGGAUGCCUGUAGACAAAAAGAUACCAGUUACUGGGCGUGAACCAAAAGACCAGCUGUCCCCUGAAGAAUAUGAAGAGGCAAAGAAGCGUGUUCCUCGCCCAGCUCCUACUUCUGCUGCCGCUGCUAAAGAUCAGGUUACUCCUCAAAAAGAUGUUCCUGAAUCUAUAGCUCAUGUGGCUCUUGAGCCUAAACCAAGAAAAACACCUGAACAUAAAGAGCCAUCUACCAGGGUUGAAUCUGUACCUCAGCCUGCACCACCAAAGAAAGCUGAAGCAUUCCCAUCCGAAGUGUCCACAGCAGAGAAGAAAACCUUGCCAGAGGCACCAAAGCCUAUCCCUGAACCUCUUGCAGAGGCCGUAUCAUCUCCAGAAGAUGAAGACAAAGGCCCAGUUACAGCACCUGGACCUGCUAAGAAAGAUGGGAAACCCAAAGAAGAACCAGGCAAAGGCAGAGGUGCCAUUAGACUAAGACAAACCCCCUCCCCUGGUGAUGGUGACAAGAGGAAAGGUCUAAAGCCUGGUGGAGGAGGAGACAAACCCCCAGGGGAUUCACCAUUUGGAUUCCAGCUCAAGGCUGUGCCACUGAAGUUUGUGAAAGAGCUGAAAGACAUUGUGUUACAGGAAGCUGAGUCAAUUGGCUCCUCAGCUGUUUUUGAGUGUCAGAUCUCACCCUCUACUGCUAUCACCACAUGGAUGAAGGAUGGAAGCAACUUGAGGGAGAGCCCCAAACACAAAUUUACUUCAGAUGGCAAAGAUCGUAAGCUGGCAAUUAUUGAUGUCCAGCUCUCUGACACUGGAGAAUACACGUGUGUUGCAAAGCUGGGUAAUAAAGAAAAGACCUCCACUGCCAAACUUGUUGUUGAAGAACUACCUGUCAGAUUCACAAAAACCUUGGAAGAAGAGAUUACAGUUUUCAAGGGACAACCUAUGUACUUGACCUGUGAGUUGAGCAAAGACAGAGAGGUGGUAUGGAAGAAGAAUGGUAAGCCUCUUAAGAACAUCGCAGGCAAGCUGGCGAUCAAUGAAAUUGGACUGGCGCGUGCUGUAACAAUCCAGGAUGCUGGUGAUGAUGAUUCUGGCAUUUACACAUGCGUGUGUGAAAACAUCAAGACUGAAGGAGCUGUCAAAGUUAUUGAAAUCAUUAGAGAUUGGUUGGUGAAACCAUUAAGGGACCAGCAUGUGAAACCCAAGGCCACUGCCACCUUCAAAUGUGAGCUGUUUAAGGACACUCCAAACUGGAAAUGGUUUAAAGGAGACAAGGAGAUUCCUAAUGACCCCACUGAUAAGACAGAAGUAAAGAAAGAUGGGAAGGACCUCAUUCUUACCAUUAAAAAUGCUGCUCCUGAUGAUGUUGGGGAAUAUGCCUUGGAGGUUGAAGGCCGUAGAUACCCAGCGAAGCUAACUCUUGGAGAACGUGAAGCCGAGAUCUUGAAGCCCCUCACCAGCGUGGAGGUUUAUGAGAAAGAGAGUGCCAGCUUUGAUACUGAAAUUUCUGAAGAGGAUGUUCCUGGAGAAUGGAAACUUAAAGGGCAGAUUUUGACCAGAUCACCAACAUGUGAUAUCAAAGCAGAGGGCAAGAAGCGUUUCCUUACUCUGAAAAAUCUCAAAGUUGACGAGUCUGGUGAAGUCUCUUACCAAGCUCUGAAUGCAGUCACAACUGCACUUCUUACUGUCAAAGAAAUUGAAAUGGACUUUACUGUCCCAUUGAAGGAUGUGACAGUGCUUGAAAAGAAGCAGGCUAGGUUUGAGUGCACUAUCACAAGAGAUGUACCCAAAGUAAUAUGGACAAAGGGGUCUGAAAUUAUUACAACUGGAAAGAAGUAUGAGAUCAUUGAUGAUGGGAAGAAACAUAUGCUGAUCAUCAAUAAUUCUGACUUUGAUGAUGAGGGACAUUAUGCUAUUGAAGCCUUGGGCAAAAAGUCAAUAGCCAAACUUACAGUGCAAGAGGGAGAUGCGUACUUUACAGUGAAGUUGCAAGACUAUACUGCAGUUGAGAAAGAUGAUGUCGUUCUGGACUGUGAGUUGAGCAGGGAUGUGCCAGUGAAGUGGUACCAUAAUGACACCGAAAUCAAAGCUUCUAAGAUGGUCACCAUGAAGGCUGAAGGCAAACGUAGAAUUCUGACUGUAAAGAGAGCGGCAGACAAAGAUAAGGGAAAUUAUGUUUGUGACUGUGGAACAGACAAGACCAUGGCUAAUAUUAAUAUUGAAGCUCGUGAUAUCAAGGUGGUCCGCCCUAUGUAUGGUGUGGAGCUCUUUGAUGGAGAGACAGCUCGAUUUGAGGUGGAAAUCUCUGAGCCUGAUGUCCACGGCCAAUGGAAACUGAAGGGAGAAGUCCUGACUCCUUCGUUUGAUAUUGAAAUUGUUGAAGAUGGUCCCAAGCAUGUCUUGACAUUGUACAACUGCAAGAUCCCCCAGUCAGGAGAAGUGGUAUUCCAGGCUGCCAAUGCCAAGUGUGCAGCCAAUCUAAAAGUGAAAGAGCUCCCACUCACCUUCAUAACCCCUCUGUCUGAUGUGAAAGUAUAUGAGAAGGAUGAGGCGAGAUUUGAGUGUGAAGUGUCUCGGGAAGCCAAGUCCUUCCGCUGGCUUAAAGGAACACAGGAGGUGAAAACUGAUGAGAAGUUUGAAAUUCUCCAUGAGGGAAACAGGCAUACUCUGGUGGUGAAAUAUGCUGCAUAUGAAGAUGAAGCAAAGUAUAUGUUUGAGGCUGAGGACAAGAGAACCACUGGCAAACUGAUUAUUCAAGGAAUUCGACUUGAGUUCAUCAGACCAAUCAAAGAUGUGACAGUCAAAGAGCGUGAGACUGCAGAGUUCAGUGUUCAGCUGUCUCAUGAGAAGGUCCCAGUCACCUGGUACAAAAAUGAUGUUCGUCUCCACCCAAGCAAAGUGGUGUACAUAUCGGAGGAUGGCAAGACCCACACCCUGACCUUCAAAGAGGUGUCCAUUGAUGACACUUCAAUGAUAAAGGCAGAGGCAAUGGAAAAAAGCUCAGAGGCUAUGCUUACUGUCCUUGAGGGAGAGCCGUACUUCAUCACCAAAUUGCAGGAUUACACUGCUGUUGAGAAGGAUGAAGUGGUGCUAGUGUGUGAGCUAAGCAAGCCUGCUGCAGAAGUGAAAUGGUUCAAAGAUGGCAAGGAGAUCACCCCCUCUAAGAAUGUCUUGAUGAAAUCAGAUGGCAAGAAGCGUAUACUUAUUGUAAAGAAGGCAGAAAAGGGCAACAUUGGUGAAUACACCUGUGACUGCGGCUCUGACAAGACCACUGCUAAACUUAACAUCGAGGAGCGUGAUAUCAAGAUCAUCCGUCCUCUGUACAGUGUAGAGGUGACAGAAACAGAAACUGCUCGCUUUGAGACAGAGAUCUCAGAGGAGGAUGUCCACGGUCACUGGAAGCUCAAAGGAGAGGCCCUUCGCCAGUCUCCUGACUGUGAAAUAAAGGAAGAAGGAACCAAGCACUUCCUUAUCCUGUACAAUGUGAGGAUGGACCAGGCUGGCACUGUAGACUUCCAGGCUGCCAAUGCUAAAUCCAGCGCUCAGCUUAGAGUUAAAGCACGGGUGAUUGGCCUGCUGCGGCCACUCAGGGAUGUUACCGUUACUGCGGGGGAGACCGCCACCUUUGACUGCGAACUCUCCUAUGAAGGGAUUAAAGUGGAAUGGUUCCUUGGGAGCACAAAGCUGGAGCCAAGUGACAGAGUUGUCACGCGUGUGGAAGGCCGAGUCCACACACUGACUCUGAGAGAUGUGAAAAUGUCAGAGGCUGGAGAAGUUAAACUGACAGCCAAAGACUUCAUCACCCAAGCCAGGCUUAUCGUAAAUGAGCCACCAGUUGAGUUCACCAAACCUCUGGAGGAUCAAACUGUUGAAGAGGAGGCCACUGCCACCCUGGAGUGUGAAGUCUCCAGAGAAAAUGCUGAAGUAAAGUGGUUCAGGGAUGGACAGGAAAUCCAUAAAACUAAGAAGUAUGACAUUGUUGCUGAUGGCCGGAAGAGAAUACUCAUUAUUCACGACUGUACACUUGACGAUUCAAAGACCUAUACCUGUGAUGCAAAAAAUUUCAAAACUUCUGCCUUCCUCACUGUUGAGCCUCCACAUGUUGAGUUCACAAAGCCGCUCCAUGAUGUUGAGGUUAAAGAGAAAGAAUCUGCCAAAUUUGAGUGUGAAGUUUCUCGUGAAAGUGCAAAGGUUCGCUGGUUCAAAGAUGGCAGUGAAAUCAGAAAGAGCAAGAAGUAUGAAAUCAUCGCUAAGGGUGUCCAACAUAUUCUUAUAAUACACAAGUCAGUCUUUGAUGAUGAGGCAGAAUAUGAAUGUGAUGCAAGGACCUCCAAAACCUCUGGCAUGCUUACUGUCAUUGAGGAAGAGGCUGUAUUUACAAAGAACCUGUCCAAUGUUGAGGGCACUGAAACUGACAGCAUUAAGAUGAUCUGCGAGGUGUCAAAACCCAGUGCAGAUGUCCUGUGGUACAAAGGUGACCAGGAGCUGCCUGAAGGUGGCAGAUACGAACAACGUGUGGAUGGCAAAAAGAGGAUACUUAUCAUCCAGGACCUUCGAAUGGAUGACAGAGGAGAGUAUAACUGCCGACUGCCCACCUCAAGAACUUCGGCAACACUGAAGAUUAAUGAACUGGCUGCUGAAUUUAUUUCCAGGCCACAGAGCCAGGAAGUUGUUGAAGGUGAAAAGGCAGAAUUUUCCUGCUCAGUUUCCAAGGACACGUAUGAAGUCAAAUGGCUUAGGGGUGACAAGGAGAUUGAAGCAGGACACAAGUAUGACAUCAUCUGCGAUGGCAAGAGAAGAGUACUUGUUGUCAAGGACUGUAUGCUGAAGGAUGAAGGAGGAUAUGUUGCCCUCAUUGGCUCCACUAGGGCUUCUGCAGAUCUUGUUGUGAUUGAAAAACUCAGGAUAAUCACACCCCUCAAAGACAUACAGGCAAAAGAAGGCCAAGAGAUUGUUUUCAACUGUGAAGUGAACACUGAUGGUGCCAAAGCUAAGUGGUUAAAAAAUGAUGAGACAAUGUUUGAGAGUGGCAAGUUCAUUAUGGUCCAGCGCGACAAUGUCUUCUCUCUGAGAAUAAAAGAUGCCCAAAGGUCUGAUGAAGCCAACUACUCCGUUGCACUUACAAACCAUCGUGGCGAACAUGCAAAGAGUUCUGCCAGUCUUGGUGUACAAGAGGAAGAUCUUAGGAUUAUUGAACCUCUUGAUGAUUGUGAGACUCAGGAGAAGAGAACCGUAAGUUUCUCUUGCAAGGUGAACAGACUCAAUGCAACAGUGAAAUGGAUGAAGGGAGGCCAAGAGCUUACCUUCAACAAGCACAUUCUGUACAGAGUUGACAAGAACAAGCACACACUGACCAUCAAAGACUGCAGCCUUAAUGAUGAAGGCGAGUACACUGCCAUGGCUGGCUCCGACAAGUCCACAGCUGAGCUUAUCAUUAGUGAGGCGCCCACUGAUUUCACAGUGCAGCUGAAAGACCAGACUGUCACUGAGUUUGAGGAUGCUGAGUUUGAGUGCAAGAUCUCCAAAGAAAAGGCUGAGAUCAGAUGGUACAAGGAAGGCCGUGAGAUUAAAGUAGGACCCAGAUACCGUUUUGAGAGAGAUGGCAAGACAUGCAUCUUGCACAUCAAGGAGUGCAGACCUGAGGAUGAAUGUGAAUAUGCCUGUGGCGUUGAUCAGAGGCGAUCCAGGGCCAGGCUGUUUGUUGAAGAGAUACCAAUUGAGAUUAUCAGACCCCCAAUGGACAUAUUUGAGCCCCCUGGUUCAGAUGUUGUAUUUGAAGCUGAGCUGAACAAGGACCGAGUUGAAGUUAAAUGGCUGAGGAACAACAUGAUGAUUGUCCAGGGUGACAAGUACCAGAUGAUGAGUGAGGGCAAGGUUCACCGUCUCCAGGUGUGUGAGAUCAGGCCUCGUGACCAGGGCGAGUAUAGAAUCAUUGCCAAGGACAAAGAUGCCAAAGCCAAGCUAGAACUUGCAGCUGUUCCUAAGAUCAAGACUAUGGAUCAGAACCUGGUGACAGAUGCUGGAAAACCCUUUGUCAUGAUGGUUCCCUAUGAUGCUUAUCCACGUGCUGAGGCUGAAUGGUUUUUCAAUGGCAUCGGCCUGCCAAAGCAGAACAUCGACACAUCCACUGACAGAACAGAUUAUAGGAUGAAGGACCCCAAGAAGUCUGACCAAGGCCGAUACAAGAUUGUCAUCAAGAACAAACACGGAAAGGGAGAAGCCUUCAUCAAUCUGGAUGUUAUUGAUGUUCCUGGGCCUGUGAAGAACCUGAAAGUUGUGGACACAGCUGAUGGGGAGGUCAGUCUUGCCUGGGAUGAGCCUGAGAGUGAUGGUGGGAGCAAAAUCAUUGCCUAUGUUGUGGAAAGGCGUGAUGUGAAGCGCAAGACAUGGACCCUGGCCACUGACCGUGCAGACAGCCCUGAGUACUGUGUCUCCGGACUGCAGAGGGACUCCAUGUACCUCUUCCGUGUCUGUGCUCGCAACAGGGUGGGCAGUGGAGAGACUGUGGAGACUCGGGAACCUGUCCAAGCCAAGAACAAAUUUGAUGUGCCUGAGGCCCCACAGGAUGUCAAGGUUCAAAAUGUUAACAGGUUUGGAGCCACCCUUUCUUGGAGACCCCCAUUGUUUGAUGGUGGAUCUGAAAUAACUGCAUACAUCAUUGAGCUUCGAGAUCGUACCUCUGUGCGGUGGGAGCCAGCACUGGUUACCAAACCCGAGGAUCGCACAGCUGUCCUUAAUGAUGUUGUGGAGAACAAGGAGUACAUAUUCCGUAUUAGAGCUGAGAACAAGGCUGGAAUUGGCAAGCCGAGCGUUGCCACUGAUCCUGUGAAAAUCAUGGAUCCCAUUGAGAGGCCAAGCCCACCAUUGAAUUUCCACUACUCUAAUCAGACCAAGGACUCUGUUCAGCUGACAUGGGAUACACCCUUGAGCAAUGGAGGCAGCAUGAUCACAGGAUACAUUAUCGAGAAAUGUGAAGAUGGAAAACAGAACUGGCUCAGAUGCAAUGCCAGGCUUUGUCAGGAACUUUGCUAUAAGGUAUCUGGCCUGACACAAGGUCAGAAGUACCACUAUAGAGUAUCUGCUGAGAAUGCAGCUGGAAUUUCAGACCCAGCGGACACAAUUGGACCUCUCCUGGCAGAUGAUCCACAUGUUGGUCCUUCGAUGGAUCUCAGUGCAUUCAAGGAUGGCCUGGAGGUGAUUGUCCCUCACCCCCUUACUAUUCGCAUUCCCAUUACUGGGUACCCCACACCCACGGUCAAGUGGAGUAUGGGAGAAACGGCAUUGACCCCGGGAGACCGUGUGUCUAUGACUACCAAGGCAACUUUCACAGAGCUAAUUAUCACUCCCAGUGUGCGCCCAGACAAGGGCAGGUACACAGUUCACCUGGAGAACGAUGUGAGCACAGUCUCAGGAGAGAUUGAUGUGAACGUCAUUGCUCCCCCAAGUGCACCAAAAGACUUCAAGGUUUCUGAAGUGACAAGACACCAUGUUCACCUGAUGUGGGAGGCACCAGAACAUGAUGGUGGAAGCCCAGUAACUGGAUACCAGAUUGAAAAGCGUGAGGUGUCCCGUAAGACCUGGGUCAAGGUUAUUACAGGUGUACAAGAUCUAGAGUACACUGUCACUGAUGUAAUUGAGGGGAAAGAAUAUUUGUUCAGUGUUACCGCCUGCAACAAGUGUGGACCAGGGGAGCCUGCCUACAUUGAUGAACCAGUGAAUGUGUCCUCUCCAGCCACUGUGCCAGACCCACCUGAGAAUUUGAAAUGGAGAGACAAGUCUGCCAAAGGAAUCUUCCUUUCCUGGGAGCCUCCAAAGUAUGAUGGUGGCUCUGGAAUUAAGGGGUACAUUGUUGACAAGUGCCAGCGUGGCUCUGACAAAUGGGAGCCCUGUGGAGAGGCUGUGCCUGAGCUCAAAUUCCAAGUGACUGGACUGACAGAAGGCGAGUGGUAUGCCUACCGUGUUAGGGCCGUAAACAGGCUGGGCGCUAGCAGGCCUUGCAGGGCUACGGAUGAGAUCCAGGCUGUGGAUGCAAAAGAACCUCCAGAGAUUGAUUUGGAUGUCAAACUGCUCGCUGGUUUGACUGCGAAGGCUGGGACCAAGAUUGAGCUGCCCGCUGAUGUAAAGGGAAAACCAGAGCCGAAAAUCACCUGGACUAAGGCUGAUCUUGUCCUUAAAAAAGAUGACAGAGUCUCCAUUGAAACCAAGCCGGGUCACUCUACAGUCACUAUAGCCAAGACCAAGAGAGAUGACACAGCUACCUAUAUCAUCGAGGCUGUAAACAGCUGUGGCCGAGCUACUGCAACAGUGGAUGUCAACAUUCUUGAUAAGCCUGGCCCUCCAGCUGCCUUUGACAACUCUGAGAUCACCAACGAGUCCUGCUUACUGGCAUGGAACCCUCCCAGAGAUGAUGGUGGCUCAAUGGUCACUAAUUACAUUGUGGAGAGGAAGGCUGGAGACAGUGAGGAGUGGCACAAGCUUUCUGCUACCGUGAAACACACCUCUUUCAAGGCCUGCAAGCUUGUGGCUCUAAAGGAAUAUACUUUCAGAGUGUUUGCUGAGAAUCAAUAUGGCAUUGGUGAUCCUGCAGAACACGUACCAAUUGUCGCUAAGUACUCCUUUGACCCACCUGGCAUGCCAACUAGACUGGAGCCUUCAGAUAUUGCAAAGGAUUCCUUGACCUUGACAUGGUAUGAGCCAGAUGAGGAUGGUGGCAGCCCUAUUACUGGGUACUGGGUGGAGAGGUUAGACCCAGACACUGACAAAUGGAUAAAAUGCAACAAGCUUCCAAUCACGGAUACGACAUACAGAGUGAAAGGACUUCCCACAAAAAAGAAACACAGGUUCCGUGUCUUGGCUGAGAAUCUUGCUGGGCUCGGAAAACCAAGCAAGGAGACUGACCAAAUCUUGGUUAAAGAUCCAAUUGAUCCCCCCUGGCCUCCUGGCAAACCCUACGUCAAAGAUAUUGCAAAAACCUCUGCCAUGCUACAGUGGACCAAGCCUGAGCAUGAUGGUGGGGCCAAGAUUGAGUCUUACAUAAUUGAAUUGCUGAAGAGUGGAACUGAGGAUUGGGUUCGUGUGGCUGAAGAUAUUCCCAUGACUGAGCAUUUUCUGAAGGGACUGAUGGAGAAGCAAGAGUAUUCCUUCCGAGUCAGAGCAGUCAAUAUUGCUGGAGAGAGCGAACCCAGUGACCCCUCUGAUCCUGUCGUCUGCAAGGAGAGACUUUAUCCUCCUUCCCCUCCGCGCUGGCUUGAAGUAGUCAACAUCACCAAGAUAAGUGCAGAGUUGAAAUGGGCAAUUCCAGAAACAGAUGGUGGCUCCCCCAUCACAAAUUACAUUGUGGAGAAGAGAGACGUGAGGCGCAAGGCUUGGCAGGCAGUAGAUACCACCGUGAAAGAAACCCAGUACACUGUCACUCCUCUUAAUGAGGGAUCUUUAUAUGUGUUCCGUGUGGCUGCUGAAAAUGCUGUUGGGCAAAGUGACUACUGUGAAUUGGAGGACUCUGUCCUGGCUAAGGACACUUUCACUACCCCUGGGCCUCCAUAUGCUUUGACUGUGGUGGAAGUAACAAAGAGACAUGUAGAAUUGAAGUGGGAACCUCCGAAGAAUGAUGGCGGUAGGCCUAUUACAAAAUAUGUAAUUGAAAAGAAAGAGAAGCUGGGAACCCGCUGGGUGAAGGCUGCCAAGACACCUGGGCCUGAAUGCAAAUACACGGUGUCAGAUGUUGUUGAGGGAACUGAGGUGCAAUUUCAGGUCCGUGCUGAAAAUGAAGCAGGUGUUGGACACCCAAGUGAGCCCACAGAUAUCCUGAAAAUUGAAGACCCAAUAAGUCCACCAUCUCCUCCUCUGGAGCUACAUGUGACUGAUGCUAGCAGAGGCCACAUCUCUAUUGCAUGGAAACCACCAGAAAAGAAUGGCGGCAGUCCCAUCACCGGCUACCACAUUGAGCUUUCUGAAGCCGGCACUGAAAAGUGGAUGAGAGUCAACUCACGCCCUGUAAAAGAGUUGAAAUAUAGGGCAGAGGAAGGCAUCAUCCCUGAGAAACAAUAUGUUGUGAGAGUUCGUGCCAUCAAUGCUGUGGGCGUUAGUGAUCCAUCUGAGGUCUCUGAUAAGGUCUUUGCAAAGGAUCCUGACUGCAUUCCUACCAUUGACCUGCAGACUCAAGACAUUAUAGUGGUGGAGGGUAAGAAGAUGAGUCUACUUGUCCCAUUCAAAGCUGUUCCAAAACCAAAAGUAUCCUGGCAGAAAGAUGGGACUGAGUUGAAGGCUGAUGACAGAGUCACCAUGAGCUGUGAACUCAGUACAGUCAACUUAGAUAUUCCCAACUGCAAGCACGCUGAUGCUGGGGCAUACACCGUUAGUUUAGAGAACACCCUGGGAUCUGCAACUGGAACAAUCCAUGUUAAAGUCAUUGGUCUUCCUGGGCAGUGCAAGGACAUUGCUGGUAGUGAGGUCACAAAAAAUUCCUGCAAGGUCUCUUGGAAUCCUCCAGAUAAUGAUGGUGGCACCCCGAUUUUGCACUACAUUCUGGAGCGUAGAGAAGCUGCCAGAAAGACCUUUAUGUCUGUGAUGUCCGACAACCAAUUGAGCUGUCAAGUUAAGGAUCUAAUGGUCAAUGGAGAAUAUUACUUCCGUGUUAAGGCAGUAAAUAAGAUUGGUGCUGGAGAGUGUCUUGAGAUGCGCAACCCUAUCAUCAUUGAGGAGCAGAAGCAGCGACCAGAUCCACCCAUUGAUGUUGAAGCUCACAGUCCAACCUCUCAGUCUGUGACCCUGAGCUGGAACCCCCCUCCAUACGAUGGUGGUUGCCCUAUAACUGGCUAUAUUCUGGAGAAGAUUGAAAAAGAUGGUGAUAUGUAUGAGAGAUGCUGUGAGUCUGCGGUGCCUGGAUUGUCCUACACAGUGACGGGCUUGACAGAGGGCAAGGAAUAUCAGUUCCGUGUCCGUGCUGAGAAUAUUGCUGGAGUCAGUGAUCCCUCCCGCAGCACACAGCUGAUCAAAGCUGCGGAUCCUGUUGAUCCACCUAAGGUCUUCCUUAAGGGAAGUCAACAGUAUGGCCUGAGCCUCAAAACAAGAGAAGAGAUUAGAAUAGAUGCGUUCAUCUCAGGAUCUCCUUACCCAACUGUGACAUGGUACAGGAAUGAUGAGGUCAUUAAGCCAGAGACUAUAAAGAGACAGGAAAGACCUCUUUUGAGGAGGAAAAAGGUAAAGGAUGCUACUGCAGAACCAGAGGAGCCUUACCACCCAUCCCUCCCAGAACGUCUCUCAUUUGAUACGAGUAAGAAGGGGGAGUCCUCAAUAAUGGUACGCGACUCCAUUAGAAGUGACCACGGAAUGUUUGUAGUCAAAGUUGAGAACAAACACGGAGUAGACACAGCAACCUGCGAGGUCAAUGUUCUUGAUAAACCUGGACCUCCAGUUAAUGUUGGCUUUGAUGAGAUCAGGAACACAUCUGUUAUCUGCAAGUGGGAACCACCUUUAGAUAAUGGUGGAUGUGAAAUUACAAACUAUAUCCUGGAGAAAAGAGACAACACUAAAGAUGAAAAUGGAUGGGUCACUGUAUCCGCAAACGUUAAAGGAUGCCAGCAUUUGGUGACCAAACUAAUUGAAGGAAAGGAGUACAUUUUCCGUGUGACAGCUGAAAACAGGAUUGGCACAGGGCGUCCACGUGUGUCAGCACCACUUGUAGCUAAGAAUCAAUUUGAACCACCCGAUGCCCCCAACAUGCCUAAAAUUGUAGAUGUUGCUGCAAACAGCAUGCUUGUUUCUUGGAAUGAGCCCAAAGACAAUGGAAGCCCUAUCUUGGGCUACUGGUUAGAGAGAAAAGAAAUCAACAGCACACAUUGGACCAGAGUGAACCGCAGCCUUCUCAAUGCCCUAGAAGUGAGAGCUGAAGGUCUGAUGGAAGGUUUGACCUAUAUCUUCAGAGUCUGUGCAGAGAACUUAGCUGGACCUGGAAACUUUAGUGUCCCAACUGAGCCCAAAACUGCACAAGAUCCAAUCUUACCACCUGGUCCACCAGUUCCAAGAAUUGUUGAUGCUACAAAAUCAUCCAUUGAUGUUGCCUGGGAUCCUCCCAUGUACAAUGGAGGUGGAGAUAUCCUUGGCUACCAUAUUGAGAAGAUUGCGGUAGGAGAAAAAGACUGGUCCCGCUCUUCUGAGAGACUGUGUAAGGAGCGGAAGUUCACUGUAACUGGAGUUAAACCGGGAAAAGAUUACAUUGUUCGUGUGUUUGCCGUAAACAAUGCUGGUGAAGGAGCUCCUGGCAUGACAGAAACUGUUACAGUGAGAGACCCACAAGAGCCUCCACUUGUUGACUUUGACAUAUCUGUGAGAAACGGUGUCACAAUCAGGGCUGGGCAGACACUGAAGUUGCCUGCAAUUGUCAGUGGUAGACCUAUACCAGAGGUAAAAUGGACAAAGGAUGAAGGAGAGCCUGACAAAGAGCGUGUUGCUAUUGAAACUGUUGGAAAAAACAGUAUUCUUACUAUCAAGAAUGUCUUGAGGACAGAUUGUGGCAAGUACCAGGUCACCGGUUCAAACAAUUGUGGAACAAAAUCAGCAUUAACAAGAGUAGAUGUCAUGGAUGUUCCUGGUCCUGUGGUUGGUUUUAAGCCAUCUAAGGUCUCAAAAAAGAUGAUUACACUGAUCUGGACUGAACCUGCUGACAAUGGUGGAAGUGAUGUUAUUGGUUACAUUGUUGAAAGAAAGGAUGCGAAGAUGCACACGUGGAGACAGCCUUUAGAGACUGCAGGAUGUAAAAUUGAAAUUGUUGGUCUGCUUGAAGGAGAAGAGUACAUGUUCCGUGUUGUGGCAAAGAAUAGAUAUGGCUGUGGUCCCCCAGUGGACAUAGGGCCUAUUCUUGCAGUGGAUCCUAAAGGGACACCGAGUGCGCCAGAAAAACUUCACUGGACAGACAGGACCAAAAUGACCGUAACUCUUUCCUGGAAGCCACCUCGUAGUGAUGGAGGCAGUCCCAUUCAAGGCUAUUAUGUUGAGAAAAGAAGACAAGAUGGUGGUGAAUUUGAGAUUGCUAACACCCAGAUUUGCAAGGGCCUCAGUUUGACAGUGCCAAACCUGUCAGAGCACCACAUGUAUGAAUUCCGUGUUAAGGCAGUAAAUGAGGUUGGGCAUGGCGAACCUUCAAAUAUACUGAAUGUAAUGAUUAAAGAUGAUGAAGCUGCCCCAGCUGUGACCAUACUAAAGCACUUCAUGGGAGAUGCCAUCAUUGUCAAGACUGGAGCAGCAAUUGAAAUUCCUGCUGAAGUAGUAGGCCUACCAAUGCCAAAGAUUGAAUGGUCCAAGGAUGGAGUUGUUAUUGAGAAACCAACUGAGAUGCUUUUGAUUGAAACAGAGGAGGUGCACAAAAACAAAGCUAACACCAAGCUUAGCAUCCCUGUAACUGUUAGACAAGACAAGGGUCUCUACAGUAUUACUGCCUCAAACCAUCUUGGACAGGAUAAACGUACCAUCAGAGUAGAGAUAUUAGAUCGGCCAUCACCACCACGGAACAUUGUGGUUUCUGACAUAAGAUCUGAAUCUUGCUAUUUGACUUGGGAUGCCCCAGAAGACAAUGGAGGCAGUGAGCUCACAAACUACAUAAUUGAGAAGAGAGACGCAAGCAAGAAGAAGUCUGAUUGGGAGCCAGUAACUAACUGUAUUCUUGAGAGGCGAUAUGGGUUGUGGAAACUGGAAACCAAUGGAGUUUACCAGUUCAGAAUCAGUGCUGAGAACAAGUAUGGAAUCAGUGAUGGCUGCGAAUCAGAGAAAGUUGUGCUCAGGGACCCAUUCGGACUCCCUGGACCACCACAGAAGCCAAGGAUCGUUAGCCGUUCCACGGGUUCCAUGCUAGUAACAUGGCAGCCUCCUCUGGACAAUGGCGGAUCCACCAUUACAGGUUACGUACUUGAGAAGAGAGAGAGAGGAGCUGUCUAUUGGUCUCGUGUGAACAGGGGUCCUGUCACAAAACCGGUUGUUAAAGGCCUGGAAUAUAAUAUACUCCACCUUGUUGAGGGUGCUGAAUACCAAUUCCGUGUAAUGGCCUGCAAUGCUGCUGGUGUUGGCCCCCCAAGUGAAUCAUCUGAGUGUGCAUUUGCAGUAGAUCCUUGCAAUCCUCCUGGUGCACCAUCAUGCCCAGAAGUUAAAGACAAAACCAAUAACAGUAUCACACUUGCCUGGAACCCACCAGAGAAAGAUGGUGGCAGCCCCAUUGCCGGCUACAUUAUUGAGAUGCAGGAUGAAAAGUCACCAGAUUGGAAAAGACUGAAUAGUGCUGACAAGCUGCAUCCCACCACAGAAUUCACUGUUCCAAAUCUUGAAGAGAUGAAGAAGUACAGGUUCAGAGUUAUCGCUGUCAAUGCUGUAGGAGAGUCUGAGCCAAGCUCCAGGACAGGUGACAUUAUUGCCAAGGAGAUUCAAGAGGAACCCAAUGUUACACUGGAGCUUAGUGCAGAUGAGUUGCAGUUCUGCAGAGCUGGUUCCACAAUUAAAAUUCCUGCAGUAAUCACAGGACGCCCUACUCCAGAAGUUUCAUGGGAGUUUGAUGGCGGGGCUAAAACGGAAAAGAAGGAUGGUCGUCAUACCCUUCCAGUGGAUUCAGAGAUCCGAUCUACUGAUACAACAUCAACAAUUACAAUUCCUGAGAGUAAGAUGAACCAUUCGGGCAGAUAUAUCAUCACAGCCAAAAAUGCUGCUGGACAGAAAGUUGUUAAAGUUCGAGUCAGUGUGUUUGACAUUCCUGGACCUCCUAAAGAUUUGAAGGUCUCUGACAUCACAAGGGGCACUUGUAGACUUACAUGGAAGCCUCCUGAUAAUGAUGGUGGCGAGAGAAUCAAGAGUUACUUCAUUGAAAAGAAGACUGUUGAAGGCAAAGCCUGGACAAAGGUCAACCCAGCUUGUGGGACUCAGUCCUUUGUUGUCCCCGAUCUUAGUGAAGGGCAGGAAUACCUCUUCCGUGUCCGUGCUGAGAAUUGCUUUGGCAUGGGGCCACCUGUUGCGACGAUUCAGAGGACAAGGGCAAGAGAUCCUAUCCUGCCCCCUGAUCCUCCUACGAGAGUCAAGAUUCGCCUUGUGACUAAAAACGCAGUAACUCUGACUUGGAAGCCACCAAAGAAUGAUGGUGGUGCUCCUGUCACCCAUUACAUUGUUGAGCGACUAUACUGGGACCCCAGUGGGACACAGAAGGAGUCCUGGAGGCAGUGCAACAGGCGUGACAUUGAGGAGACCAGUUUCAAGGUUGAGGACCUCAGUGAAGGUGGAGAGUAUGAGUUCCGUGUCAAGGCUGUGAAUGAGGCUGGAGCAAGCAGACCAUCUUCUACUGCUGGACCAGUCAUUGUCAAAGAUCAAAAUUGUGCACCAAGCAUUGAACUCAGCGAAUUCAUGGAAGUCGAACAGGGAGCUGACAUCAAAAUUGUUGCUAAAAUUAAAGGCAGCCCAUUCCCAACCCUCACGUGGCAGAAGGCCCCACCUCACAAGUCUGAUGAAAAGGCUGAUGUCAAAUAUGAUGAGCACAUUAACAAGCUUGUAUUCGAAGAUAGCUGCACUUUGCUGAUUCAACAGGGGAAACGAGAAGAUACUGGUCUGUACACAAUAGUAGCCAGCAACAGCCUGGGCAAGGCCUCCAAGGAAAUGAGACUCAAUGUCUUGGGACGCCCUGGACCACCUUCUGCACCUAUUAAGUUCGAGGAUGUAUCUGCUGAAAAGAUUACCCUGUCUUGGCUUCCUCCUAAGGAUGAUGGUGGAUCAAAGGUCACUAACUACGUAAUUGAGAAACGUGUGGCUAGUAGGAAGACAUGGGUACCAGUCACCAAUGAACCGAAAGAACGUAUAUAUACAGUGGAGAAUUUGAUGGAAGGCCAUGAGUAUGUUUUCCGCAUCAUGGCUCAAAACAAAUAUGGCAUUGGUGAUCCCCUGGACAGUGAACCAGAGAAAGCCAGGAACCUUUACACUGUCCCUGGGAAAUGUGAAAAGCCAACCAUUACAAGUGUAACUCAUGAAUCCAUGACAGUCAAUUGGGAAGAGCCAGAAGAUGAUGGUGGAACACCUAUCACUGGCUAUUGGCUUGAGCGCAAGGAGACCACAGCAAAGCGCUGGAAUAGAGUUACGCGCGACCCAAUUAGGGUUAUGCCCCUUGGUGUGUCCUACAAUGUGACUGGUCUAAUUGAAGGAUCUGAGUACCAGUUCCGUGUGACGGCAAUUAAUGCAGCUGGUUGCGGGCCUCCAAGUGACCCAUCUGAUCCUGUCUUUGCCAGGGACCCCAUGGCACCCCCUGGACCUCCUACCCCUAAAGUAACAGACUGGACCAAGUCAACAGUUGAUGUGGAAUGGAUUCCACCAUUGAAGGAUGGUGGAUCUAAGAUUAUUGGAUAUAUUGUUGAAUUCAAAGAGGAGGGAAAAGAACAAUGGGAAAAGGCCAAAGAUAAAGAAAUAAGAGGCACUAAGUUUGUGGUGUCUGGACUGAAAGAGCUUGGACUUUACAGAUUUAGAGUCAAAGCAGUAAAUGCAGUAGGUGCUGGUGAACCUGGUGAAGUCUCUGAAGUGAUUGAAGUCAAGCACAGGACAAUUGCCCCUGAGAUAGACCUGGAUGCUGCAGUGAAGGAGCGAAUAGUUGUUCAUGCUGGUGGUGUGAUCCGCAUACUGGCUUAUGUGUCAGGCAAGCCCGAACCCCAAAUCACAUGGAGCAGAGAUGAUGGUCCUGUUCCUCAGGAAGCUGUGGUUGAGACUACUGCCAUCAGUUCUGCACUGGUUAUCAAGAAAUGUACAAGAAAACACCAAGGCAUUUACACCUUAACUGCUAAAAAUGAAGGUGGUGAAAGAAAGAAACCCAUCAUUGUGGAUGUGUUGGAUGUCCCUGGCCCAGUUGGGGCACCAUUCAACACAGAGAACCUCACCAGUGACUCAUGCAAAUUAAACUGGUUCUGCCCUGAUGAUGAUGGUGGCUCUGCUAUCUCUAAUUAUAUUGUUCAGAAGCGUGAAGUUGACCACAAGGCUUGGACUUCAGUACCCUACACUGUCACAAGGCACAGUGCAGUUGUCCAUGGUGUAACAAGGGGAAAGGCCUAUUUCUUCAGAGUUGCUGCUGAGAACGCUGUAGGAAUUGGCCCAUUCCGUGAAUCCACUGCAGAAAUUAUCAUAAAGGAUGCUAUGACUGUUCCUGAUCGUCCUGAGGACCUGAACGCUACGGCAGUUACAAAAGACUACGUCAGUUUGUCUUGGAAACCACCUAAGUAUGAUGGUGGCUCUGAAGUUACAAUGUACAUUCUGGAGGCCCGUCCGAUUGGCAAAGACAAAUUCAUCCGACUUACAAAGGAGAAGUUGAUGGAGAGGAGAUAUACCUAUGAUGGUCUCAAAGAGGGUGAUACUUAUGAAUUCCGUGUCAGUGCUGUAAAUGAAAUCGGUCAAGGCAAGCCCUCCUUCUGUACGAAACCAAUCACUUGCAAGAAUGAACUUGAACCUCCCACAAUUGAGCUUGACUUCCGUGACAAAAUAAUUAUGCGGGUUGGAGACACUUUUGCCCUCCAAGGUCGGUAUACCGGAAAACCAGCACCAUCCAUUACAUGGUUCAGAGAUGAUGAAGAGCUGAAAGCAGAUGACCACAUCAAGUUCAAAAACACCCUAACAACAAUGUGUCUGGGCAUUGUCAAAGCUAAGCGUGAACACAGUGGUCGAUAUUGUGUGGUUGUAGAAAACAGCACUGGCUCACGCAAAGGGAUCUGCAACGUGACUGUUGUUGACCGUCCACUGCCUCCAGAAGGUCCAGUUGUCUUUGAGGAAGUCCACAGGGAUCACAUGGUCAUUUCCUGGAAGCCACCUCUUGAUGAUGGCGGAUCAGAAAUUUCUAAUUACAUCAUUGAGAAAAGAGAAGCUAACAGGGAUAUUUGGAUGCACGUGACAUCUGCCACCACAAAGACAACAUGCAAAGUGCCUAAAUUGGUUGAGGGAAAAGAGUAUGUCAUGAGAAUAUGUGCCGAGAACAUGUAUGGUAUUAGUGACCCCCUGGAUUCAGAAGAAAUGAAAGCCAAAGAUCGAUUUAGAGUGCCUGAAGCACCAGAGCAGCCCGAUGUGAAGGAGGUAUACCACGAUUCAGCACUGGUGCUUUGGAACCGACCUCGUGAUGGUGGCAAACCCAUUACUAAUUACAUUUUGGAGAUGAAGGAGACUGGAUCGAAGAGAUGGUCACGCGCCACGAGGGACCCUAUCUAUCCGGACACUCAAUUCAGGGUUCAAGAUCUUACUGAAGGCUGUGAAUAUGAGUUCCGUGUCACAGCAGAGAAUGAAAUGGGUAUUGGUGAUCCUAGUCCCCCAUCUAAGCCUAUAUUAGCUAAAGAUCCAAUUGUUCUCCCAGGUCCUCCUGUGCUCCCAGAAGCUGUGGAUAACACUAAGGAUUCUGUGAGUCUGUCCUGGCGCCCACCCCGCCAUGAUGGCAAGGGCAAAAUCUUUGGUUACCUUGUUGAGUAUCAGAAGGUUGGCGAGGAAGCAUGGACUAAAGCAAAUCAGACUCCGGAGUCAUGCCCAGAAACAAAAUUUAAAGUCCUGAACCUUGAAGAUGGUAAACUUUACAGGUUUAGAAUCAUGGCUGUGAAUGCUGCUGGUUCUUCUGAGCCUGCCUAUGUCAAGGAGCCAGUUAAAGUGCAGGACAGACUUGAGCCUCCAGAGCUGCUGCUUCAUGCCAAUAUGGUUCGAGAUCAUCUUUCCAUGGUAGGGUCCCUCAUCACUCUCAGUGCUGGGAUCAAGGGCAUGCCAUUCCCCACAGUAACAUGGAAGAAGAAUGGUGCGGAUGUUCCACCCAAUGCUGCCAUUCAGGUCACUGGCACAGGAAGCAAACUAGAAAUCAAAAACUGUGCCCGUUUGGACUGUGGCGAUUAUACAAUAACUGUUGAAAAUGCAGCUGGAUCAAAAACGGCCACAUGCACUGUACUUGUCUUAGAUAAACCUGGUCCACCCCAGAAUCUUGCGGUUUCCGAGAUUACAAGUGAAUCAGCUUAUCUUACAUGGAAAGAGCCAGAGGAUAAUGGAGGUGCUGUCAUUUCCCACUAUGUGGUACAGAAGAAAGAUGUGGCAUCUGAUGAGUGGGUGCCAAUGUGUGCAUCAUCCAAAAAACUUAGCUUGAUGGCAAAUUACUUGAUGGAAGGCACGCAGUAUUUGUUCCGUGUUGCUGCUGAAAACCAGUUUGGAAGAAGUGGAUUUGUUACAACAACUAAGCCCAUCAAAGCUGUUGAUCCUCUCUACCCUCCUGGUCCACCGAAGAAUUUGCAUCAUGUAGACGCAGAGAAAACUGAAGUCUGGCUUGAAUGGGAGUGGCCAGAUCGCACAGGAGGCAGUGAAAUUACUGGAUUCUUAGUUGAAUACCAAGAGGACGGAACCAAAGAUUGGACCACCUUCAAAACUGUCAGCAAUCCAGCAAGCCAUGUCACUGGACUUGAAGAGGGGAAAACCUACAGAUUCCGUGUAAAAGCGCAGAAUGCCAUUGGCCUGAGCCGUCCAGAUUCCACAAUACCAAUACUCUGUCAAGGGAAACUUGUGCCACCAAGUAUUGAAGUGGAUGUAAAACUAAUUGAAGGCAUCGUUGUGAAAGCUGGAACUACAAUCAUUCUCCCUGCAAUAAUGAAAGGCAUACCCAUCCCUACUGCAAAAUGGAUCACUGAUGGUAAUGAAAUCAAAAGUGAAGGCAAGUUUAAAGUAGAGACGGAUGGCAUGUCAACAGUCCUCAGCAUUAGUGAGUGCACAAGAGCGGACACUGGAGAGUAUCUUCUUACAGUAGCAAACCCUGCCGGAAGCAAGACAGUUGCAUUGCAUGCAACUGUGCUUGAUGUCCCAGAUGCACCUGUUGGCCCUGUGAACAUCCUUGAGGUUACUCCUGAUCAUAUGCUUAUCAACUGGCGCCAUCCCAAGGAUGAUGGAGGAACCCCAUUAAUGAAUUACAUUGUUGAGAAGAAAGACUGCAAGAAACCAUGGGAGCCAUGGGGAGUUGUGAGCUCUGGAAGUCUGAGUACAACAGCUAAAGUUUCACGUUUGGAAAAGGGACGUGAAUAUGUUGUCCGUAUUCGUGCAGAGAACAAGAUUGGCAUAGGUGCACCACUUGAAAGUCAACCAACUAUUGCCAAAUUUCUGUAUGACCCACCUGGUGCUCCGGGACAGCCAGAGGCUUCUGACAUCACAGAAAAUGCUGUGACUAUACAUUGGGCUGAGCCAUUAACAGAUGGCGGAAGUCCAGUCAGUGGCUACAUUGUUGAACGCAGAGAACUAACAGGCAAAUGGAUUCGUGUGAAUAAAACUCCUGUCUUAGAUGUCAAAUACAGAAUAUGUGGGCUUUUUGAGGGCAACAGCUAUGAGUUCAGAGUUUUUGCUGAAAAUGUUGCUGGCAUCAGUGAACCUUCUCCCCCAUCUGUCCCAAUUAAGGUAGUUCGUCCUGUCGCUCGCCCAGGACCUCCAUGCAACCUCAAACUGAAGGAUUGGAGCAAAACAUAUGCAGACCUAGUUUGGACAAAACCUUUGAGAGAUGGAGGCAGUCCCAUUUUAGGCUAUGUUGUCGAGUGCCAGAAAUCAGGAGGUGCUCAGUGGGAGAGAAUCAAUCAGGAUCUUAUUAAGCAGUGUGCGUUUAGAGUACCAGGUCUAGUUGAAGGUACAGAAUACAGGUUCCGUGUAAGAGCUUCUAACAAGGUUGGUGAUGGAGAGCCAAGAGACCUUGUUGAAACUGUACUUGCUAAGGAUAUUCUUGUUCCUCCUGAAAUCAGUGUUGAUAUUGCAUGCAGGGAUCUUUUGACCGUGAGAGCUGGACAGAUUAUAAACCUAGUAGCUCGAGUUAAAGGUAGACCUGAUCCAGAAAUUACUUGGAGUAAGGAUGCAAGGGUUCUAGGUAGAGACAAGCGAACUGAAAUGAAGGCCAACUUCCCUACUGUUGAACUAAUUAUCCAAGAAGCAACAAGAGCAGAUUAUGGAAAGUAUGCCAUUCAGGCAAAAAAUAGCAGUGGACAAGCACAAGCUACUACUAUAGUGAAUGUGCUUGACUCACCAGGACCUUGUCAGAAUCUGAAGACAGCUUACGUGAGUAAAGAUUCUUGCAUGGUAUCAUGGGAGAAUCCAGAAGACAAUGGAGGUACUGAAAUUACAAAUUAUAUUAUUGAGUGCCGGCAACCCAGCCAGAGGGGUUGGUCAGUGGUCUCCUCUGAUUGUACCAAACGCCUUAUGAAGGCACCACUUAUGGAAAAUUGUGAAUAUUUCUUCCGAGUUAGUGCAGAGAACAAGUGUGGUGUAGGACCAGGUGUAGAGACAAAAACUCCAGUUCUUGCUGUUGAUCCAGUUGAGAAGCCAGGUGAGCCUGAAAACUUCCAAAUAACUGAAAUUGGAAAGACAUUUGCCUUCCUCAAAUGGAAAAAACCAGACAAUGAUGGUGGCAGCCGCAAUCUUGGCUAUCAUGUGGAAAAGAAACCAAAAGAAGCAGAUGAAUGGGAAAGACUGCAUAAAGGUGCAAUUAAAGAAACAUACUUCAUGGCUGACAGGUGUAUUGAAAAUCAAAUAUACCAGUUCAGGGUACAAACAAAAAAUGAAGCAGGAGAGAGUAAUUGGGUGACAACAGCUGAGACACUAAUCAAAGAAGAAUUACUGGAACCACAGCUUGAUGUCAAGUUAGUUGGAACCCUUGUGGUAAAGGCUGGUGAUUCAAUCAGAAUUGAAGCUGGACUCAAAGGAAAACCCCAACCAGAGGUUAAGUGGACGAAGGGUGAUGAAUCAGAUGACAUUAAAAGCCCUAGACUUCAUGUUGAAACAGGUGCAGAUUUCUCCAAAUUCCUUAUGACUAACUCCAAACGUAGUGACAGUGGGAAAUAUGUGAUUACUGCCAAAAACUCUGCAGGAAGCUGCACAGCUCAUGCCACGGUGAAUGUGCUUGAUAAACCUGGUCCUGUCAAAGAUUUGGCAGUGUCUGGCAUUUCUGUUGACCGCUGUAAGUUAACUUGGGAUCCUCCAGAGGAUAAUGGUGGCUGUGAAAUUUUGAACUACAUUCUGGAGAAAUGUGAGACAAAGAGAAUGGUAUGGUCCAUACACUCAACAGCAGUGAUUACCAACUGUGCUAAUGUGACUCGCCUUGUGGAAGGAAAUGAAUACAUCUUCAGAGUGCGAGCAGAGAAUAAAAUGGGGACUGGCCCUGCAGUGGAGAGUGAUGCCAUCAUUGCCAGGACACAGUUCAACAGACCUGGCCCUCCAGAUCCGCCAGAGGUCACCAAGAUCGGAAAGGAAGAAAUGACAGUAUCAUGGUCAACUCCAGAGAAUGACGGCGGGAAGCCAAUCACAGGUUAUAUUCUGGAAAGAAAAGAACGACACGCUAUCCGAUGGUCUCCAGUCAUAAAAGAUGCAAUCCCACAGACACACUUUAAUGUUACCAACUUGAUUCCUAACCAUGAAUAUCAGUUCCGCGUCAAGGCUGAAAACGAAAUUGGAGUGGGAGACCCAAGCAAACCAUCCAGAUCUGUCACUGCUAAGGAUCCAGUUGAACCUCCUGGCCCCCCAGUCAAUUUGAGGGUUUGUGACAGCACAAAGACAUCAAUCACACUUGGUUGGAAAAAACCUGCAUAUGAUGGCGGGGCUCCAAUUAUUGGAUAUGUGGUUGAAAUGAGACUUAAGGCUUCGGGUAAGAAGGCAGAGGAGAGCUGGAAGAGAUGCAAUGUUGCUGCUCAGUUAUCCACAACAGAAUUCACUGUCACAAGUCUGGAUGAGAAACUAGAGUAUGAAUUCCGAGUCUCUGCACAAAAUCAAGUUGGAUUAGGCCAACCUGCGGAUCUUCCAGAAGCAGUCUCACCCAGGGAAAUACUUGAGACACCUGAAAUUGAUUUAGAUGCCAACCUUAGAAAGGGUCUUACUCUCAGAGCUGGAUGUCCUAUCAGACUCUGUGCCACAAUCAAAGGAAGACCAACUCCUAAUGUAGCCUGGAGAAGAAUGGGAAUUGAUAAUGUUGUCAGGAAGGGCCAGGUGGAUCUGAUUGACACAAUGACUUUCCUUGUCAUCCCUGUAACCACACGUGAUGAUUCUGGAAAAUAUUCCCUUACAGUUUCCAACCCAGCUGGGGAGAAGGCUGUGUUUGUGAAUGUCAAAAUACUAGACACUCCUGGUCCUGUAUCUGGCCUAGAAGUCAGUGAUAUGACAAUGACAUCCUGCCAGCUCUCUUGGUCUGCCCCUGACAGUGAUGGUGGUAGCGAAGUAACACACUAUAUAGUUGAGAAGCGAGAAAUUGACAGAAAGACUUGGGCAACAGUCAAGAAUGAUGUGAAGGAGACAGCCUUCAAAUUGAGCAAUCUUGUACCAGGCACAGAAUACAAUUUCAGAGUCACUGCAGUUAACGAGUAUGGCCCCGGUGUACCAAAGGAUACUCCUAGGUCUUAUCUGGCAUCUGAUCCUAUCAGUAAGCCUGACCCACCAAUGAAAAUUGAUGUACUGGAAAUUACAAAGAGUAGUGUUUCUCUCGGAUGGAUACCUCCACUGAGGGAUGGAGGAGCCAAGAUUGAUGGUUAUGUAGUUGAUUAUCUGGAGGUUAUUCCUCCUAAGGAACCUGAGGAAGGCCAACCGGAGAAGUUGGAAGUUAAACCAAUAGAACUAUGGACACCAUACUCUGUUGUAAAAGAUCUACGAAUUUCUCUUGUUGGGCUGAAGGAGGGCAAAAAAUACAAAUUCAGAGUUGCAGCAAGAAACAUAAUGGGUUGCAGUCUGCCCACAGAAACUAAGGAUGCCGUAGAGGUCAAGGAGCAAAUGUUGCCACCUAAGAUUAUUAUGCCUGAUGUUGUGACUGCAAAAGCUGGUGCAAAACUGAGAGUAGAGGCGCUUGUGUCUGGAAAGCCAGCGCCAAUCUGUAAAUGGGUGAAAGGAGAAGAGGAGGUGGUUUCAUCUAGUCGUCUUACAGUGCACAAAUCCCAGAACUGUUGUGUGCUCAUUAUUAAAGAGGUUUCAAGAACUGAUAGUGGUCAGUACACCCUCUCUGCUGAGAAUAGCACUGGAAAAGCUGAUGAGACAUUGAAGAUCACCAUUCUGGAUAUCCCUGGCCCACCACAGCCACCGUUUCUGAUCGAUGACGUGGAUGCAGAUGCCUGCACACUUUCUUGGCAAGCACCAAUUGAGGAUGGUGGAAGCAACAUCAUUAAUUAUGUGGUGGAAAAGUGUGAUGUGAGCAGAGGAGAUUGGGUCAGUGCUGUCUCAUCUUGCGUGAAAACUGGCUGCAGAGUUGGAAAACUCGUCCCCGGAAAGGAGUAUACGUUCCGUGUUCGUGCUGAGAACCGCUAUGGAAUUUCAGACCCUAUUGCAUCUGAAAGGAUGAUUGCUAAAUUCCCAUUUGAUGUCCCUGGUGAACCUCUGAACUGCCGCAUCAGCAAAGUCAACAAGGACUGCAUGUUUGUGGCCUGGGACAGACCAGAAUCCGAUGGUGGCAGUCCUAUCACUGGGUACUACGUUGAACGUAAAGAGAGAAACAGCCUUCUCUGGGUUAAGGCAAAUGACACCGUUGUACGUACCACUGAGUACCCCUGUGCUGGCCUCAUUGAAGGCCUGGAAUAUACCUUCAGGGUUUCGGCCAUUAAUCGUGCUGGACAGGGUAAACCAAGCAAAAAGACAGAAUUUGUUACAGCAAGAACGGCUGUUGAUGCACCUGGAAAACCAGAAGUUAUUGAUGUGACCAAGAAUUCAGUUAGUCUAGUCUGGAGCAGGCCAAAACAUGAUGGUGGCAGCAAACUCAUUGGAUAUUAUGUUGAAGCCAUGAGGAUUCCUGAAGAGAAAUGGAUACGCUGCAACACAAGCGUCCAAAAUGUCCCCAGAGAAGAAUACACUGCAUCAGGGCUGGAAGAGGGAGCCCAGUACCAGUUCAGAAUUAUUGCAAAGACAGCAGUAAACAUCAGUCGACCAUCUGAACUCUCUGAUCCAGUCCUUGUCUCAGCAGAAAAUGUCCCACCAAGAGUGGAGAUUGGGCUUCAUAUGAAGAGGCUUUUGCCUGUAAAAGCUGGAGUGAAUGUUUGUCUUGAGGCUGAAGUUUUUGGAAAACCAAUGCCAACUGUUACAUGGAAGAGGAAUGGAGAGGUAUUAAAGCCUGUUGAAGGUCUGAAAAUGUCACAGAAAAGACAUCUGUUCCUCCUGGAGUUGUCAUCAGUGACAAGAAGAGAGACAGGAGAGUACGCUAUUCUGGCAGAAAAUGAAAGUGGCUCUAAAUCAGCCGAAAUUCAGCUGCAAGUUCUGGAUGUACCUGGUCCACCAGCUUCUAUGAAAUUUGGGGAUGUGUCUGCAGAUCGUGUCCAUCUAAUUUGGGAACCACCUGCUGAAGAUGGUGGCUCUAAUAUCACAAACUAUAUUAUAGAUAAACGUGAAACUAGCAGAGCAAAUUGGGCUCAGGUCACAGCUAAAAUCAGUGGUAAAACCACCGAGUACACUGUGGAGAAGCUGAUUGAGGGCCGCGAGUAUCAGCUCCGCAUCCGCGCUGAGAACAAGUAUGGGGUUGGAGACCCAAUUCUGUCCAGUCCAGUUGUAGCCAAGAAUCCUUUUGAUGUUCCUGGGCCUUGUGAUCCUCCUGUAAUCACUAAUGUCACAAAGGACCAUAUGACUGUCAGCUGGAAGGAACCUGCUAAUGAUGGUGGAGACACCGUUAUAGGAUACAUGGUUGAGAAGCGUGAAACAAAAGAGGUCAACUGGACUAAACUCAACAGGAGGCCAGUGACAGAAAGAACCAUUGAGGCUGGUGGUCUCACAGAGGGAGCAGAGUAUGAAUUCAGAGUUACUGCUCUAAACAGAGCUGGCUUAGGCAAGCCAAGUGACCCUUCAAGUGCCACCUUUGCACGUGAUCCUUUGUAUCCCCCUGGCCCACCAGUUUCUCCAAUGGUUGUUGACACAACACACAGUACAAUUAGUCUGUCCUGGACAAAGCCUGCCAAUGACGGUGGCAGUGAAAUCUUGGGCUACUUGGUUGAAGUCAAGAGAGCAGAUGCUAAGGACUGGAUAAGGUGUAAUGUACCUAAGAAUCUUUUGGAGACAAACUACAUUGUUACUGGACUUCUUGAUAAUACUGAGUACCAGUUCCGUGUGUCUGCUGUGAACAAAGUUGGGUUCAGUGAACCAAGUGAAGUUCCAGAAACACAUGUUGCAAAGGACAUUUUGGUUGCUCCUGAAGGGCUGCUUAGUGAUGAGCUGACGAAAACACUGGUGCUCCGUGCUGGUGUCACAAUGAGACUCUAUGUCCCACUGAGAGGCCGACCUGCUCCCAAAGUGACCUGGGCAAAGAUGAAUACUAAUAUUAAGGACAGACUAGGAAUCUUGAUAAAGACAACAGAGUGGGACACUCUGGUGUAUGUUGAGAAUGUAAACAGAUAUGAUGCUGGAAAAUACAUCUUGUCUUUGGAAAACAGCUGUGGAAUGAAGAUGCAUACAAUUGUUGUCAAAGUUCUUGACACUCCCGGACCACCUGUCAAUCUGAUGGUCAAAGAGUCAUCCAAAGACAGUGCAUCCAUCUCCUGGGAUGCUCCUCUUAUUGAUGGUGGAAGCCCUGUUAAGAAUUAUAUUGUUGAAAAACGUGAUGUUGAGAGAAAAGCAUGGUCCACUGUUUGCACUGACUGUGACAAAACAUCUUUCAAAGUUGAAAACUUAGUGCCAGGCAGAUCUUACAGUUUUAGAGUCUCAGCAGAAAAUGAAUAUGGCAUUGGGGAACCAUGUGAGACAGCAGAUGCUGUAAGAGCCACAGAACAACCUGGACCAGUAAUGGACUUCAAGGCAAUUCUGGUUACAAAGGAUUCUUGCACCCUUGGCUGGAAGAAACCAUUGUGUGAUGGUGGAAGCCGUAUUAUUGCAUAUGUGCUGGAAGUCUUAAAUGGCGAAGAUAAAUGGAAGGGACUGAUGAAAUCAAAGAACAUGCAGUAUAGUGCCAAAGAUCUUAUAGAAGGAAAGGAGUAUACCUACAGAGUAAAAGCAGUGAAUGACCGUGGAGAAGGUCCCACAAAGGAACUUAAAAUUAUAGCUAAGGAUCUUGUUGUUCCACCUGCAUGUGACUUGCGAGGUUUGCCAGAUUUGUGCUACAUUGCAAAGGAAGGAAGUACUGUCCGCCUCAAGAUCCCAAUUAGUGGAAAACCUGCACCCACUGUCACAUGGAAAAAGGGUGAUGAUGUUACUUUAACUGACACUGGAAGAGUCUCUGCAGAGUCUACUGCUGUAAACACAACUCUCCUAAUUCGUGACUGCCAAAGAAGUGAUGCAUCAAAAUACACCAUCAAUCUCAAAAACAGUGCUGGCUCCAAGGACUCAACUAUCUUUGUCAGAGUGGUUGGAAAACCAGGAAUACCCAUAGGACCAGUGAAAUUUAAUGAAAUCACAGCUGAUGGAAUCACCCUAAAAUGGGGUGCACCAAAGGAUGAUGGUGGAUCAGAAAUAACCAACUACAUUCUUGAGAAAAGGGAUUCCACGACCAACAUGUGGGUUAUCUGUGCUUCAAAUGUGAAAGAACACAUCUUAAGAGUCACAAAUCUCCAUGAGGGAACAGAAUAUAUAUUUAGAGUGUCUGCAGAAAAUAAGUAUGGAGUUGGAGAGGGCCUAAAGUCUGACCCUGUUGUGGCUAAGCAUCCAUUCAAUGUUCCUGAUGCCCCACUUCCACCACAAAUUAUGAGUAUGCGACAUGACUGUGCAACACUGGCAUGGUCAGACCCAAGGAAAACUGGAGGCUCCCCAAUUACUGGGUAUCACGUUGAAUUCAAGGAAAGAAAUAGUCAGUUAUGGAAGAGAGCAAGUGAAACACCGCUGAAAAUGAGGGAACACAGGGUAACUGGUCUAACUGAAGGCCUUGAGUAUGAAUUCAGAGUCAUGGCCAUAAACAAAGCAGGUGUUGGAAAGCCAAGUCUACCAACAGCACCACAUGUUGCCCUGGAUCCAAUUGAUCCUCCUGGUAAACCCGAUGUUAUUAGCAUUACAAGAAGCACUGUAACGCUUAUGUGGACUGAACCCAAGUGCGAUGGUGGACACAGAUUGACUGGCUACAUUGUUGAGAGACGUGAUCUUCCUGCAAAAGUCUGGGUGAAGGCUAAUAAUGUCAAUAUUGUAGAUUGUGCAUUUACGGUGACUGAACUUCAAGAAGGGUGUAAAUAUGAGUUCAGAAUUCGGGCAAAGAAUGCUGCUGGGGCUAUCAGUCCACCAUCAGAACAAACUGAUACACUUGUUUGUAGAGAUGAAUAUGAGGCUCCAACCAUCACAAUUGAUCCAACCAUAAAGGAGGGACUUGCUGUUAGAGCCGGGGAUACUAUUGUGAUAACUGCAACAAGCAUACUCGGAAAACCUCUUCCAACUUCUGCAUGGUCUAAAGGUGGAAAAUACUUCAAACCAUCAGAUAUCUGUCAGAUUGAAAGCACUCCAACAUCAUCUACACUAUCCAUCAAGUAUGCCAGCAGGAAGGAUUCUGGUGAAUAUACCAUUUCAGCCAGCAACCCAUUCGGCAUCAAAGAAGAAAAUGUUAAAGUAAAAGUACUGGAUGUACCUGGACCACCAGGACCUCUUGAAGCAAGCAGUGUGUCUGCUCGAAGGGUAACUCUGACAUGGUCAGCACCACAUGAGGAUGGAGGUUCUCCAAUCAAAUGUUACACCCUGGAGAAGAGGGAAAGCAGCCGCCUUCUUUGGACCAUACUUGCUGAAAACGUGAUGGAUUGCCAUUUUGUUGCAACCAAGCUUAUCCAGGGAAAUGAAUAUGUAUUCCGUGUCUCAGCUGUGAACCAGUAUGGUACUGGUAAUUCAACACAGUCUGAACCAGUGAAAAUGGUGGAUGGCUUUGGCCCACCAGGUCCUCCAUCAAAGCCAGAAGUCACCAAUGUGAACAAGACCUCAGUCACAGUUUCAUGGAAAAGACCAGUAGAAGAUGGAGGUAGUGAUAUAAUUGGCUACUCUGUUGAAAGGAAAGAAAGAAAAGGUAUGAGAUGGAUCAGAGCAUCAAAGAAAUCCAUCCCUGAUCUCCAUUACAAAGUGGAAGGCCUUACGGAAGGAAUUGAAUAUGAAUUCCGAGUGAUUGCAGAGAACAAGGCUGGCUUUGGAGAUCCUAGUGAGCCAUCACAGACUGUUAUGACUAAGGGUGUGGCAAAUGUACCUGGGCCUCCAUCAAACCCAAGAGUUACCGAUACAACUAAAACUACAGCUUCAUUGCACUGGGGCAGACCUCAUGAUGAUGGUGGACUUGAUAUCACAGGAUAUAUUGUUGAGCAUAAAAAGGAGGGAGAUGAGGAAUGGGUAAAAGACACAACGGGCACUGCACUGAGAAUUACUGAUUUUGUUGUGGCAAGCCUUCAGUCAGGAGGAAAGUACAAUUUCAGAAUAAGUGCAAUGAAUGCAGUUGGGGUUGGGGAACCAGCUCAAAUUGAGGAACUUGUUGAAGUUGUGGAUCGUGAAGAAGUUCCAGACUUUGAACUUGAUGCUGAAUUGAGAAGAACCCUUGUUGUAAAGGCUGGAGGCUCCAUACGUAUUUUUGUACCAAUCAAAGGUCGCCCAACCCCUAAUGUCACGUGGAUGAAGGAAGAGAUGCCUCUCAUUGGUCAUGCUCACAUUGAUACCACUGAGUCAUAUACUCUCCUGGUUAUCCCUGAUUGUACUAGGCAUGAUGCUGGAAAAUAUGUCCUGACAGCAGAAAAUGCUGCUGGCAAAAAGUCUGGAAUUGUAAAUGUCAGAGUUCUAGAUUCACCUGGACCUCCAAUCAACUUGAAGCCAAUAGAAAUUAACAAAGAUAGCAUCUCCCUCCAGUGGGAAAUGCCUAUCAUUGAUGGUGGCUCAAAGAUUACCAACUAUAUCAUUGAGAAGAGAGAAGCAACCCGAAAGGCUUAUGUCACAGUAAUAAUGAAUUGUGCAAAGUGUUCUGUUAGGAUUCCAAAUCUGGCAGAAGGAUCAGAGUAUUACUUCAGAGUACGUGCCGAAAAUGAGUUUGGCAUUGGUGAGCCAGUUGAAACUUCUGAUCCAAUAAAAGCUUCUCAAGCACCGACUGCUCCGGAAAUAGUUAACAUCACAAAUGUUACUAAGAAUUCUGCAGCUGUUGCAUGGACAAAACCAAAACAUGAUGGUGGCAGUAGAAUCACUGGAUAUGUCGUUGAGGCUCAAAAGAAGGGUACAGAGCAAUGGUCCCAUGUGUCUACUGUUAAGACGCUUGGAUACAUAGCUAAAAAUCUUGGUGAAAAUGAGGAAUAUGUGUUCAGAGUAAUGGCUGUGAACAGUUCUGGCAGAAGUGAUCCUCGUGAAAGCAGACCUAUUGUUACUAAGGAACAAACUGCUGAACCUGAAUUUGACCUAAGUGGAAUCUGCAGGAGAUUAGUCAUUGCUAAGGCAGGAGAUGAUGUGAAAAUUGAGAUUCCUGUUUUGGGUCGUCCAAAACCUUCAGUUUCUUGGAAGAAGGAUGAUAAAACCCUGAAACAGAUACAGAGGGUAAACACUGAAGAUACUUUGACAUCAACUAUCCUGAAUAUUAUUGAAUGUACAAGGAAUGACAGUGGACAGUACUCAGUGACAGGGAAAAAUAUACUUGGCACUGUGACAGAGCAUAUUACACUCAAAGUAUAUGAUGUGCCAGGACCUCCUAGAGGACCAAUUAAGUUUGACAAAGUUUCCCGUGACUUUAUCACAAUGUCAUGGGAUUCUCCUGAGAAUGAUGGAGGUGUGCCAAUUAACAAUUACAUUGUUGAAUUGCGAGAAACUACAAGUACAACCUGGGUAGAGUUAUCUUCAUCAGUAAUUCGAACAACAUUUAAAGCAGCUGGUCUUACCACGGGAGUUGAGUAUCAGUUCCGUGUUAAAGCUAAAAAUCGAUAUGGUGAGGGGCCUCCAAUCACCUCAGAAUCAGUGGUUGCAGCAUAUCCAUUCAAGGUUCCUGGACCACCUGGUACUCCACAAAUAGUAGCCUUCACUAAAGACACUAUGACCAUUGCCUGGAAUGAACCUAUUUCUGAUGGAGGAAGUGAAAUCUUAGGAUAUCACAUUGAAAGGAAAGAGAGGAGCAGUAUCGUGUGGCAAAGAAUAAGCAAAGCUGUAGUAGGAAACAUUUUCAAAUCUUCAGGACUGGAAUCUGGAAUGGCUUAUGAAUUCCGUGUUUUAGCUGAAAAUAUAGCAGGUGUGGGUAAACCAAGCAAGUCAUCAGAGCCAAUGUUAGCCCUUGAUCCAGUGGAUCCACCAGGCCAGCCCGUAGCAGUUAACAUAACUAAAAAUUCAGUAACUCUUGAAUGGACAAAGCCCGAAUAUGAUGGUGGGUUCAAAAUAACUGGAUACACUGUGGAAAAGAAAGACUUACCAGAUGGACGCUGGCAUAAGGCUAACUAUAGCAACAUUAUUGAUACCACUUUCACUGUAAGUGGAUUAACGGAAGGUGCCUCCUAUGUAUUCCGUGCUAUUGCCCGGAAUUCCGCUGGUGCUGUGAGUAACCCGUCAGAACCAACAGAUCCAAUUUCUUGCAAAGAUGACAUUGUGGAACCAAGAAUUAUGGUUGAUGCAAAGUUUAAGGAUACCAUAUUGGUGAAAGCAGGGGAAGCCUUCAAACUUGAGGCAGAUGUUGCUGGUCAACCACAACCCUCUAUGGUCUGGAUGAAAGAUGAAAAGGAAAUUGAAAAUACAAUAAAAUUGCAAAUGAAAAUGGCAGAUUUUGCCACAACUUUAAUUAAUAAAGACUCGUUACGGAGAGAUGGAGGUUCAUUCACUUUAACUGCCAGUAACACAGGUGGCUUUGCAAAGCAUAUCUUCAAUGUUAAAGUUCUUGAUCGACCAGGGGCACCAGAGGGACCACUUGCUGUUGCAGACCUCACUGCUGAGAAAUGUGUCAUUUCAUGGUUACCACCUUCUGAUGAUGGUGGAGCAAAAAUUGAGCAUUACAUCAUUGAAAAGCGUGAAACAAGUCGACUUGCAUGGACAAAUGUAGCAUCCAAUUUGCAAGUCACCCAGUUCAAAGUGACUAAGUUGCUGAAAGGAAAUGAAUAUAUCUUUAGAGUCAUGGCUGUAAAUAAAUAUGGAGUUGGAGAGCCUCUUGAAUCGGAACCAGUUGUUGCUACCAAUCCUUAUGUUCCACCUGAUCCUCCACAGACACCUGAAGUAACAGCUAUCACAAAGGAUUCAAUGGUGGUUUGCUGGGGAACUCCUAAGAGUGAUGGUGGAAGUAGAAUUUCCAACUAUUUAAUUGAACGAAGAGAUAAAGUUGGUCUUCGCUGGGUGAAAUGCAACAAGAAGAUUGUCACUGAUUUGAUGUAUAAGGUGUCUGGGCUUGUGCCAGGUCAUGAAUAUGAAUUUAGAAUUUUUGCAGAAAAUGCUGCUGGUAUAAGUGGACCCAGCCCUUCAAGUCCAUUCUACAAGGCUACUGACACGAUAUUCAAGCCUGGCCCCCCUGGCAAUCCAAGGGUCUUGGACACAACAAAGUCAUCAAUCACUCUUGCUUGGAACAAGCCAGUGUAUGAUGGAGGUUCUGAUGUCACAGGCUACAUUGUUGAGACCUGCCUUCCAGCAGAGGACGAAUGGUCCAUUGUAACCCCAAAAGAACUAUGGAUGGGUACGUCAUUUACGAUUAUUAACUUAAAGGAAAACCAAGAAUACAAAAUUAAUGUUUCAGCUGUUAACUGUGAGGGGGUAGGAGAGGCUGCUUCUGUUCCUGGAACACCAAAGGCUGAGGACAGACAGCUUCCACCCGAAAUUGAGCUUGAUGCUGACCUUCGUAAAGUUAUUAACAUUAGAGCUGGUAACACGUUGAGAUUGUUUGUGCCAAUAAAAGGAAGACCAGCUCCUAUGGUGAAAUGGACAAGAGAAAAUGGUGAACCUAUUGAAAGAGCAACCAUUGAGAAUACAACAUCUUUUACAUCAGUAAUUGUUGAAAAUGUCAAUAGGUCUGACAGUGGAAAGUACUUGCUGACAGUUGAAAACAGUUCAGGAAGCAAGACAGCCUAUGUUAAUGUGAGAGUACUGGAUACCCCUGGAGCACCAACUAACCUGAAAAUCCAAGCAGUUACCAAAGAGUCUGUCUCACUCAUCUGGGACGCCCCUCUUAAUGAUGGUGGUUCAAAAAUUAAGAAUUAUAUUGUAGAAAAACGUGAAGCAACAAGAAAAGCAUACUCCACAGACAUGGCUAAUUGCCACAAAACAACCUGGACAGUUGAUCACCUGCAGGAGGGAUGCAAUUAUUACUUCAGAGUUCUAGCUGAAAAUGAAUAUGGAAUUGGUCUGCCCAUUGAAACUACUGAGUCAGUCAAAGUUUCUGAAAAACCACUCCCUCCUGGGAAAAUUACUCUACAAGAUGUCACAAAGAAUAGUGUCAGUUUGUCAUGGGAAAAGCCAGAGCAUGAUGGAGGAAGCAGAAUAGUAGCAUAUGUUGUUGAAAUGCAAGGCAAAGGAAGUGAAAAGUGGACGCAGUGUAUGAUCGUAAAGGGUACUGAAGCAGUUGUUACUGGACUAACACCAGGUGAAGAAUAUAUGUUCCAGGUAUCAGCAAGAAAUGAGAAAGGAACAAGCGAUCCUCGUCAGUUUGGUGUCCCAGUGAUUGCCAAAGAUCUUGUGAUUGCUCCAGCUGUUAAGCUGUUAUUUUCCACAUUCAGUGUUUUGGCAGAGAAAGACUUGAAGAUAGACAUUCCAUAUGUUUCUCGUCCAAAGGCAGAAAUUUCUUGGCAGAAGGGCAGCACACCUCUCAAGCAGACUACCAGAGUUAAUUUUGAAGCAACUGAGAACAAUUUGUGUGUUGUAAUCAAGGAGGCAUGCAGAGAUGAUGUUGGAAAGUAUAUCAUUAAACUAUCAAACACAGCAGGUGAAACAACAGCAGAAAUCGAUGUUGUUGUUCUAGACAAACCUGGUCCGCCAACUGGCCCUGUGAAAGUCAAUGAGGUCACUGCAGACAGCAUCACAUUUUCUUGGAAGCCCCCAGAGUAUGAUGGUGGUUGCAUUAUUAGCAACUACAUUGUAGAAAAGAGGGAUACAUCUACUACAAACUGGCAAAUUGUGUCUGGAACAGUAGCUAGAACAACAAUUAAAGCAGUCAGGUUAAAGACUGGCUGUGAAUAUCAGUUCAGGAUUACUGCUGAGAACAGAUAUGGAAAGAGUGCAUUUCUUGUCUCAGACUCUGUGGUUGCUCAGUAUCCAUUCAAAAUCCCAGGCCCUCCAGGAACACCCUUUGUGCAUGCUUCUACCAAGGACAGCAUGGUAGUAGUGUGGAAUGAGCCUGUCAUAGAUGGUGGGAGCAGCAUAUUAGGAUAUCAUCUUGAAAUGAAGGAAAGAAAAAGUAUUCUAUGGAUGAAACUGAAUAAGACACUUAUCAAAGAUACAACGUUCAAGACUAUUAACCUUGAAGCAGGACUUGAAUAUGAGUUCAGAGUGUAUGCUGAAAAUAUUGUGGGGAUUGGUAAAGCUAGCAAAGUGUCAGAAUGCUAUACUGCUAGAGAUCCCUGUGAUCCUCCGGGCACCCCUGAGGCUAUUAGCAUCACAAAAAAUUCUAUUACAAUCAGAUGGACAAAGCCAGAAUAUGAUGGUGGUAGCAAAGUUACUGGUUAUGUUGUUGAGAAGAAGGACUUGCCUGAGGGGCGUUGGAUGAAGGCCAACUUCACUAAUGUUAUUGAGACAGAAUAUGUUGCAACUGGAUUAGUUGAGGAUCAGAAAUAUGAGUUUCGUGUCAUUGCAAGAAAUGCUGCAGGUAUUUUCAGUAAUCCAUCUUAUAGCACUGGGCCUAUCACUACAAAGGAUGAAGUGGAUCCACCUCACAUUAGUAUAGAUCCAAAAUACACUCAAACUGUUGUCGUAAAUUCUGGGGAAUCAUUCAAAAUUGAUGCUGAUGUUCAUGGCAAGCCAACACCUACUAUCUUCUGGAUGAAGGGAGGUCAAGAACUUGUAAAUACAUUACACCGUGAAAUAAAAAACACAGAAGUCAGCACAUGUUUGAGUGUAAAGGAAGCUAAACUCAUUGAUGGAGGACAGUACACUUUGCUAUUAAAGAACCUUGGAGGAGAGAAGUCUGUAAAUGUCACAGUCAAGGUCCUGGAUAGACCUGGUCCACCUGAAGGUCCUAUACACGUCUACGGUGUUUUGAGUGAUCAAUGUUCCAUUGCCUGGAAAGCACCACAGCAAGAUGGAGGCAGUGACAUAUCUCAUUACAUUGUUGAGAGGAGAGAAACAAGCAGACUAGUUUGGACCCUUGUUGACACUAAAGUACAGGCACUUAAUCUAAGAAUCACAAAGCUUUUGGAAGGAAAUGAGUACAUUUUCCGUGUCUCAGCUGUAAACAAACAUGGAGUCAGUGAUCCACUUGAAUCUGAAUCUGUCGUUGUUAAAAAUCAGUUUGUGGCUCCUGAUGCACCUAAGAAUGUUGAAGUUACCAGUAUCUCAAAGAAUUCAAUGGUGGUAACUUGGGAAGGACCCACAAAUGAUGGUGGCAGUCCAAUUACAGGAUUCAUUAUUGAAAAACAUGAUAAAGAAGGAGUGAGAUGGACCAGGUGCAAUAGGAAUAUAGUUAGUGAUCUGUGCUUUAAGGUCACUGGACUUCUUGAAAAUCACAGUUAUGAAUUCAGGGUUGCAGCUGAAAAUGCAGCUGGCAUUGGAGAACCAAGCUCUCCAUCGGUUUACUACAGAGCUUUGGAUCCCAUUUUCAAACCUGGCCCACCAAAUAAUCCUAAAGUGACAGAUGUAUCACGAACAUCUGUAUUCCUUUCAUGGGGAAAGCCUAUAUAUGAUGGUGGUUGUGAGAUCCAGGGAUAUAUUGUUGAGGCAUGUGAGGCAACAUCAGAAGAAUGGACAAUGUGCACUCCCCCAACUGGCAUUAGAAAGAUGCAAUAUGAAGUGGAAAAACUUAAAGAAAAGCAAGAGUAUAGAUUCAGAGUCUGCGCAAUAAACAAGGCAGGUGUUGGUGAGCAUGCCGAUGUCUCUGGAACCAUUAUUGUUGAAGAGAAAAUGGAAGAACCAUAUCUUGAGCUUGAUCCAGACCUCAGGAAGACCAUCCGUGUUAUAGCAGGAGGCUCUCUCAGGGUGUUUAUUCCAAUCAAAGGCUGCCCUUCCCCAAAAAUUAAAUGGGAAAAAGUUGAUGGUGAAAUCCGAGAUACAGCUCAGAUUGAGGUUACCAGUAGUUAUACAUGCCUUGUAAUUGAUAAUACUAACAGAUUUGAUAGUGGAAAGUAUACUAUUACUGCUGAAAAUACCAGCGGAUCAAAAUCAGAUUUCAUUUCCGUCAGAGUUCUUGACACUCCAAGUGCUCCAGUCAACCUUAAGAUAAAGGAGAUUACAAAGCAGUCUGUAACAUUUACUUGGGACCCACCCGCAUUGGAUGGUGGAGCCAAAAUUAAAAACUACAUUGUUGAAAAACGAGAAAGUACAAGAAAGGCUUAUUCUGCUGUUGUAACCAAUUGCCAUGCAUUGUCAUGGAAGGUUGAACCUCUUCAGGAGGGUUGCAAUUAUUACUUCAGAAUUCUUGCAGAAAAUGAACACGGCAUUGGCUUACCAGCAGAAACAACUGAUCCCAUUAAAGUAUCAGAAGUGCCACAGUCACCAGGCAAGUUCACUGUUAUUGAUGUAACACGUAAUAGUGUUUCUCUUGCCUGGGAGAAACCUGAACAUGAUGGUGGCAGUAGAAUCAUGCAGUAUCUGGUGGAAAUGCAAGUUAAGGGAAGUGAAAAAUGGUCCAGCUGUGCAAAUGUAAAAACCCUUGAGACUGUGGUCAGUAAUUUAGUCCAGGGAGAAGAAUAUUUGUUUAGAGUCAUUGCUAUCAAUGAGAAGGGUAAAAGCGAUCCAAGAACACUUGCUGUUCCAGUGCAAGCAAAGGACCUAGUCAUUGAACCAGAUAUACGACCUACAUUCAGUAACUACAGUGUACAAGUUGGUAAAGAUCUCACAGUAGAAAUACCAAUUUUUGGACGUCCAAAACCAGCAAUUGUUUGGAGCAAGGAUGGCAUAACUCUCACACAGACUACAAAAGUUAAUUUUGUUAACACUGCACAUCACACAACUCUCAGCAUAAAAGAAGCAACACAAGAUGAUGGUGGCUUAUACCAAAUUGCAGUUUCUAAUGUUGUAGGACAAAAGGAUGCAACAGUCGAAAUAAUCACACUUGAUAAACCUGGCCCGCCAAGUGGCCCAGUAAGAUUUGAUGAAGUAAGUGUGGAAAGCGUCAAAAUAUCUUGGGAUCCACCAAAAUACACUGGUGGGUGCCAAAUCUCAAAUUAUAUUGUGCAAAAGAGAGACACCACUACUACCACUUGGGAGAAUGUGUCUUGCACAGUUGCCAGGACUACACUGAAGGUGACUAGACUGAAAACUGGGGCUGAAUAUCAGUUCCGAAUAAUUGCUGAAAACAGAUAUGGAAAAAGUUAUGCUUUAGACUCUCGCUGUGUGGUUGCCCAGUAUCCAUACAAGGAGCCAGGUCCACCAGGGACUCCAUUUGUCACAUCACUCUCAAGGGAUUAUAUGGUAGUGGAAUGGCAUGAACCUGUUAUAGAUGGAGGCAGUAGUAUUAUUGGUUACCAUCUUGAAAGAAAAGAAAGAAACAGUGUCCUAUGGACAAAGAUUAAUAAGACACUCAUUCAAGAUACCCGCUUUAAGACUAGUCCGUUGGAAGAAGGUAUUGAAUAUGAGUUUAGGGUCUAUGCAGAGAAUAUUGUUGGAAUAGGUAGAUGCAGUAAAGUCUCUGAGGGCUGUGUUGCACGUGACCCAUGCGAUCCACCUGGUACCCCAGAAGCCAUUCAUUUGAGUAAAGAUUCAAUCACAAUUCAGUGGACUAAGCCUGAAUAUGAUGGAGGCAGUAAGAUUACUGGUUAUACUGUGGAAAAGCGGGAUCUUCCUGAGGGACGCUGGAUGAAAUCCAACUUCACAAACAUCAUUGAGACCCAAUACACAGUUACUGGCUUAACUGAAGAUGCAAAGUAUGACUUCAGAGUUAUUGCAAAGAAUUCAGCUGGAACUAUCAGUAAACCAUCUUUUAACACGGGACCCAUCACUGCAAAGGAUGAAGUUGAGCCACCAACAUUUUCAAUUAACCCAGAGUACAGUCAGACUAUUGUUGUAAAUGCAGGAGAUACUUUUAAACUUGAUGCUGAUGUACAUGGAAAGCCAAUACCAACAGCCCAGUGGUUCAAAGGUGACAAAGAAUUUGAGAAUACUACAAGGUGUGAGAUCAAGAACACUGAUUUAAGGACCAUGGUUGUUAUUAAAGAUGCGACCAGAAUUGAUAGUGGACAGUAUACUCUGCAGCUAAGUAAUGUAGCAGGCACCAAAACCAUUCAUUUCAAUGUCAAAGUGCUAGACAGACCAGGUCCAUGUGAAGGACCCCUCAAUAUCACUAGUAUAACAAGUGACAAAUGUACACUGUCAUGGCUUCCUCCACAACAUGAUGGUGGUAGCAAAGUUUGUCAUUACAUAAUUGAAAAGAGAGAAACUAGUCGGCUUGCUUGGACUGUAGUUACUAGUGAUUGUUGUGCUCCAACUUUCAAAGCAACCAAACUUCUAGAGGGAAAUGAAUAUAUUUUCAGGGUCAUGGCUGUCAAUAAAUAUGGCAUUGGGGAAGCACUGGAAUCUUCAGCUGUCAUCAUGAAAAAUCCGUUCAUUCCACCUGGAGCUCCUCAAAUUCUGGAUGUAACGAAUAUUGAAAAAGAUGCCAUGACUGUCUGUUGGUCUGCGCCCGAAACAGAUGGAGGAAGUGAAAUCAUUGGCUACAUUAUAGAGAAGAAAGACAGGAUGGGGAUCCGAUGGACAAAAUGCAACAGGCAAAGAGUCACAGACUUACACUUCCGAGUAACAGGUUUAGCAGAAGAUCAUGAGUAUGAAUUUAGAUUUUCUGCUGAAAAUGCAGCUGGAAUUGGCGAACCAUCUGUACCAACUCAGUACUACAAAGCUUGUGAUCCAACAUUCAAGCCUGGCCCACCAAGUAAUGCCCAUGUGGUUGAUACUACCAAAAAUUCAAUUUCAGUAGCAUGGGGUAAGCCCGCUUCUGAUGGUGGCUGUGCAAUUCAAGGGUACAUUGUUGAGAUUUGCAAAGCUGAAGAAGAAGAGUGGACUAUGUGCACCCCGCCAACUGGCCUGCGUGUAAAUAAGUUUGAAAUCACAAAACUUACUGAACAACAAGAAUACAAGAUUCAGGUAUGUGCUCUCAACAAGUUGGGUCUUAGUGAGCCAGCUGUUAUUCCUGGAACAGCUAAACCUGAAGACAAAAAGGAAGCCCCAGAAAUCCACCUUGACUCAGAGCUGAGGCAAGGAAUUGUGGUUCGUGCUGGAGGGUCCGUAAAAAUUAAUGUACCUUUCAAAGGAAGACCAACACCAGAGAUUUUAUGGUCUAAAGAUGAAGGGAAUUUACCUGAAAAGGCUCAAAUUGAGAAAGGUCUGAAUUAUACACAGCUUUCUAUUGAUUUAUGUGACAGAAAUGAUGCUGGAAAAUAUACACUGAGCUUGGAAAAUAGUAGUGGGUCAGUCUCCGAAUAUGUAGCAGUCAAAGUUUUGGACACACCAUCAGCACCUUUGAAUCUUGUUGUUAAAGAUAUCAAGAAAGACUCUGUUACUCUUACAUGGGACCCACCAUUGAUUGAUGGAGGUGCAAAGAUUAGAAACUAUGUCGUUGACAAACGUGAAUCAACCAGAAAAGCAUAUGCUAAUGUUACAACCAAGUGCACAAAAACAAGCUAUGUUGUAGAAAAUCUUAUAGAAGGGGCAAUGUAUUACUUCAGAGUUAUAGCUGAAAAUGAAUAUGGAGCUGGCUUGCCAACUGAAACAAAAAAUGCAAUCAAGGCAUCUGAGGUACCUCUGCCAGUUUCUAGAUUAACUCUGACUGAUGUUAGUAAAACAAGUGCAUCUCUAGCAUGGGAUAAACCAGAGCAUGAUGGUGGCAGUAGGAUUGUGGGUUACUUAAUUGAAAUGCAGCCUAAAGGGACAGAUAAGUGGGGUGUGGCAACGUCAGUGAAGACAUGUGAAGGCACUGUAAGUGGACUAACAUCUGGUCAAGAAUAUCUCUUCCGUGUUGUGGCCUACAAUGAAAAAGGAAAAAGUGAACCAAAGCUUUUAGCUGCUCCUGUUAUUGCAAAUGACUUGACUAUUGAACCCAGCCUAAAACUUUUGUUCAGCACCUACAGUGUCAAAUCUGGGAAAGAUCUCAAAAUAGAAAUACCAGUGAUUGGCCGUCCCAAACCAGAGAUUAAAUGGAUGAAAGAUGGAGAAUCUUUGAAACCGACAACUAGAGUUAAUUAUUCACGCACACCAACUUCUGCUAUCCUUCAAAUUACAGAAGCUAAUAAAGAUGAUUUGGGCAAGUAUGCAAUCACUGCCAGAAACAGUGCUGGUACAGUAACAGAAGAAAUUGGAAUUAUAAUCCUUGACAAACCUGGUCCACCAGCAGGCCCUAUUAAAAUAAAUGAAGUAAGUAAUAGCUUUGUCACCAUCUCAUGGGAACCACCAGAAUACACAGGUGGUUGUCAAAUCAGAAAUUACAUUGUUGAGAAACGAGACACAACUACCACUGAUUGGCAGAAUGUGUCUGCAACUGUUGUGAGGACAGCUAUCAAAAUUUCCAAGCUAAACACAGGUGCAGAAUACCAGUUCAGAGUCUGUGCUGAAAAUAGGUAUGGAAAAGGUUCAUAUUUAGACUCAUCUGCAGUUGUUGUCCAGUAUCCUUACAAGCCUCCUGGACCCCCAGCCACUCCGUAUGUCACAUCGGCAACAAAAGACCACAUGAUUAUUGAAUGGAAUGAACCAGUCAAUGAUGGGGGCAGUGGAGUGAUUGGUUAUCAUCUUGAAAGCAAAGAAAGAAACAGCAUUUUGUGGACAAAACUAAAUAAGACUCUCAUUACUGACACCACGUUCAAGAUAAUUAAUCUGGAUGAAGGCGCUGGAUAUGAAUUUAGAGUCUAUGCUGAGAAUAUUGUUGGCAUUGGUAGAUCAAGCAAAGUUUCAGAAUGCUUUGUAGCCUGGGAUCCAUGUGAUCCACCUGGUACCCCUGAGCCUAUUACAAUCUCCAAAGACCACAUCACACUUAAGUGGACAAAGCCUCAAUAUGAUGGUGGCAGUAAAGUCACUGGAUACAUUGUUGAAAUGAGGGAAUUGCCUGAAGGUCGUUGGAUGAAGGCAAACUUCACUAAUGUAAUUGAGACUGAAUUUACAAUUACAGGCCUAACAGUAGACCACAAAUAUGACUUUAGAAUUAUUGCAAGAAAUGCAGCUGGUCUUUUCAGUGAGCCCUCUGAAAACACUGGACCAAUCACUGCCACUGAUGAAAUUGAAGCCCCAAGAGCAUCAAUGGACCCAAAAUACAAGGAUAUUAUUCUUGUUUAUGCUGGUGAGACCUUCAUCCUUGAUGCUGAUUUCUAUGGCAAGCCUGUGCCUGAUGUCAUGUGGUUAAAGGAAGAAAAAGAAAUUGAUAAGGCUAUGUCAAGAAUGGAAGUCAAAACUACUAGUAAACACACGAUGCUUGUAAUAAAAGACAGCAUUAGAGUGGACAGUGGACGUUAUGAACUCAGGCUUAGCAAUGCUGGUGGGACAAAAACCAUACCAAUCACAGUGAAGGUUCUGGAUCGACCUGGUCCCCCUGGCGGCCCACUCAACGUGACAGGUGUCACUGCUGAUCAGUGUUACUUGUCCUGGAGUGAUCCUUCACAAGAUGGUGGUGCUAGCAUCUCACACUACAUUAUUGAGAAGAGAGAAACCAGUAGGCUAUCCUGGACUAUCGUUAACUCUAAUGUUAAAUCAGUUGGUUACAAAGUAACCAAGCUCCUGGCUGGCAAUGAAUAUAUCUUUAGAGUCAUGGCAGUAAACAAAUAUGGCAUUGGUGAGCCACUUGAAUCAGAGCCCAUAACAGCUCGCAGCCCAUUUAAGCCACCAAGUGCUCCUUCCAUGCCAGAAGCAAGUGUCAUAACAAGGGAUUCUAUGGUCGUUUCAUGGAAUCAGCCAGAAAAUGAUGGUGGGUCUGAAAUUCAAUGUUACCACAUUGAAAAAUGUGACAAAGAUGGUAUUAGAUGGACAAAAUGCAACAGACAACCUUUGAAAGAUCUGUAUUUUAAAGUAACUGGACUUACAGAAGGACAUUUCUAUGAGUUCCGUGUUUCUGCUGAAAAUGAGGCUGGUGUGGGAGAAGCAAGUGAACCAUCACUGUUCUACAGAGCAUGUGAUGCAACACAACCACCUGGUCCACCAAUUCAUCCUAAAGUGACUGACCACUCUGUUACAACUGUGUCCCUAGCUUGGGGCAAACCACUGAGUGAUGGUGGUGCAUACAUCAAGGGAUACAUUGUUGAGAUGAAAGAAGUUUCUCAGGAAGAAUGGAUUAUAUGCACACCUCCAACUGGUAUACAAUCAACACGAUAUACAGUGACAAAUCUGAAGGAAAAUUCUGAAUAUAACUUCCGCAUCUGUGCAUUUAAUGCGGAAGGUGUGGGAGAGCAUGCCGAUAUACAUGGCUCUGUGGUUGCAGCUGAAAAGGUUGAAGCACCAGAGAUUGAAUUAGAUGUGGACUUGAGAAAAGUUGUUUCUGUACAUGCAGGUGGAACACUUAGGCUGUUUGUCACAAUCAGAGGAAGACCAGAACCUAAAGUCACAUGGGAAAAGGCAGAAGAAGCUCUAACAGAGCGUGCACAAAUUGAAGUCACAAGUUCAUACACUAUGCUUGUCAUUGACAACGUAAACAGAUUUGACAGUGGGAAAUAUGUUUUAACUCUUGAAAAUAAUAGUGGAACAAAAUCAGCAUUUGUCAAUGUCAGAGUGCUGGACUCACCGAGUGCACCUCUCAAAUUUGAAGUCAAAGAUAUCAAGAGAGAUUCCUUAACACUCUUUUGGGAGCCUCCACUUACUGAUGGAGGAGCCAAGAUAACAAACUACAUUGUGGAGAAACGAGAAUCUACAAGAAAAGCUUAUACUACAGUCACAAAUAAUUGUACUCAGAAUUCAUUCCAGGUUAGUGAGCUACAGGAAGGAUGCAUUUACUACUUCCGUGUACGAGCCGUGAAUGAGCAUGGUCUUGGUUUAGCUGUAGAAACUAAAGAUCCAGUCAAGGUUUCUGAAGUGUCAAUGGCACCAGGUAAAAUUUCAGUCAUGGAUGUGACCCGAAACAGUGUGGUUCUUUCUUGGGAGAAACCUGCUCAUGAUGGUGGCAGCAAAAUUCUGUGCUACAAUGUGGAGAUGCUGACUAAGGGCAGUGAUAAGUGGACUGUGUGCACUACAGUUAAGGUCCUGGAAGCAACAAUCACUGGCCUUAAAGCAGGAGAAGAAUAUUCAUUCAGAAUCAUAGCUUUGAAUGAAAAAGGCAAGAGUGACCCAAAAGAACUUGGUGUACCUGUGAUCGCAAAAGACAUUGAAAUUGAACCUUCAAUUGAUCAUUUAUUCAAUACUUACAGUGUGAAGGCAGGGGAUGAUCUUACAGUUGAAGUUCCAUUCAGGGGCAGACCUAAACCAGUCGUUUCAUGGAAGAAGGAUGGACUCCCUCUCAAGCAAACAAGCUCUGUAACCAUUCUGACAUCCCAAACCUCGUCUAAAAUAGACAUCAAAAAAGCCACCAGGGAGCAUGUUGGAAAAUAUGAAAUCACCCUAGCUAAUACAGCUGGCACAAAAACAGCAGAAAUUGGCAUUAUUGUCCUUGACAAACCAGGACCACCAGCAGCAAUUAAAGUAGAUGAAGUAAGUUCUGAAAGUAUAAAACUAUCCUGGAAACCACCAGAGUAUGAUGGUGGAUGUCACAUCAACAACUACAUUGUGGAGAAGAGAGAUACCAGCACUACAGAAUGGCAAAUUGUUUCAGCUACACUUGCUAGAACUGCAAUAAAAGUUUCUCGUUUGACACAUGGAUCAGAAUACCAGUUCCGUGUUUAUGCUGUAAACCGUUAUGGAAAGAGCCCUUAUAUAGAGUCUUCAGGAAUUACUGCACAGUAUACAUGUAAGCAACCUGGUCCACCAGCUACCCCUAGAAUUGCCCAUGCAACAAAGUCCUUUAUGAUUGUUACCUGGAAUGAACCAGUCAAUGAUGGUGGUAGCACAGUUCUUGGAUAUCACCUGGAGUCUAAAGAACGAAGCAGCAUUCUCUGGACUAAGUUGAACAGAGGCAUCAUUACUGACACAGAAUUCAAAGUGACUAGCAUUGAAGAAGGUUUGUUUUAUGAAUACCGUGUCUAUGCAGAAAACAUUGCUGGAAUUGGAAAAUCCAGCAAAGCCUCUGAACUUGUAGCUGCAAGAGAUCCAUGUGAUCCUCCAGGUCAACCAACAGUUACAAAUGUUACUCGAACAUCUGUUUCUCUUUCUUGGACAAAGCCAGAGUAUGAUGGUGGAGCCAAGGUGACUGGUUACAUAAUCGAAAGCAGGGAACUUCCAGAGGGUCGUUGGUUGAAAUGCAAUUUCACUAAUGUCCCAGAAACAUACUUUGAUGUUACAGGCCUUACGGAGAAUCAGAAAUAUGAUUUUCAUGUUAUUGCAAAAAAUGCAGCAGGAUUAUUCAGUGAGCCAUCUGAUAGCACAGGCCCUGUUACAGCUAAAGACGAUGUUGAUCCACCACGAAUCAUGAUGGAUGUAAAGUUCAGAGAUGUUGUUGUUGUGAAAGCUGGUGAUACUUUGAAAAUCAAUGCAGAUAUUGAUGGAAGACCUCACCCAGUUGUUUCAUGGACAAAAGAUGGUAAGGAGUUUGAGCCUCAGGCUAGAGUUCAGAUCUCAUCAACAGCCGGAAGCACCGGAAUAACUGUUAAAGACUGCAUCAGAAGAGACUCUGGGAAGUAUGUUUUGACACUACAGAAUAUUGCUGGAACAAAAUCAAUGGAAGUAAACUGCACAGUCCUUGACAAGCCUGGACCAUCAGCUGGGCCACUGGAAAUCACAGACCUCACAGCUGAAAAAUGUACAUUAACUUGGGGACCUCCUCAAGAGAAGGGGGGAGCAGAAAUCUCUCACUAUAUUGUUCAAAAACGUGAAACAAGUCACCUUGCCUGGACUGUAGUAUAUGGAGACAUGAAAGCUACAAGAUGUUCAGCUACUAAACUUCUCAAAGGCAAUGAGUACAUCUUUAGAGUUCUUGCUGUGAACAAGUAUGGAGUUGGUGAGGCCCUGGAAAGUGAUGCUAUAAAAGUUGUUGAUCCAUUCACAUGUCCAUCUGCACCAACAGAUGUAAAAAUUGCUGCUGUAUCAAGUGAAGCAAUGACAGUCUGCUGGGCAUGCCCAGCGACUGAUGGAGGUAAUGACAUCUGUGGAUAUGUGAUUGAAAGACGUGAGAAAUCAAGUCUGCGUUGGGUUCGUGUAAACAGAAAGCCUGUAUGUGAUCUAGUGGUGCAGGCUACCAAUCUCCGUAAGGGAUCUGAAUAUGAAUUCCGUGUUUAUGCAGAAAAUGCAGCUGGGUUAAGUCCUCCAAGUUUCCCUUCCCAAAUAACUAAAGCAGAAGAUCCAGUGACCCCACCUUCCCCACCAGAAAAACUAAAGGUUAUUGAUUCAACUAAGAACUCUCUCACUGUUCUCUGGAACAAGCCAUUGUUUGAUGGGGGAGCCCCUGUCACUGGAUACAGUGUGGAGUACAAGAAAGCAAAGGAAGAAGACUGGAAGGUAGCUGUUCAGUACACAAGAAACACAGAGUUCACAAUCACUGGACUUGCAUCUGGAGAAGAAUAUAUUUGCGCUGUUAAAUCUAUCAAUAAAAUUGGUCCCAGUGAACCAAAAAUAACAGCUGAGCCCCAGAUAGCUCAGGAUAGAGAAGAAGAGCCAGUAUUUGAUGUUGAUAUUGAAAUGCGCAAGACUUUGAUUGUGAAACAUGGUAGCUCAUUUACUUUGACUGUCCCCUUCAGGGGACGACCAGUACCUAGUGUAACAUGGAAUAAAGAAGAUGUAGAUCUGAAAGUAAGAGCAAGUACAGAUACAAGUUAUACCUGCACAUCAAUUACAUUAGAGAAAGCUACAAGAUAUGACUCUGGAAAGUACACUGUAACACUACAGAAUAGUGUUGGAACAGCUGCUUUGACAAUGGAGGUUAAAGUUCUUGAUUCUCCUGGGCCACCAGGUCAUGUUCAGAUUAAGGAUGUCACCAAGGACUCUGUUACAGUGACAUGGGAGGCACCAGAAAAUGAUGGUGGUGACCCUGUUAAGAACUAUCAUGUUGAGAAACGUGAAGCUAGCAAAAAGGCAUGGGUGAACAUCACAAACAACUGCCAUCAUUUUAGCUAUAAAGUGACAGAUCUGCAAGAAGGAGCCAUCUACUACUUUAGAGUGAUUGGAGAAAAUGAAUUUGGAGUUGGUGUGCCUUCUGAGACCAAAGAUGGAACUAAGAUUACAGAAAAGCCAAGCCCACCGCCAAGGUUUGGUGUCACUGAAGUCACAAAAGAUAGCAUUUCGCUGUCAUGGAGUAAACCAGAGCAUGAUGGAGGAAGCAGAAUCACCAGUUAUUUAAUUGAAGCUGUUGAAAAGGGUCAACAAAAGUGGGUGAAAUGUGCCGUAGUAAAGGCUACCAGUCACACUGUCCGAAGCCUAAGGGAAAAUGCUGAAUACUUCUUCAGAGUUCGAGCUGAAAACCAUGCAGGUCUCAGUGAUCCCAAAGAAAUGAUUGUCCCUGUGAUUGUAAAAGAUCAACUUGAAUCCCCUGAGUUUGACAUGAAGAAUUUCCCUCAUAAUACUGUCUAUGUGAGAGCUGGAUCAAACCUGAAGUUUGAGCUCCCUCUUAAUGGAAAACCUAUUCCAAAGGUUACACUUUCAAGGGAUAAAAUUGCUGUGAAAUCAACAAAGCGUUUCAACUAUGAAGUAAAUCCGGAGGGUCUCAUUUUUAAUCUUCAAGAAAGUGUUGCUAAUGAUGCAGGCACAUAUGACAUCAUUGCUUCUAAUACAAGUGGAACUACCAAGUCAUUUGUUAAAAUUGUGGUUCUGGAUAGACCUGGCCCCCCAGCUGGUCCUGUAGAAAUUAGUGAUGUCACUGGAACAAGCUUAGUCCUCAAAUGGCUUCCUCCUACGUAUGAUGGCGGUAGCCCAGUUACCAACUACGUCAUCCUCAGGCGUGAAACUAGCACUCCUACUUGGACAGAGGUGUCAUCUACUGUAGCAAGAAGCACAAUAAAAAUAAAAAAGCUGACUAAAGGAGAGGAGUAUCAGUUCAGGAUCAAGGCAGAGAAUCGAUUUGGCAUCAGUGAUCACAUUGAUUCUCAGACUGUGACAGCGAAGCUCCCAUACACAAUCCCGGGACCCCCAUCAACACCAUGGGUGCAUUUUGUUUCAAGGGAGAGUCUAACUGUCUGCUGGAAUGAGCCUGUCUCAGAUGGUGGAAACCCUGUGUUUGGAUACCAUUUACAGAUGAAAGAGAGAAGCAGUGUACUUUGGCAGAAGAUGAACAAAACUGCUAUCAGUACAACACAAUUCAGAGUAACAAAUAUAUGCCCUGGCUCAAUUUACGAGUUCAAGGUGGCAGGGGAAAAUGCAGCUGGCAUUGGCAAAUUCAGCAAAACAUCAGAUGAAGUGCUUGCAAUUGAUGCCUGUGAGCCUCCAGCCAAUGUCCGUAUUGCUGAGAUUAGAAAGAGCUCUAUCAGUCUCACUUGGCAGAAGCCUCCUUAUGAUGGUGGUAGCAAAAUCACUGGCUACUCUGUUGAAAGGAGGGAUGGACCUAAAGGCAGAUGGACAAAGGCUAAUUUCACCAAUGUCAUUGACACUAAUUUCACCGUGUCUGGAUUGAACGAGGGAGAAUCCUAUGAAUUCAGAGUCUUUGCUAAGAAUGCAGUUGGUUCCAUCAGUAACCCAUCUCUUAUUGCUGGACCAGCCACAUGCAUUGAUACUCAAGGUGCACCAGAAAUUGACCUACCUCCAGAAUAUUUGGAUGUUGUCACAUACAAAGCUGGAACAGCUAUCAAGAUUAGUGUGGGAAUAAUUGCUAAACCCUUGCCCACAAUUGAAUGGUUCAAGGAUGGAAAGGAAUUGAAAUCAAGUAGUAAGCUGUCAGUUGAGAGCACCUCAGAUACCUCAGGCAUCCUCAUCAAGGAUGCUACUCGUCUGAAUACAGGAACAUAUGAAAUCAAAAUCAAGAAUGCUUUGGGCUCCGCCUCUGCCUCUGUCAGAGUACAAAUUCUGGAUAAACCUGGACCUCCUGCUGGAAUUAUUCAAUUCACGAUGGUCACUGCAGACAAGAUUGCCUUAAUGUGGGAUCCUCCAGCAGAUGACGGUGGUGCACCAGUAACACAUUACAUUGUGGAAAAACGAGAGACAAGCAGAACUGUAUGGUCUGUCAUAUCCGAAGAACUGGAAAAAUGUCAUGUGUCUGUUGACAAACUUCUCAGAGGCGAUGAAUAUGUAUUCCGCGUUAGGGGUGUCAACAAGUAUGGAAUUGGAGAUCCUUUGGAAUCUGAGCCAGUUAUUGCAAAGAAUUCAUUUGUAACGCCCGGACAGCCUUCUACGCCUGAGGUCACAGAAAUUACCAGAACAACAAUGGUAGUGGUCUGGGAGAGACCUGGUGUGGAUGGUGGCAGUAAUGUCACUGGUUACUAUCUUGAAAAACGUGAGAAGAAAAGCCUGCGGUGGUUCAGUGUUCUCAAAGAUCCUAUUUCAGAGACAACAUAUAAAGUCCACAGUCUUACAGAGGGAAAUUGCUAUCAAUAUCGUGUCUGCGCUAUCAAUAAAGCAGGAGAAGGUCCAUUUUCAAAUGUUUCUGACUUCUACAAAGCAGCUGAUCCAGUUGACCCACCAGAUGCACCAAGCAAACUUAAAGUGGUUGACUCAACUAAAACAUCUAUCACCCUUGGGUGGAGCAAGCCAGAAUAUAAUGGAGGUAGUGAGAUCACCAGCUACACUAUUGAACAAAUGGUGGCUGAAGAAAAUGAAUGGACUGUCAUUAGUUCCAAGGGUGAAGUCAGAACCACAGAGUAUGUGGCAUCAAACCUUAAACCUGAAAUUGACUACUACUUCCGUGUAUCAGCUGUUAACUGUGCUGGACGUGGAGAGCCAAUUGAGAUGACUGAGCCAGUACAAGCUAAGGAUAUUCUUGAGGAAGCUCAGAUUGAUCAUGAUGUUGCCAUGAGAACUCAUUAUACAGUGAAGGCAGGAACUGAUGUGGAGAUCAUAAUUCCACUCAAGGGCAGACCCACACCAAAUGUGACCUGGAAGAGGGGAGAUAAGAACAUUGACAACGACCCAAAAUAUGAAAUUCAUAGCACGGACUCUUCAACUGUCCUGCUCAUUCCACAGGUCACUCGUGAUGACACAGACAAAUAUCUUCUUGAAAUUGAAAAUGGGGUGGGAGAGCCAAAGACAUUAGUUGUAUCAGUUAAAGUGCUUGACACUCCGUCUGCUUGUCGGAAUUUAUCUUUGAAGGAUGUCACUCGUGGCAAAGUAACACUGAGUUGGGAACCACCUCUUCUCAAUGGCGGUGCUGAAGUUACUAAUUACAUAAUUGAAAAAAGAGAGUCAAGCAAAAGAGCGUACUCGACUGUAACAACUAAGUGUAUGAACACAACAUACACGAUCGAAGAACUCUCUGAGAAAGCGUCUUUCUUUUUCCGUGUGGCAGCUGAGAAUGAAAAUGGUGUGGGUGAUAAAUGUAGCACAAAAGAGCCAGUUAAGGCAACUGAGACACCUGGACCAGUCAAAGAUCUUUCUUUGAAGGACUCCACUAAAUCGUCAGUUACUCUACAGUGGAUGAAGCCUGAUUAUGAUGGUGGUAGCAUCAUAACAGAAUAUGUUAUUGAGAAGAAACUUAAGGGUGAAGAGGAAUGGACACUUGCAGGCACCAGCAAACAUUUGGAAUAUGAGGUCAAAAAGCUAAAAGAACUUGCAGUUAUGGAUUUCAGAGUUUGCUCCAAGAAUGAGAAAGGACAGAGUGAUUUCACAAAAGUUGGACCUAUAACAGUGAAAGAUUUUAUUAUUCCACCAGAGGCUAACCUUGAAGAUUAUCCAAGUGGUGAAAUCCGUGUACGCAUUGGACAUAAUGUGCACAUUGAGUUACCAUAUAAGGGUAAACCAAGACCAACCCCACUGUGGUUGAAAGACAAUCUACCUUUGAAAGAGAGUGAACAGAUCCGCUUUAAGAAAACAGAGAACAAAGUUACUCUCAUGAUUAAGAAUGUACGAAAAGAAAAUGGGGGGAAAUACACACUGACCCUUGACAACAAUUUCAGUAGGAAAUCGUUCCAUUUACACGUCAUUGUUCUAGGACCACCCUCUAAGCCUGUAGGUCCCAUCAGAUUGGAUGAAAUACGGGCAGAAAGUAUCAUAAUAUCAUGGGAUGAACCAAAUGAUGAUGGAGGUGGAGAUAUCACCUGCUACAGUGUGGAGAAACGUGAUACUUCCCAGAAUGAUUGGAAAAUGGCUUGUUCAAGUGUAGUAGGGACAACAUUUAAAGUACCAAACUUGAUAAAAGGAACACAAUAUCAGUUCAGAGUAUGUGCGGAAAAUCAAUAUGGUGUAAGUGAACAUUUGCUUUCCCAAAAUGUGAUAGCCAAACAUGAGCAUCGACCACCAGGGCCCCCAGGGAGACCAGUUGUGUACAAUAUUACAAAUGAUGGCAUGACUAUUCAGUGGGAAGCACCUAUUUAUGAUGGUGGCUCACCAGUCACAGGAUUCCAUGUUGAAAAGAAGGAGAAGAACAGUGUCUUGUGGCAGAAAGUAAAUAUUGUAGUAAUAACUGGAAGGGAUUACAGAAUCCUUGGCCUCAUUGAAGGACUGGAAUAUCAGUUCCGAGUGUAUGCACAGAACAAUGCCGGCUUCAGCCGUGUCAGCGAAGCAUGCAAGCUCGCCAUGGCAGUUUCUCCUGUUGACCAGCCUGGUACACCAGACUAUAUUGACAUAACAAGUGAUUCUGUUACACUAAAAUGGGAUGCACCCAAACGCGAUGGAGGUAGCAAAAUUGUGGCCUAUAAUGUAGAGAAACGUCAAGGACAAGGCCGUUGGCUGAAAAGCAACUUCACUGAUGUCAGUGAAUGCCAGUUCACAGUGAUGGGCCUUGCCUGUGGUGAGCGCUAUGAAUUCAGAGUCAUUGCCAGAAAUGCCAUUGGUACAGUUAGUCCACCUUCACAGUCUUCUGGUUACAUUGUCGUCAGAGAUGAAAGUGUUUGUCCAAACAUUGAGUUUGGAAAGGAGUACUUUGAGGGUCUUACUGUCAAAGCUGGAGAUCCUAUUAGGCUUAAAGUCAUCAUUACUGGGCGACCUGUACCUCAAGUCACAUGGCUUAAAGAUGGAAUGGAAAUUGGCAAGAAGUUUGAUAUCACAACCAUCACUGGUUCAAGCACGUUAUUCAUCAGAGAUGCUGAUCGUAGUCAUCGUGGUGUUUAUACUGUGGAAGCUAAAAAUAACUCUGGAACAAAGAAGGAGGCUAUUAAUGUCAAAGUCCUAGAUACACCUUGUGAACCUGAAGGCCCGAUUCUUUUCACAAACAUCUCAGAUGGAAUAGCAACUCUGUCAUGGAACCCUCCUGCAAAUGACGGGUGUUCUGAAAUUACCCAUUAUAUUAUUGAAAGACGUGAGACUUCCAGAAUAUCCUGGUCAGUUGUCACAGACAGUUGUGCGGAAUGCUCAUUCAAUGCUACAAAGCUGAUCAAAACCAAUGAGUACCAGUUCCGUGUGUCUGCAGUUAACAAGAUUGGUGUAGGGAGACGACUGGACUCCAGCCCUAUCAUUGCACAAAUUCAAUUCACUGUUCCAGAUGCUCCUGGUACACCUGACUCAACUAGCAUCACAGGAGACAGCAUUACCCUUUCAUGGACAGCACCAAAAUCUGAUGGUGGAAAUGAAAUCAAACAUUAUAUAAUACAACAACGAGAGAAGAAGAGUAUACGUUGGGUAAAAGUAUCUUCAAAGAAACCAAUUAUUGAGCCUGCACACAGAGUGACAAACCUUACUGAGGGGAUCGAAUAUGAAUUCUGUGUAAUGGCUGUAAAUGAUGCAGGCAUUGGACCUGCUAGCAACAUAUCACUACCAAUACUAUGUAGUGAGCCAAAAGGCACACCCAGUGCUCCUACUGUGGUGAAUGUAACAGAUUCCACAAAGACAUCUGUUAGUCUAGAAUGGACGAAACCACUGUAUAAUGGUGGAAUGGAGAUCACUGGAUAUAUCAUUGAGAUGUGCAAAACGGGUGAAGAAGAAUGGAAAAAAGCUAAUGUAGAAAAUUGCACCAGCACACUAUAUACUGCAACUGAUCUGGAAGAUGGUGGAGAAUAUAUGUUCCGUGUCUGUGCUGUAAAUAAUAUUGGAAAGGGAAAAACCUGUGAAAUUCCAGACCCAGUACAAGCUGUUGACAGACUUAUGGCUCCAGAAAUUUGCAUUGAUGCAAGCUUCAAGCAGACACAUGUUGUGAAGAAUGGAGAAAGUGUCCAUCUUCAUAUUAAUUUCAAAGGAAGACCUACCCCUCAAGCUACGUGGGCUAAAGCAGAUGGAGACCUUGGUGUGAUGGCAGAUAUCACUAUAACAGAAACAUCUAGUACCUUAACCAUCGAGAACUGUAAUAGAUAUGAUUCUGGACAGUAUACACUCUCCCUUGAGAACAGCAGUGGCUCCAAAUCUAUUACAUUUACUGUAAAGGUUCUAGACACACCUGGACCACCAGCUCCACUUACAUUCAAGGAUGUUACAAGAGGAGCAUUGACAUUGAUGUGGGAUGCACCUGCUAAUGAUGGGGGAGCCCGUAUUCUUCAUUACAUUGUUGAGAAACGUGAGGCAAGCCGUCGUAGUUGGCAGGAAGCUGGAGGAAAAUGCAUUCAUCCAACACUCAAAGUUAGUGGUCUUCUAGAAGGUGUACCAUACUUCUUCAGAGUCUUUGCAGAAAACCAGUAUGGCCAAGGUGAAGCAUAUGAAAUGCCUGAUCCAAUUAUUGCAACUGCAGAACCUGCUCCACCUAAGAGAUUGGAUAUUGUAGAUACAACAGACUCUACUGCUACCCUUGCCUGGUUAAAACCUGAACAUGAUGGUGGAAGUCGUAUCACAGGGUACAUUGUGGAAACUAAAGCAAAGGACAGUGACAAAUGGAUUGUUGGUGGUCACACAAAUAACCUGUACACAGUUAUUGAGGGAUUAGUGACGAGCACAGAAUAUGAAUUCCGUGUAAAGGCUGCAAAUGAUGCCGGUUACAGUGAACCAAGAGAUGCAUUUGCCUCUGUUAUCAUUAAAGAGCCUCAGAUUGAACCAACUGCUGAUCUGAGUGGUAUCACCAACCAGCUAAUUACAUGCAAGGCGGGCGGCACUUUCACCAUUGAUGUCCCUAUUAGUGGCAGACCAGCUCCUAAGGUAAUGUGGAAGCUUGAGGAAAUGAGACUCAAGGAAACAGACAGGGUCUCCAUUAAAACCACCAAAGAUAGGACUACAUUAUCAGUCAAAGACUCCAUGAGAGGUGAUGGUGGCAGAUAUUAUCUCACUCUUGAAAACGUCACAGGAGCUAAGACUUUCACAGUCACUGUCAAUGUCAUUGGCAGACCUAGUCCACCCACUGGUCCGAUUGAAGUUUCAUCAAUAACAUCAGAGUCCUGUGAGUUGUCGUGGGAAGAACCUGAAGAUGAUGGUGGAACUGACAUCACCAACUACAUUGUGGAGAAACGGGAAUCUGGCUCAACUGCUUGGCAGCUUGUGAAUUCAAGUGUGAAACGGACAACACUCAGUGUCUCCCAUCUGACUAAAUACAUGCAGUACACUUUCCGUGUCUGUGCAGAAAACAGAUUUGGUGUGAGCAAAUCUACUGAAUCUGAAACCAUUGUUGCUGAGCAUCCAUUUGUUCCACCAAGCCCACCAACACGACCAGAGGUAUUCUCUGUUACUGCAAAUUCUAUGGGAAUUCGCUGGGAAGAGCCAUUCCAUGAUGGUGGCAGUAAGGUGAAUGGAUAUUGGAUUGAAAAGAAGGAACGUAACACAAUCCUUUGGGUGAGGGAGAACAAGAUCCCAUGCUUUGAGUGCUACUAUGAAGUAGCUAAUCUUGUUGAAGGCCUUGAGUACCAAUUCAGAGUUUAUGCAAUGAAUGCGGCUGGUCUGAGCAAAGCCAGUGAAGCUUCAAAACGGGCAGUAGCACAGAAUCCUGUUGGUCCUCCUGGCAAACCAGAAGUGACUGCUGUGUCAAGCUCCACAGUAUCAAUAAAAUGGUCUGUACCACUUAUUGAUGGCGGCAGCCCAAUUGUUGGAUACAUUAUUGAGCGCAAGCCAUACACUGCCACUGGAGAAGGACGCUGGCUGAAGUGCAACUACACAAAUGUUACAGAAACAAACUUCACUAUAACAGCACUGGGUGAGGAGGAAGAGUAUGAGUUCCGUGUCAUUGCGAAGAAUGGUGUUGGAGUGCUCAGCACACCCUCACCAUCAACAGGAGCUGUGAUGUGCAAGGCUGAAUACACACCUCCUAAGGCUGAGCUGGUCAGCAAACUUCUCACAGAUACUGUCACAAUUAGAGCUGGGUCAGACCUUGUGCUUGACGCUGCUGUUGGAGGCAAACCUCAACCAAAAGUCUUCUGGGCUAAAGGGGAGAAAGAACUUGAGCUCUGUGAGAAGUACUGUUUGCAGUACACCAGCACACGUGCUAUGGCUAUUAUCAAGUUCUGUGACAGAAAUGACUCUGGAAAGUAUGUCCUAACAGUAAAGAAUGCCAGUGGUAUUAAGACAGCUGCUGUCAAUGUUAAAGUACUUGAUACACCUGGGCCAUGUGAGGGCAACAUCACAAUAAGCAAUGUGUCAGAGAACAAAUGUACAGUGUCCUGGAAUGCACCUUUGGAGGAUGGUGGAGACGCAAUCUCCCACUACAUUGUUGAGAGACGUGAUACCAACAGACUGAAUUGGGUGAUAAUGGAGUCUGAGUCCAAGGCCCUUUCUUGUAUCAUUACCAGAAUGAUAAAGAACAAUCAGUACAUAUUCCGUGUUAAAGCUGUAAACAAGUAUGGACCUGGUGAACCAAUACAGUCUGAACCUGUCUUUGCCAGAAACACAUUCACUGUCCCAUCACCUCCUGGACCACCAGAACUUAUUGCUGUUGGAAGAGAUCAUGCUAUUAUUGAAUGGCUGAAACCUGAAAGUGAUGGUGGCAGUGAAAUUAAUACUUACCUUGUGGAGAAACGUGACAGGAAGAGUGUCAGGUGGAUCAAAGUUAACAGAGAUAUUACUACCACAGAUACAAGAUACAAAAUCACAGAUCUUCUGGAGGGCAGUAUUUAUCAGUUCCGUGUCACAGCUAUUAAUGCAGCUGGUGAGAGUGAACCAAGUGAAAUAUCAUUGUAUGCUGUCUGCCGGGAAGCGACAUCUACUCCUGCACCUCCAUCAGUUCCCCGUGUUGCGGAUACAACUAAGAGCAGUAUUAGUCUGGUAUGGACUAGACCAGUGGAUGAUGGUGGGGCUGAGUUAAUUGGAUAUGUCCUUGAGAUGCAAGAGGAAGGAACAGACCAGUGGACCAGAGCUCAUGAAAAGAAUUUGAGAAACGCAGAGUACACUGCAACUGGCCUUGAUAGCUCCAAGAAGUAUAGCUUCAAAGUGGCUGCAGUUAAUGUCAACGGUGUGGGUGAAUUCAGUGAACCAUGCACAACAACUGAACCAGUGGAAAGAAUCGAAACUCCUGACCUUGAGCUUGAUGAUGACUUGAAGAAGACUGUCUGCUUGAGAGCUGGAGGUUCUCUUCGUCUUUUUGUGACUUUAACUGGAAGACCGGUUCCAGUAAUCACAUGGAGCAAACCCGGUGUAGAUCUCCAGAAUCGUGGAUUUAUUGAAGUAACAAGCAGUUAUACAACCUUGUUAAUUGAUAAAGUCCAUCGCUAUGAUGCAGGAAAAUACACAGUUGAGGCUGAGAAUCCUUCUGGAAAGAAGUCAGCCACGAUUCUCGUCAAGAUCUAUGACACACCUGGGCCACCUGGGCCAAUAAAGAUUAAAGAACUCACAAAGGAUGCUGCUGUCAUUACAUGGGAUGCCCCAAGUGUUGAUGGGGGAGCACCAGUCAAUAACUACAUCGUCGAGAGACGAGAUGCGUCUAUGAGAGCUUAUAAAACGGUGACAUGCAAAUGCAGCAAGACAGCAUACAAAAUAACUGGACUGACAGAGGGAAUGCUGUACUACUUCAGAGUCUGGCCAGAAAACAUAUAUGGAAUUGGUGAAGCCUGUGAAACUGAUGAUGUGGUUCUGGUGUGUGAAGUUCCAAUGGUCCCACAGAAAUUGGAAGUUGUGGAUGUAACUAAGUCAACUGUGAUAUUAGCAUGGGAGAAACCAAUGCAUGAUGGUGGCAGCAGACUUACUGGCUAUAUCAUUGAAGCCUGCAGAUCUGGAACAGACAAAUGGAUGAGGGUGGCUACUUUGAAAUCAACAGACUUUGAGCAUACUGUUGUUUCACUGAAUGAGAAAGAACAAUACCUAUUCAGAGUGAAAGCUGUAAACAGCAGGGGAGCCAGUGAACCCAGAGAGAUUGUAACUGCUAUAACUGUCGAAGAACAAAGAGUGCUGCCCAAGAUAGAUCUUUCUAGCCUUUCUAACAAGAUAAUCAAUGUACAAGCUGGGAAAGUACUGGAGCUCCACAUUCCAAUCAUUGGCAGACCUCCUCCAGUUUGCUCAUGGUACUUUGGUGAUACUAAGAUGAAGGUAACUGAGCGUGUAAAAAUUCAGACCACAGGAAAAUACACAAAAUUGACUGUGCAAGACACCACAAUUGAUGACACAGGUGAAUACAUGCUGGAGGUAAAGAAUGCCACAGGAAUUGCCACUGAAACCAUCAAAGCCAUCAUUCUUGCUAAGCCUGAUGAGCCCACUGGGCCAGUAAGGGUCGAUGAGGUGGAUGCCACAUCUGUUACAAUCAGCUGGGACCCACCUCUCAGGGAUGGAGGGGCACCCAUCAGUGGUUAUGCUGUUGAACAGCGCGAUGCUCACCGUCCAGGAUGGCUCCCUGUGUCAGAAUCUGUUAGUCGACCCACAUUCAAGUUCACCAGAUUGACUGAGGGAGAUGAAUACGUGUUCCGUGUUGCUGCAACAAAUCGUUUUGGUACUGGAUCAUUCUUGCAAUCUGAAAUUAUCCUUUGCAAGAGUGCUAAGUCCUUACCAGGGCCACCAGGCAGGCCAGAGGUAUUUGAUGUAUCCCGUGACGGGAUGACUGUUGCCUGGUUCCCACCUGAGGAUGAUGGUGGCUCCAAGGUGUCUGGAUAUAUCAUUGAGCGCAAGGAGGUCAGAUCUGAUAGAUGGGUGCGUGCUAAUAAGAAUCCAGUGACAAUGACAAGAUACAGAUCAACGGACCUUAUUGAAGGCUUAGAAUAUGAACACAGAGUAACAGCUAUCAACUCAAGAGGAAUUGGCAAGCCCAGCCUUCUCUCUAAACCAGCAGUGGCAACGGAUCCCGUUGAUCCACCUGGCACACCACAAAAUCCAAGAGUUACAGGCACCACUCAGACAUCCGUAUCUCUGGCCUGGAAUCCCCCUGAUGAAGAAGGUGGCUUCAAGGUUUCUGGAUACCUGAUUGAGAUGCAGAAGGUUGGCCAGUUUGAAUGGAUCAAAUGUAACACAACACCCUCACUUAUCUGUGAAUACACAUUGACACAAAUGCCACAAGGAGCUGAAUUCAAGUUCCGGAUUAGGGCAUGCAAUGCUGGUGGAUCUGGCGAGCCAGCUGAAGUCCCAGGAACUAUAAAAAUUACAGAAAUGCUUGAAUCUCCUGAUUAUGAGCUGGAUGCGAAAUACAAGGACGGAUUCAUUGUCAGACAGGGGGCAGUUGUCAGACUUAACAUACCCAUUAAGGGGAAACCAAUCCCUACCUGCAAGUGGACAAAAGAUGGCUGUGAAAUUUCUCACAGAGCCAUGAUUGCAUCUAGUGAUGAUCUUGCUGAGCUUGUGGUCAAGGAAGCUCAGAAAGAAGAUAGUGGAAAAUAUAAGCUUCUUCUGGAAAAUAAGUGUGGCAAGAAAGAAGUACACAUCAGUGUGAAAGUUGUUGGAUACCCGGAUGCACCUCAAGGUCCACUUGAAUUUUCUGACAUCCAUGCUAACUCCGUAAGAGUGAGUUGGAAAGCUCCUGCAAAUGAUGGUGGCUCUGAAGUUCUGGGUUACAUCGUUGAGAGACGAGAAGUUACUAAGGCAGCCUGGCACACUGUAGAUUCAAGAGUGACUGAAACAUCUUUGGUAGUCAAGGGAUUGAAGGAAAAUGUUGAGUACCACUUCAAAGUAACAGCUGAGAACCAGGUCGGCAUGAGCAAAACCUUAAAAUCAGACACUCCCGUUACACCAAGGACACUUCUAUGUCCACCAGAAACUUCAAGUAAUCCACCAGAAAUUGUGGAUGUCACAAAGAGCUCUGUUGCUCUGGCAUGGGCCAGACCCAAAGAAGAUGGUGGCUCCCGCAUUACUGGAUACUACAUUGAAUAUAGAGAGGUGUCCACUGAUAAGUGGGAGCGCUAUGAGACGCAAAUCAGCACUACGAUGUACACACUCACUGGACUUACACCUGACAAAGAUUAUCAGUUCCGUAUCAUUUCUCGAAAUGAUGUUGGGGAAAGUGAGCCAGGGCCUCCAUCUGAUGCAGUUGUGUGCAAGGAUCCAUUUGAUAAACCAAGCCAGCCAGGUGAAAUAGAUAUAGAUAUGGUAACCAAAGAUUACAUCACCAUUCGCUGGGCAUGCCCUGAAUGUGAUGGUGGAAAGGAGAUCCUGGGGUACUGGAUUGAAUACAGAAAAUCUGGAGAAACGACCUGGAAGAAGUGCAAUAAGGAGCGUUCAAAGGAAAGAAUAUUCACCAUGGGUGGCCUUAUGGAAGCUACUGAAUAUGAAUUCAGAGUAUUUGCUGAAAAUGAAACUGGAAUCAGCAGACCACGCAGAACAGCUAUGGGCAUCAAAACCAAAUUGAGUGUUGGAAGUGAACCAAGCCUCAGGAAAGAAAUGGAGGAGGGCACUGCUAAGCUGGGAGAGUCAGGCAUACUGAAAUGUCAGAUCAUUGGCAGACCUCUCCCAGAUAUCAAAUGGUAUAAAUCUGGAAAGGAGCUAACCCAGUGUCGCAAAUAUGCAAUGACCUCUGAUGGUCGCAACCAUUCAUUAACAAUUGCAACAGACCAACAAGAAGAUGAAGGCGAAUACACAUGUAAAGCCAUCAAUGAAGCUGGGGAAGUAGAAACCACUGGUAAACUCAUCUUGCAGGCUCCCCCUCAGAUCCAUCCUGGAUUCCCAUUGAAAGAAAAAUAUUAUGCAGCAUGUGGGACAACCUUGCGUCUACAUGUGUCAUACAUUGGACGCCCAGAGCCUAAGAUCAUGUGGUUCCAUAACAACAAGCCUCUAGAGUCUUCUGAAAGUGUUAUCAUUGAAAACACAGAGUAUUAUACUCAUCUUGUCUUAAAGAAUGUUCAGAGAAAGACUAAUGCUGGAAACUAUAAAGUCUGGUUCAGAAACCACUUGGGCACUGUGGACACUGUACUCAAUGUUGAAAUCCAAGAUAAGCCAUCUGUGCCUGAAGGACCAAUUUCUCUUGAUGCUCUAAUGAAGAAUUCGGUGAUCAUUAGCUGGAAGCCUCCUGCAGAUGAUGGUGGAACAAUGAUUUCAAACUACAUUGUCGAGAAACGUGAAAAUAGAGAAGAUGAACAAUGGCACUUAGUGUCAUCCUCAAUCUCAGGAACAUCCUGCCGUGUUGCAAACCUCAUUGAAGGAGCUGAAUAUCAUUUCCGCGUUUCAGCUCAAAAUCGACAUGGCAGCAGUGACCCACUGGAGACUCCUACUCCAUUCAUAAUUAAGAGUCAGUUAGGUAAACCAGGAAUUCCACUGAAGCCAGUUGUCUCUGGCGUGACAAAGGAUUCUUGUAUUGUGUCUUGGAAGCCACCUACAAGCGAUGGAGGUUCCAAAAUAAGAAAUUAUUGCCUAGAGAAGAAAGAGAAGAAACAAGACCAGUGGAUUUCCGUGACUGCUGAUGAAAUCCAUCAAACAGUCUACUCUGUAAAAGGUCUCAUUGAAGGAUCAGAGUAUGAAUUCAGAGUCAAAUGUGAAAAUUUGGCUGGAGAGAGUGAGUGGAGUGAAACAUCUUUACCUAUUGUUGCAAAAGCACAUGUAGAGGUAGUUGCUCCUGGCUUCAAAGAAGAGCUGAGAAACAUGAGUGUCAAAUACCUGAGCAAUGCAACAUUUGUUUGCAAGAUAACUGGACAGCCUAAACCUGUAGUGAAAUGGUUCAAACGUGGAAAAGAAAUUCAGCCUGAUGGACAGAAAAUUAAAGUGCAGGAAUUCAAAGGUGGCUAUCAUCAACUUGUCAUCUCUGCUGCUGAUGAAGAAGAUUCCACUGUGUAUCAAGUCAGAGCCACAAACCAAGGUGGAUCAAUUGCAGCAUCUGUCUCUCUGGAUGUUGAAGUUCCAGCUAAGAUUAAUCUGCCCAAACAUCUGCAAGACAAGGAAGCUGUCCCUGCCCUCCGAGGUGAAGUGAUCAGCAUCAAGAUUCCAUUCAUUGGCAAACCAGACCCUGUAAUCACAUGGCAGAAGGGACAAGACCUAAUUGAUACCAACGGGCACUAUCAAGUGAUUGUGACAAGAUCUUUUACCUCACUUGUAUUUUCCAAUGGAGUUGAAACAAAUGAUGCUGGUUUCUACAUUGUUUGUGCAAAGAACAGAUUUGGCAUUGAUCAACAGACAAUUGAACUUGAUGUUGCGGAUGUGCCUGAUGCACCCAGAGGUAUUAAAGCCAGUGAUGUCUCCAGGGACUCUGUCUGUCUGAAUUGGUGCGCUCCUGCUAAUGAUGGUGGAAGCAAGGUGACCAACUACAUUGUGGAGCAGUGUGCCACUACAGCUGAGAGAUGGGUCCGUGUUGCUCAGUCUCGUGACACCCGUUACACUGUCAUUAAUCUUUUUGGCAAGACAAGUUACCAAUUCCGUGUCAUUGCUGAAAACAAAUUUGGCCAGAGUGCACCAUCUGAACCAACUGGUCCUGUUGUUACAAAGGAAGACAAAUCAAGAGUAUUAAACUAUGAUGAGGAAGUCGAUGAAACCAGAGAGGUCAUAAAGGGCAAAGCUCCUCACUCAGAUGCCAAGAAUGUGCAUAACAAAUAUAUGAUUGCAGAAGAGCUAGGACGUGGGCAGUAUGGUAUUGUUCACAGAUGUGUAAAAACCAGCUCCAAGAAGACAUUUAUGGCUAAAUUUGUGAAAGUGAAGGGUGCAGAUCAGGCAUUUGUGAAGAAAGAAAUUGCAACACUCAAUGUGGCUCGACAUAAGAACUUCUUGAAUCUCCAUGAAUCCUUUGACUGUCCUGAAGAAUUAGUCAUGAUUUAUGAAUUCAUCUCAGGUGUGGACAUUUUCGAACGCAUUAGCAUUGGCAACUUUGUGCUCACAGAACAAGAAAUUGUUAGGUACAUAAGACAAGUAUGUGAGGCUCUUGAGUUCUUACACAGUCAAAGCUAUGGUCACUUCGACAUCAAGCCUGAAAACAUUGUAUUCACUUCAAGGCUGAGUAGAAACAUCAAGAUUAUUGAGAUGGGCCAGGCUAGGCACCUGACACCUGGAGAAAUAAUAAAAGUUCAAUUUACUGCAGCUGAGUACUGUGCACCUGAAAUCCAUCAGCAAGAAAUGGUCAGCACUGUAACUGACAUGUGGUCAGUUGGUGUUCUGGUUUAUGUGCUUCUCAGUGGACUAAAUCCAUUCACUGCUGAAACAAACCAGCAAAUGAUAGACAACAUCUCAAAUGCUGAUUAUAGUUUCGAUGAUGAAGCUUUCAAGGAGGUCAGUAUUGAGGCAUUAGACUUUGUGUACAGACUUCUGACUAAAGACCGUAAGCAUCGUAUGACUGCUGCCCAAGCCUUGGAACAUCCUUGGUUGACAAUGAACACAGAACAGCUCAGUAACAAAGCUAUUAAGGUCACAAGACACAAAAGAUACUACCAGACUCUGAUGAAGAAAGAAUGGAACGUGGUUGUUUCUGCAGCUCGAGUUGCAUACGGUGGUGCUAUCAGAAGUCAGAGAGGUGUCACAUUUAGCAAAGUGAAGAUUGCACCAUUUGAACAUGGUCCAGUUGCUGGUCAAGUCCGGCACAAUAUUGCUGAUGAGGGAGAUAAUGUAAAAUUCAUCUGCAAUAUUGAGAACUAUGACAGCACCACCGAAGUAACUUGGUAUUGCGGAGUUAAACAGCUGGAGCCAAGUGAUAAGUAUGAAAUUAGUUAUGAAGAUGGAAUAGCUACCCUGUCUGUCAAGGGAGUUAACAGAGCAGAUGAUGGCACCUACAGAUGUAAAAUUGUUAAUGAGUAUGGUGAGGACAGUGCCUACGCAGAGCUCUUUGUCAAAGGUGUCAGAUCUUGUCGUGACUACUUCAUUGUACGCAAAGUGAAGAAAGUAAAGCGCCGAGUAGACACAGCAAGACUACUUCAGAGACCGCCUGAGUUUACCCUCCCACUGUUCAGUCAUACUGCUCACAUUGGUGAAGAUGUACGCUUUGGAGUCACUAUAACAGUGCAUCCAGAGCCUCGUGUUAUAUGGUUGAAAUCUGGACAAAAGAUCACACCAGGAGAUGAUGACAAGAAGUACACAUUUAUAAAUGACACUGGUCUCUAUCAGCUUGUGAUUCACAAACUUGAGCCUAAUGAUGAUGCUGAAUAUUCUGUUGUGGCUCGCAAUAGAUACGGAGAAGACAGUUGCAAGGCACGUCUCACUGUAAUACCUCGCCCCAUUCCUGCCGACAGUACAAUAAGGCCAAUGUUCAAGCGGUUGCUUGCAAAUGCAGAGUGUCGGGAGGGUCAGAGUGUCCGCUUUGAAAUAAGAGUGUCUGGAACACCUUCCUUAAAGUGGGAAAAGGAUGGCAUGCCUUUAGCAUUUGGACCUCAGAUUGAAGUUGUUCAUGAAGGUUUGGAUUAUUAUGUACUACAUGUCAAAGAAACCCUUCCUGAGGAUUCUGGGACGUACAGAGUCAUUGCAACAAACUCAGCUGGAUCCGCGAGCUGCCAAGCCACACUGAAGGUUGAACGUGUCACUCAUGUCAAGAAGGAAUAUGAGAGUGAAGUAGAUAAAAGGAAAAGAGUCGAGAAGCAGGAAAUUGACAAGAAAGUGAGAUUAUCACAAAUACUUUCUGGCACUGAAGUCACUCCACUCACUUCUCUAGCACAAGAUGCCUUGAGAGAGGCUGCUAUCAUGUACAAACCUGCAGUAACAACAAAGGAUAAAACUGAAAUUGUUAAAGAAAAAGAAAAACUAGAAAGGCAAAAGAGAGCAGAAGAAAAAAGACUUCGCAUGCCAUAUGUUGUUCCGGAGCCUCGUAUCCAUGCUCCAACCAUCCUUGAGGAGGACAAGGAGAUCAAAUAUUUUGUGCCUUUCUCAGACAUGAAAUGGUAUAAGAAGCUACGGGACCAAUAUGAAAUGCCAGAACCAAUGGAAAAACUUAAACAGAAACGACUAAAACGCAUUCGUCUCUCCAGGUGGGAGCAGUUCUAUGUUGUGCCUCUUCCAAGAAUCAAAGACCAGUAUAAGCCCAAAUGGCGGAUUCCAAAGAUUUCACAGGAUGAUUUAGAAACAGUAAGACCAGCUAGGCAUCGCACACCUUCUCCGGAAUCUGAAGCUUACUACAGAAUAAGACGAAGGUCCCUUGGUGAUCUCUCAGAUGAAGAGCUUCUACUCCCGGUUGAUGAAUACUUGUCAAUGAAGAGAACUGAGGAGGAAAGGUUGAAACUUGAAGAAGAACUUGAGCUUGGAUUUUCUGCUUCUCCGCCUAGCCUUAGCCCAGUGCGCUUUGAAUUAUCUGCUCUGCGUCAUCCUUCACCAAGAAAAACAACAUAUAAGGAGGAUGAGGAACAUGACAAGGUUCAAAGGUAUGACUCUUACCGUAUUCCCUCAAAAUAUGAAGCUGGUCCAAGUUUUGUUGAUCUCAAACAGAGACAUGAUAAAGCCACAUACAGACCUCCGAGGCAAAAGCAAAGAGUAUAUGAAGAGAGAGAGGAUCAAGAGCUCCUUCGCCCUGUGACCACAACACAAAGACUUGCAUCCUACAAAAGUAAGAUAAAACAAAUGGAAUUUGAGGAGAAAACAAAAGUCUCAAGAAAAGAAAGGGAUGUGCAUGUUUCAUCUGUAUCCAAAGGAAUGGAGACAACUGAAUAUAUUCACACUUCAUUAUCUUCUACAUACACUCAUCAAGUGCAUUCUGUAGCUGAACACAUAAUACCAUCUCGCACACACAUUGCAGAAGAAGAACCCCCGAAAAUGAGAUCACCUACCCCUGAGAGGACUCGUCCACGCUCCCCAAGUCCAGUGACCACUGAGAGAUCAUCCUCAAAAUAUGAGAGGUCUGCAACAGUUGACAUCAUGUCAAGAUAUGAAGCAAAAAAAGCAGCUCUUAAAUCUGAAAGGAAGUAUGAGGUUGUGACUCAGCAGCCCUUCAGCCUUGACCAUGCUCCUCGUAUAACUGUGAGAAUGCACUCUCACCGUGUUCCACGCGGUCAGAAUACUAAAUUCACACUUAACGUCCAAUCUAAGCCAGAUGCUGAAAUAAAAUGGUACCAUAAUGGACAACACAUUCAGGAGAGCAGCAAAUACCGUUUUACUAACCUGAGUGGAGUUCUGUCUCUCCAGAUUAUUGACUGCCAGGCAGAAGAUAGUGGCACAUACCGUGUUGUUUGCACAAACUCCAAGGGAGAAGCAUCUGACUAUAGCACUCUGGAUGUUUCAGAGGGAGAAUAUUCCUCAUAUUCUUCUCAACGUAAAGAUGAGGAGCCUCCCACCCCUUUUUUUCCUGAAAUGACAAAGACUGAGUUUUACCAUGUGUCCUCCUUCAAGACCGCUUCCUCAGCUGAAACACACCUAGAGGUUAAAGAAACUAAAUCAAAACUGACUGGAACACAUGAAGCUACUGUUUAUGAGAAAUUUGCAUCAUCUGAGAAGAAGAUGGAAGCUUUAGAAGCUACAACAGUGAAGGAAGUAACGGUACAUGAGGAAGUUAAGACUACUCUGCCAGCCAGAAUACUUACAAAGCCUCAGUCUCUCACGGUUUCUGAAGGAGAGAGUGCCAGGUUUGCUUGUGAUGUUGAUGGUGAACCAGCACCCAGUGUUACUUGGAUGCGUGAAGGAAAAGAAGUUGUCUCUUCUCAUCGGCACUUUGUGACUACAACUCAAUACAAGUCAACAUUUGAAAUUUCCUCAGUUGAGUCAUCAGAUGAAGGUAGCUAUACAGUGGUUGUACAGAACUCUGAGGGCAUGCAAGAGGCACAGUUCAGCUUAAUAAUUCGCAGAACUGUACAUGAAGAAAAGGUUAUUGCAUCACCUCCAAAAGUAAAGUCUCCGGAGCCCAGAGUGAAAUCUCCAGGACCUAAAUCCCCAGAACCUCGAGUCAGGUCACCUGAGACAAUUAAAUCACCCAAGAGAGUUAAAUCUCCUGAGCCAGCUACCUCACCACCAAGGGUUAAAUCCCCUGAACCCAGAGUGAAAUCACCAGAAUUCACAGGAACGAAGUCACCGGAACUGUGUAUUAAGUCACCUGAGGGAAUGAAGUCCCCCUUGAGAAUGGAGUCUCCUGAGUCAAUUGGCUCACCUCAAAGGGUUAAAUCUCCAGAGAUUAAGUCACCAGAGCCCAGAAUAAAAUCUCCUGAGUUUGCAGGACUGAAGUCCCCAGAACCGCGUAUCAAGUCACCUGAGGGAAUCAAAUCUCCCCUCAGAGUUAAGUCCCCUGAGCCAUUUGGCUCACCCCAGAGGGUUAAAUCUCCAGGGAUGAAGUCUCCACCACCCAGAGUAAGAUCUCCUGAAUUCCCAGGAACCAAGUCCCCAGAACCAGCACAGAGAACAACCAGCCCCUCUGCAGUAAAGCCCAUCUUCUCUUCUGGUUUGAAAGAUGUCACAACGUCUUCGGAUUCUAUUGUCAAGCUGACAGUUGAAGUAACUGGAGAUCCUGCAACAACAAUAACCUGGAUGAAAGAUGGAAAGGCCCUCUAUCAAGGUGGAAAAUAUGAAAUAUUUGAAGAACAUGGAUUAGCGCAUUUGGAAAUCUAUGAAUCUGAAGUUUCUGACAGUGGAGUUUACAAAUGUAUAGCUACAAAUUCUGCUGGAUCUUCUUCUACAAACUGUAUUGUCAAGGUUCAAGCAUCUUUGAAAACUGUCCCACCUCAAGAUAAAACUCAGGAAGAGGAUGUGGUAGCUUCCCAUGCAAAAACAGAAAUUACAGAACAAACAAUAAAAAAGCAAAUUCUUUAUGAAGAAAUGAAAUCUUACACAGAAAUAAAAGCCUCUCAGACCCAGCUGACCAUAACUGAGGGUCAAUCCCUAACACUGAAUGCCAAAAUACCUGAAGCAUCUAGCAUCCGAUGGCUCUUAAAUGGAGUAGAGCUGGCUAAUUCAGGAAAUUACAGAUAUGGUAUGGCUGGAAAUGACCACACACUGACCAUCACUCACAUCAGUCAUCAUGAGGAGGGAAUCAUCACGUGUGAAGGCAAAACUGAACAUGGCAUUGUAAAGUGUCAAUUUGAUACAACUGUCACUGGCAAGCAUUCACAAGCACCUUCGUUCCUUGUGCAACCAAAGUCUCAGAUUGUCAAUGAAGGACAAAGUGUGAUUUUCACAUGUGAAAUUGCCGGAGAACCAUUACCAGAAAUUGAGUGGCUUAAGGACAAUAUUGUGGUGCUGCCAACAUCAAAUGUGAAACUGAGCUAUUCUAAAAAUGUGCACACACUUGAGGUAUGCAAAGCCUCUGUUGUUGACAGUGGGAAAUAUACAAUAAAAGCAAAGAAUGCUUUUGGACAGUGUUCUUCUACAUCAUCUUUAAAUGUUAUUGCUCUGGUGGAAGACCCUGCCAAAAUGGUUGUUAUGGAUAAAAGUGCAGUUGCUACCAGCAUGAAUAAAAGUUUCUCUGCCAGUUCAAUGCACAUGGCUUCUGCUGUACACGAAGCCUCCUUCAGCAGCUCAAGCAUGGCUGAAGUUAAAUUUGCAAGCAUGUCUGCAAAUAGCAUGUCCUCUGAAUCAAUGUUCACCAUGAGCUCCAGCAGUAUGAUGGGAAAGUCAAGUCAUUCACAAAUAAAGGAGUCUUCUCUGUCUGCUAUAACACAUCAUAUAGAAGGUGCACCACCAAAAAUUGAAGCUCUCCCAGAAGACAUCAGCGUUGAGCAAGGAAAGGUUCUUAAAGUAGCCUGUGCUUUCUCUGGGGAGCCAAAGCCAGAUAUUGAGUGGACACACUCAGGAAGGACACUGCCUAGUGAAGGGGAAAGUGAUCGAUUCCACAUUGAGACAACAGAGGACCUCACAACUCUCAUCAUCACCAGUGUGAAAGAAAAAGAUGCUGGAGUCUAUACCCUCAAACUGUCCAAUGAGCUGGGAUCUGAUACUGCAACUGUCAACAUCAGCAUUAAAUCAAUAUAGAAUAUAAUGUCUUCCCCUCCCCUUUCCCUCCUUCAGUGCCAUUGUAUUUAUUAAAUAAGCAAAAAUAUUCUUUACUUAAUAGAGACAUGGAUUUAUGUUCUUGUAAAUAUGAACUUUUUUUUUUUUUUUACCAAAAUUGACGUUAAUUUAUGCCAAACUAGACUAAAGUCUAAAGCAAUGAAAAUAUGCCAUAUUGGAUAAUUAUAACUAGGAUUUUCUCUGACAUGUACAUAAUGUAUAUAGCCGAAUUUACCGGUUAUGGAAACUGUAUGCAUUGUUAUUUAAGACAAUAUUAACUGAAACAAAUGGAACUAAAUGUUUAACAGGAGAAAGUUUUACAUGAAACGAAUACCCUGAAAAACCUGAAACAAAACUAUGUGCCUCAACAAUAAGUUGAAGUCUUAAGAUUGCCUCAACAGGUAGAGAGGCUCCCUGUUGAAGUUUUACUAAAUCCGAGACAAUGUUAUGCACAGUAUGUCUGUGCAAUAAUAUAACCAUACUCAUAUGAAUUGUAAUAUGACCAUAAGACCUUGAGUGCCGUUUGCAUUUACCCUCAUGUAAGCUGUACAACUGGGCCUUGUGUUCAGACUGACUAUGUCAUAUCACCAAUUUAAUGACAUGCUCAAAGUGCGAGCGGCCUGCACUUUUUGCAUUAAAAAUGUAAUGUGCUCUGUUUCUGGCAAAAGACUGCUUGAAUUGGUUUUCAAAAAGUAACAUCACCUGGCCAUUUUCCUUGUAAGUCAUUCAAGUACUCCUUUGCAGAAGCAGUGCCACCUCUUGGAGGAUUGCUAGGUUAUAUUUUGUGUGUGCGCGUGUGUUUGUGUGUAUGUUAGCUUUAGAAAUUCACUUUGUCAGUAGUCAGGGCAAUCAUCAAGCAAGUGUACCACAGUGACACCACCUACUGUGCUAAAAGAAAACAAAUGCAUUAAUUAUAUGAUUAUAUGUCCUGCACUUUGAUUUAACAUAAUUUAUGUAGCAAUACCUAUAUAUUAAGCCUCCUUGAGUUGAUUAUUAUUGAUUUAAUAAAGCAUGGUUUUAGCACCUUGA